AUGGUUAAACACCAACCGCUACAGUACUACGAGCCACAAUUGUGUUUGUCAUGUCUGACGGGGAUUUACGGUUGCCGUUGGAAACGAUACCAGCGGUCACAUGAUGACACCACCAAGGUGAGUCGCUGGAAUUUAUUCUGUAUUUGUUGGCAGGUUUUUGAAAUCUUGCGAGGUUGGGGGUGUGUGUCUGUGUGAGUGUGUGAGCUGCCUCGGAUGUGAGAAUCUGAGAAUGUGAUUCAUCCGUGAAGAUUAAGAAACGUAGACCUUUAAGGUUCGACCACUCUGUCGGUGGUGAGGCGAACUGCUUGUGGAACUGUGUGCGAAUUCCGCAGGCUCUUUGCUCCUUGUCAUUUUUGCUUGCGGAACUACAGGCAGAUUUAACUGAUUAUAGCAUUUCUACCCAGUUCUUCAGCAGAAAGGAAUAGGUUUCCCAAAGCUGCUUACUAAUGGAAGUGGCGAGACAGUUCCUUGGGCUUGUGCAGUCUAAAAGGCGUGGCACGAAAGGAACUGGGGUUGGGAGGGAGGAGGAAAGAAGAAAACACAGGUGCUAUUCCGUACUUACCGAGUUCUUGUAAUGGCGAUUGGACCGGAGAGAUUUCAAGGAGGCGGGGAGCCAAAACUUGCUGGUUUUCCAGCAGACAGGAUGAAGAGAUCCUGUAGUCUCAUUUCUCCCCCUUUUCUUGUAACCCAUGGGUAGGCAAACUAAGGCCCGGGGGCUGGAUCUGGCCCAAUCGCCUUCUAAAUCUGGCCCGCUGAUGGUCUGGGAAUCAGCAUGUUUUUACAUGAGUAGAAUGUGUCCUUUUAUUUAAAAUGCAUCUCUGGAUUAUUUGUGGAGCCUGCCUGGUGUUUUGACAUGAGUAGAAUGUGUGCUUUUACAGUGGUGCCUCGCAAGACGAAAUUAAUUCGUUCUGCGAGUUUUUUCGUCUUGCGAAUUUUUCGUCUUGCGAAGCACGGUUUCCCAUAGGAAUGCAUUGGAAAUCCAAAAGGAAACAAACUUGCAAGACGUUUUCGUCUUGCGAAGCAAGCCCAUAGGGAAAUUCGUCUUGCGAAGCAACUCAAAAAACAAAAAACUCUUUCGUCUUGCGAGUUUUUCGUCUUGCGAGGCAUUCGUCUUGCGAGGUACCACUGUAUUUAAAAUACAUCUCUGGGUUAUUUGUGGGGCAUAGGAAUUCGUUCAUUCCCCCCCCAAAAAAUAUAGUCCGGCCCCCCACAAGGUCUGAGGGACAGUGGACCGGCCCCCUGCUGAAAAAGUUUGCUGACCUCUUCAAUGGAACUUGGCUGUGAUAAUUUCAUAUGGUUCAUAUGGUUAUGUGGUUUUUGUGAAUACUGUGUGCAGGUAAAUCUUGCAUGCUUCUAGGUUGCUUUAAACAGAAGAAUCGCUAUUCCAAGUUGGAAGGAAGUUGUAGCUGUUUUUUAUUUUAAAAACUGACCAGUGCAUGGAGGGAAUAUCUAUGAUCUCUUAGCCACAUGGAACCUUUUUGUUCUGAGGCAGCCUACCUGCGAGAGCUGGGUGCAAAGUACAAACAGUACGUUGACAUCACCUUUGUGCCCUGCUGGUGAACCUACGAAAGGAAUCUGACUGUUUUUGUAUUCUCCUUAUUUGUGUCAGCCACAAGCUACAGCAAAGGAAUCAAAUACAAUCAAAUACAGCUAUAGCUGGGUGCUUGGCUAUGCAAAAAAAGAAAGAAAGGGAAAAAAAGAAUUUACAACUAAACAAAUGAAAGAGUUAAUAACAGCCCUUCACUACAAAUAAAACAUAUGAACGAAUUGGCUUUCUUUACUAGGCAUUUAAUAUGUCAGUCAGGUGGUAGAUCUUAUUCUGAUUGUCCCAGCUAAAUUUUUUGCCAUGUUUGCUGUCCUCUGGUAAUCUUGGUCUGCAAGAAGGAAGGAUCUUGUAGCAGUGGAUGACAGAAGGAUAUCCCUUGUAACUUCUGAGGAGGAUAGAUUUUGUUGUGCUUUUAAGGGCCGUGAUAGCCACAGAGCCCUUGUCAUCUCGUCUGUCAAGCAAGAGGAUUAUGGUCUCCUGUUUCUCCCGAUAGCCAUUUACAAGCGAUCUUGUCUUCUGUGUCUUUCAAAAUCCAAUUAAUAUUUCAAGGUAUCAGCAAGGAAAAGGCCCAGCCAGCAGUUUUUUGUUUUUCGUUUGCCGCGCAAGACUGUUGAUUGAUGGCACGCCUAACUGAGUGAGCGAGAGAGAGAGAGAUCUGCAUAAUAGCACCCUGUAUGUCAAAUUCUUGGUUACGGGAUCCACGGAGGCUUUCAAACCCUUUUCCUUCAGCAAGAAUCCUCCUCUGCGAACCUGGGAAUGGUUACAUGAGAGCGGAGGCUUGUAAUAGAUGCUGUCAGUUUGAAGGGCUGGCGCUUAGAAUCCUCAAGUCUUGCUUUAAAACCAGAAUAGUCCUAAAUUCUGAAUCCUCUCAAGGCUUUGCUGCUCUUUUUGGACUUCUCAAAAUCAUCUGUCAUCAGUAGGUUGUGGCCCAUGAAAACCUAUGCCGUAAUAACAUUUAUAACUGUUUGGAGAUCCUUUGUUGUAUUUGCUACAGCGGGCAAAUAGGUCUGGACCUCUGCAAAGUCCUCAGAACAUCUGUAUGCUCAUCUCCAGUUACAGCCCCUAUUGCACCGGUGCUGUGCAGUGGUUAACUCGCUGGUUCUCAAACUUUUUUCUCUGGGCCACGCUUUUGGAAUAAGAGUUUUCUUGAGCCACACUGAGUUUUUUUUUACUGAUAAAUACAUUGAACAACUCCUAGCAGUGCUUGAUUUAUAACAUAUAACGCAACUGCUUUAUACAGUGGACGCUCAGGUUGCGAAUGUGAUCCGUGCGGGAUGCACGUUCGCAACCCGCAGCUGCGCACCUGCGCACGCGUGGGUUGCGAUUCGGCACUUCAGCGCAUUCGCAAAGCGUGAUUUAGCGCUUCUGCACAUGCGCGACUGCUGAAACCUGGAAGUAACCCGUUCCGGUACUUCCGGGUUUCGGCGGUCCGUAACCCGAGAAAACGCAACCUGAAGCGUCUGUAAUCCAAGGUAUGACUGUAAUAGGGUCCUGGGAUGUUCAGAAAGUAUAAAACAAGGCAGCUAUGUAAGAACAGGAGUCAUUUCCAAAAUAUAAUGAUAAAUGCAAAUACUGUAGAACCUUAAAUACAACUCAAUGAGAGGUGUGAGCUUGCUUUUGCCAGGUGAUCUCAUUUAUAUUAGGUCUUAAUUUGAGACACAGGGACAUGGGUGGCGCUGUGGGUUAAACCACAGAGCCUAGGGCUUGCCAAUCAGAAGGUCGGCGGUUCGAAUCCCUGGGAUGGUCUGAGCUCCCGUUGCUCGGUCCCUGCUCCGGCCAACAUAGCAGUUCGAAAGCACCUCAAAGUGCAAGUAGAUAAAUAGGUACCGCUCUGGCAGGAAGGUAAACGGCGUUGCCGUGCGCUGCUCUGGUUUCGCCAGAAGCGGCUUAGCCAUGCUGGCCACAUGACACGGAAGUUGUAUGCCGGCUCCUUUGGCCAAUAAAGCGAGAUGAGCACCGCAACCCCAGAGUCGGCCACGACUGGACCUAAGGGUCAGGGUCCCUUUACCUUUAAUGUGAGACAAAUUCUCAUAUCCUGAUUAACACAAAGAAGCCUUUCUGUUUUCUGAUCGUUCGUAUUGAUCAGAGUUGAAAAUCCCUUUUUCCAACAGUAUCGCCAAGGGGAAAACUGUAGAAUAGCCAAUGCUUUUAGAAGAGAGGCAUGCAUACGCCUCAAGUUUCCAGCACUCCUGAAUGCUUCGAUUUUGGUUUUAAACGCAGUGUAAAGUUGUCUCUAUGGGAGUAUAUUGUAUUUAAUUAUGGGGUCUCAGAGUUUUGGGAUGAAGGUGGCGCUGUGCGUUAAACCACAGAGCCUAGGGCUUGCCGAUCAGAAGGUUGGCGGUUUGAAUCCCCGCAACGGGGUGAGCUCCCGUUGCUCUGUCCCUGCUCCUGCCAACCUAGCAGUUCGAAAGCACGUCAAAGUGCAAGUAGAUAAACAGGGAAGGUAAACGGCGUUUCCGUGCACUGCUCUGGUUCGCCAGAAGCGGCUUAGUCAUGCUGGCCGCAUGACCCGGAAGCUGUACGCCGGCUCCCUCGGCCUGUAAAGCGAGAUGAGCGCCGCAACCCCAGAGUCGGCCACGACUGGACCUAAUGGUCCCUUUACCUUUAUCAGAGUUUUAGGGGGUUAACCAGGCUGGGAUAGCUGGGAUAGCAGGCGUAUUGGUGUUUGAAUGUCUGAUGUAGAUUUUUUCAAUUUCGUUGUUCUGCAUGGGACAAUGACAAUAAAGAUUAUUGUAUCGUAUCGCAGUCACUGAAAAGCUCCCAUUUUGUGCCAAAACCCUGCUGCAGAAAUACUGACAAGUCUCUGAGAACCCAGGUCAUGACACCUGAGCUGAGCAGCCUGAGGAUUAGCCCUGACUGGUCCCGCACCUUGGUGAAGCUGUCUGGGCACACCUUUUGCCAGCCUGCAAGCAGCCGUUGUGUGCUAAUGCAGUGUGGGUCUCUUGUGUACAGCAGCAGUGUGCUUGUGCUGGCAGAGGAAGGAAACUUUUCUCUUUUUUUUAAAGCUGUUGCUGUGUGAAAAUGCUAAUGGCUUGGCAUCUACUUGACGACUCUCUUCCCUGCUGCAUAAUUUUUAGUUCUGCUUGUCUGGCUAUGUCGGCCACUUGUAACCAAGCGAAGAUGCCUGGGCGCCAGGUUGCUGCCUGACGUCUCUGCCAUCUGGAGGUGCGAGCCUGAGGAUCCUUGGACGUGGGCUGUUUUCACAUGCUAGCAAAACACAUGUAUGGAAGUGAGAGCUGGGCCAUAAAGAAGGCUGAUCGCCGAAGAAUGGAUGCUUUUGAAUUAUGGUGCUGGAGGAGACUCUUGAGAGUCCCAUGGACUGCAAGAAGAUCAAACGUCUCCAUUCUGAAGGGAAUCGGCCCUGAGUGCUCUCUGGGAGGACAGAGCCUGAAGCUGAGGCUCCAAGACUUUGGCCACCUCAUGAGAAGAGAAGACUCCCUGGAAAAGACCCUGAUGUUGGGAAAGAUGGAGGGCACAAGGAGAAGGGGACGACAGAGGACGAGAUGGUGGGACAGUGUUCUCAAAGCUACCAGCAUGAGUUUGACCAAACCGCGGGAGGCAGUGGAAGACAGGAGUGCCUGGCGUGCUCUGGUCCAGGGGGUCACAAAGAGUCGGACAUGACUAAAUGACUAAGCAACAAAGCAAAACACAUCCCACAGAAUUCUACCUGUUAUAUUUUAUCAGAAUGAGUUUCAGGAACCAAAAGGCCGUACAGUGGUACCUUGGUUCUCAAACGCCUUGGUGCACAAAAAAACCUGGAACCCAAACACUGCAAACCCGGAAGUAAGUGUUCCGGUUUGCAAACUUUUCUUGGAAGCCGAACGUGCUCCGUUUUGAGUGUUAUGCUUCCGAUUUGAGAGCCACACUUCCAGUUUGAGUAUUACGCUGAGGUCUGUCUGUUUUUGCUAUUUAUUUUGCGUUUUCGUGGCUGUUUUUUUGUGACUGUGUGGAACACAGUUCAGCUACUGAUUGAUGGAUUGUGUGACUGCAGUACAUUGUUUAUUGCUUUCAUUUUAUGGAUCAAUGGUCUCGCUAGAUAGCACAGUUCAUGUUAAAUUGCUGUUUUAGGGAUUGUUUUUAAAAGUCUGGCACGGAUUAAUCCGUUUUGCAUUACUUUCUAUGGGAAAGUGUGCUUUGGUUUUGGAACGCUUUGAUUUCGGAACGGACUUCCGGAACGGAUUAAGUUUGAGAACCAAAGUACCACUGUGUUGGAAAAUACCAUUUUUAAGACAUCUGGCCCCACCCAAAAUGGCAACUAGGUGUUCCGUUUUGGCGACUGUAACCCUGGGUUAAGGAGCCAUUUGGUGCUCAGCUUAUACAAUCAUACCACGGGUUACAGACGCUUCAGGUUACGUGUUUUUGGCUUGCGCACUGCACUGAACCCGGAAGUACCGGAACGGAUUACUUCUGGGUUUCAGCACUUCCGCAUGCGCAGAAGCACCGAAUCACAACCCGCGUGUGUGCAGACGCGGCGCUGCGGAUUGUGAACGUGCUUCCCGCACGGAUCAUGUUCGCAACCUGAGCAUCCACUGUAUAUCUGAGUUUCUAACCCUGGCUUCCGGCACAGUGUGGCUCUAGGCUGGUGCUCCUCUGCAGACGCUUACAACUCCCAGAAGCCCCAGCCAAUACAGUGGUACCUCGGGUUAAGAACUUAAUUUGUUCUGGAGGUCCGUUCUUAAUCUGAAACUGUUCUGAACCUGAAGCACCACUUUAGCUAAUAGGUCCUCACGCUGCCGCCGCACAAUUUCUGUUCUCAUCCUGAAGCAAAGUUCUUAACCCGAGGUACUAUUUCUGGGUUAGCAGAGUCUGUAACCUGAAGGUAUGUAACCUGAGGUACCACUGUAACGCGCUUUAUCACAUAGCCUGGGGCUCAUUUCUCUCGUCCUGCUCAUGUUUCCUUUGGGCUGGUAGCAGAGGGUGCUGUCGUCUCGCCCGGCCUUUGAAUUAGCUCUACACCUAACCAGAGAGGGUCUCCUCCUCUCCCCAGGACUUCACUUGGUAGUGUAGGUAGUGUAUUAGCUUCCUAUAAGAGGCUGGACUCUUCUCUGGCUGAAAGGCAGAGAGAGCCGCUCGAAGAAUUCAGGCAAUCUUUUUUGGCAGAUGAGGUCCGUUUUCGUACCUGUCUGCCUUUGUGACUUUAAAACCAAUUUUUCUUUUGAACCUACACUCGGCUUUACCAUAUUUUUCGCUCUAUAAGAUGCACCAGACCACAAGACGCACCUAGUUUUUGGAGGAGGAAAACGAGAAAAAAAAUAUUCUGAAUCUCAGAAGCCAGAACAGCAAGAGGGAUCGCUGCACAGUGAAAGCAGCAAUCCCUCUUGCUGUUCUGGCUUCUGGGAUAGCUGCGCAGCCUGCAUUCGCUCCAUAAGACGCACACAACAUUUCCUCUUACUUUUUAGGAGGGAAAAAGUGAGACUUAUAGAGCAAAAAAUACGGUAAAUUUUGCGGCGAUAUUGUUGUAGCCUGCUGUGGGUCCUCAUGGGGAUGCCGUGUAAUAUCUUAGAGCUGGAAGGGACCCUGACGGUCAUCUAGACCAACCCCCCGGAAUACGCAGCUAUCCCAUAUGGAGAUCGAACCGGCGACCUUGGUGUUAUCAGCAAAGCGCUCUGACCAGCUGAGCUUUCCAGGGCCUUAAAUGAAGCUGGGUCACAGUAAAUUGCAAUGCGAACGGAUUCCCCCCUGCCCCCCUCUACCUAGUUUUCACUGCCUCCUGCCCCUUUCUGCAGGCAAAGCGGCUUCUGAAGGCUCCGUAGGCAGUAAAUUAGGCUUUAUCGCAGCAACCAAACCUUCUCACGUCCCUCUUGAAUCAGUGUGUGGGUUUAUCGCCGCUGCUAUAUAAUCCCAGCGUAUGUGAUUUCCGACGGGAGCAGGCAGCAAAGAGACGGAAAAUAUAAUAAUAACGAACUGGCCUUUUAAGCCACUUUAAUUGAGCUGUAAACCGGGUUUGUGACAAUGGUGAAUCACUUCUGAUUUGAAGAGGCUUCCCCCCCAUUAGCGGCUAUGCAGAAACACUUCAAAUAUCUGCCCCUGCCUGCAGCAGCUCAGCGAAGAAGCAAAUUCUUAAACAAAACGUGGUUUUAUAAUGAAUGGCCUUGGCGUGGAGGAGAGCAGGCGUUUCCUUCCCUUUUCAGGAACGUUUUGCAACUGCGCGGUCAGGGAUGCUCAGUCGGAAAGCGGCAGUGUUCAAAGAUUUUGGGCACUUUCAGAUUGCUGCUGUUUUCAGGUGGGAUUCAAUUGCACGCGGCUGGUACGUUCAAGUUGCAAAAUUAUAGUUGAUUGGGAGGUCUUGCUCAGCAAGCCCGCUUUCUCCUGAGAGAUCAAACUUCUCACAAUAAGGAAAGCUAUCUCAUGAGAAGAGAAGACUCCCUGGAAAAGACCCUGAUGUUGGGAAAGAUGGAGGGCACAAGGAGAAGGGGACGGCAGAGGACGAGAUGGUGGGACAGUGUUCUCCAAACAUGAGUUUGACCAAACUGCGGGAGGCAGUGGAAGACAGGAGUGCCUGGCGUGCUCUGUUCCAGGGGGUCACAAAGAGUCGGACACGAUUAAACAACUAAACAACAACAAACAAUGGGGGAAAUGCACAUGGAAUCAUAGAACCGUAGAUUUGAAGGGACCUGAGGGUCAUCUAGUCUAACCCCACACAAUGCAGGAAUCUGAGCUAAAGCAUCCAUGACAGAUGGUGAAAUAUACUCGGAGUCGAGAGUGGAUUUCAUGCUCUUUAUUCAGCUCAUAGUGGUGAGGAGGAAUGGAAGUUCCUCCAGAAUGUCUGCUUUAUAUACAUUAUUUACACAAUGGGCCCCACGUGAUUGGCUAAUUCUGGAAUUCACCUAUAGGCCAAUCAGGUUGCGAAUUCAUUUCCACCUGGAGCUGGAUUGGGUGGCUCCUGUGGACCAAUCAGACUGCUGCAUUCUGGAUUCUAUUGUUCUAGGACCAAUCAGAAUGCCGCAUUCUUAAUCCUGUUGUUCUAGGACCAAUCAGACUGCUGCAUUUGGGAUCCUAUUCAACUCAGUACAUAACAGAUGGGCUUCAAAACCUCCAAGGAAGGAGAAUCCACAACUUCCCGAGGGAGACCGUUCCGCAUAAGCAGAGUGAGUGCUCUUUAAAUAGCCAACACAGACCCUCCAUGUGUCCCUAUUUUCCAGCAACAGUCCUGGAUUUACAGAAGCCGUCCCAGUCUCUUAUUUCAUCCCAGAAUGUCCCACUUCUCCUUAAAGGUAAAGGUAAAGGGACCCCUGACCAUUAGGUUCAGUCGCAGACGACUCUGGGGUUGUGGUGCUCAUCUCGCUUUAUUGGCCGAGGGAGCCGGCGUACAGCUUCCGGGUCAUGUGGCCAGCAUGACUAAGCCGCUUCUGGCGAACUAGAGCAGUGCACGGAAACGCCCUUUACCUUCCCGCCGGAGCGGUACCUAUUUAUCUACUUGCGCUUUGACGUGCUUUCGAACUGCUAGGUUGGCAGGAGCAGGGACCGAGCAACGGGAGCUCACCCCGUCGUGGGGAUUCGAACCGCCGACCUUCUGAUCGGCAAGUCCUAGGCUCUGUGGUUUAACCCACAGCGAUGCUAAAAGAGCCCUCUUUAGCUACUGUCUUUCGGGAAAGAACCCAGGGAUCAUCUAGUCCAACCCCUUGAGAUUUAGGAAUCACAGCAAAAAAAAAUCCCUUAAAACCCUGGGCCUCAGCAUCAAGCAAAAGCAGAGCGGGGGGUGACCUUCAAAAGAGGCAAAAUUGUUCAUAUUAAAUCAUGAUUCUUAGCAAUCCAGAAAAACAAUUAAAGAAGAAAGUUAAGUAUAAUUGGGGGAAAGAGGGAUAGUCAAUGUCUAAGAACUAAAUUAACAGGCAAUAGGAAGAAACUGCAUGGAAACAAGGGAGAAGAAGAAAUGUUUCAUCACUUAUGCUUCAGACGGGGAUGGAAUUACAUUUGCCCUUGUUCUCUUUCGGGGGAGAAUCUCAACAGCUAAAACGAUAAUAUUACCCUAGGCGAACCUUCUGUCUCGGUCAUUGCCUAUUACGAUAUCAAAGCAAAAAAUGAAUAAAUGGCAAUAAUUGGUAUUAAAAUUCAUGGGGGGGGGCACAGCAAGAAUUAAGACGAGACGAGUACAUGAUGGAAAGACAGAAGUGAUUAUCUCUCCCAAAUAUAAAAGUGAUUUGGCCAAGUGCGUCAACUGGAUUUCAGAAUGUGGAAACUCUGAUUUACCUAAAUUUGGGGAGAAUUUGACAGAGGUCCAAUUACAUAAAACGCCAUGAGGAGAGAGCAAUUUUAGAACGAAUUAUAUAAAACAAAAUUCCUUGAUUUUGAUCCGGCUGAGAAUUUGGGAUACAUACAAAAGGCUGUUGUUGUGCCCAACUAACACACCAUUAAAACCAGAAUUAGAUGUUUGCAGGGCAUUGGGGCAACCACAUCCCCUUCAAAGGAACAUUAUGGGGGCCACAUUCAGUGGCAGGUGGGGGCGGCACCAAAAGCAGAUGGAGCCACAAAGUUCAUUCGCUCACAAAUCCUUCUCCGCCUCCAUCCAGAUAAACGAAAAGCAUUAUCAGAAUUCAAGGCCCGACAGAAAGGCCCGUGGCUAAGAAAAAAGAGCAGACUCAGAUCUCAGGUGUGUGGAUAAACCAGGCAUAGGCAAACUCGGCCCUCCAGAUGUUUUUUGGGACUACAACUCCCAGCAUCCCUGACCACUGGUCCUGUUAGCUAGGGACGAUGGGAGUUGUAGUCCCAAAAAAAAUCUGGAGGACCGAGUUUGCCUAUGCCUGGGAUAAACUAUGGAAGGAUGUUGUUGUUUAGUCAUUUUGUCGUGUCCGCCUCUUCAUGACCCCCUGGACCAGAGCACGCCAGGCACUCCUGUCUUCCACUGCCUCCCGCAGUUUGGUCAAACUCAUGCUGGUAGCUUCAAGAACACUGUCCAACCAUCUCGUCCUCUGUCGGCCCCUUCUCCUUGUGCCCUCCAUCUUUCCCAGCAUCAGGGUCUUUUCCAGGGAGUCUUCUCUUCUCAUGAGGUGGCCAAAGGAUUGCAGCCUCAGCUUCAGGAUCUGUCCUUCCAGGGAGCACUCAGGGCUGAUUUCCUUCAGAAUGGAGAGGUUUGAUCUUCUUGCAGUCCAUGGGACUCUCAAGAGUCUCCUCCAGCACCAGAAUUCAAAAGCAUCCAUUCUUCGGCGAUCAGCCUUCUUUAUGGUCCAGCUCUCACUUCCUGGAGCAGGAACCAGCAAGCCACUCCAGUAUCCCUGCCAAGAAAACUCCAUGGACAACCCACUCCAUGGGUGGUUUAACCCAUAGUGCCACCCGCGUCCUUCACUUCUCCUUAGGCCAUCCCUAUUUUCAGUGGAGAAAUGUUGGAGCAUAUGGAGUUAUGUGACCCCCAAACCAAGGAGCUAAGUAACUAUACAAUCUUCAGAAGACAUCAGAAGGCAGCCCUGUCUAGGGAAGUUUAAUGUUUUAUUAAUGUUUUAUUAUGUUUUUAUAUACAGUGAGGAGAAAAAGUACCGUCAUACCUCUUGUUAUGUUUGCUUCAUGUUACGUUUUUUCAGGUUGCGUCCUGCGGCGACCUGGAAGUAUCAGAAAGGGUUACUUCCAGGUUUCGCCGCUCACACAUGCGCAGACGCACAAAAUGAUGUCACGCGAAUGCGCAGAAGCAGCAAAUCGCAACCUGCGCAUGCACAGAUAUUCCGCUGCGGGUUGCGUUCCUUUCUUGUUGCGAACGGGCCUCCGGAACGGAUCCUGUUUGCAACCAGAGGUACCACUGUAUUUGAUCCCCUGCUAAAUUUGCCUGUUUGCCCUCUGAGGAAGAAAUGACCAGUCCAUAAUUUUAAUGGGAGGUUUAUUGUAGCUGUGAGAGACAGAAUAACGACAGGAAAAUCCCCAGUUACCCCAUUCAGGACCAGGGAAUCCCCCAUACCCACACCACCACCACCACCACCACUUUGUACCAUGUUUUUAUGUUCUGGUUUGGGUGAUUGCAUACCAUGGCUUUCUCAAUUCAGACCACGUCGUACAAGGAAUUGUUAUCUCUGCUCCUUUAACCCCGGUUUGGUCUGAUGCCUCCAGAUUGUGCUUAUAUACUUUGCCAGCGGCUCGAGGGCCUUGGCUGAGCCGUCCCUGCUGUAAGUCAUUCUCCCUUUUGAGGAAAUUGUUGUGGAAGAUUGAAAAUAGAAGACUGAAAAUAGAAGGCUGGCUUUCUGCCGGUGUUCUGGGACCAUAUGCUAUGUCUCUCCAGACUUUCAGAAUAUCAGGUCGUCCGCCCCCCCCUUCUCCUCCUGCUCUCCCUCCAGGGAAAGUUGCCUGAUCCAGCCAUGAUGUGUGAAAACCGCUUGCUGGUAUGUCCCUGAGUGUGUCUGUUUCAAAAAACCCUAAUGUGUGAAAUUCCUGCAGUUUCCCCUGGCGCUUGACUCUGAACUGGCCUUGGGCACUUGCGGGCAAAUAGCAAAAAGAAGAAGAAGUGUGGUUUUCCUGUAGUGAUGAUAUAUACACUUUCAAAAGAGGAGAAAUGUCACUGUUUUUCGUUCUCUCUUGCUCUGCUCCUUUCAUUCGUUUCCUGGCCACGAGGCAAAAGUCUGGGGAAUAUAAUGUGGCUUUAGAGCCAGCGCGUUGUAGUGAUUAGAGAAGUCGGACCAGUUCAGGUAAAAUGCAUUUUUAGGAUGGGAGUGAUGAAAGACACAAUUUAUUUCUUUUUCGGAAAUCUAGCACAUGGGGCAAGCACCCCCUGAACAAACAAAAUUGCUCCAUCUCCUGUUUGUUUCUGCUGUUUCCACACCAGCUUUUCCUCUGAGAAUGUGACUUGAUUGAUGAUGAUGAUGAUGAUGAUGAUAAUAAUAAUAAUAAUAAUAAUUUUAUUAUUUACACCAUGCCCAUCUGACUGGGUUGCCCCAGCCACAUAUAAAAACAUAACAAACCGUCACGCAUUAAAAAAAUUCCUGGUACAGGGCUGCCUUCCGAUGUCUUCUAAAAGUUGUGUAGUUCUUUAUCUCCUGAUAGGAGGGUGAUUCACAGGGAGGGUACCACAACCAAGAAGGCCCUGUAACCUCACUUCUUGCAGUGAAGGAACCCUCAGAAGGCCCUCGGAGAUGGAUCUCUGUAUCUGGGCUGAACAAUGUGGGUGGAGACGCUCCUUCAGGUCUACUGGGCCGAGGCCGUUUAGGGCUUUAAAGGUUUAAAGCACCAACAUUUUGAUUUCCAAGCAUGUAUAAAGCUAAUGGUCAUUUUCUGCAGGCUGAUCCAGAAAGGCCAAUGGUCAAGGAUAAUAGCCCAGCAAAUCUACAAAAGAUUCUCUCCCAUGGACGUUGACUAUCGCACCUUCCUGAAGGAACCUGUGAGCCAUUGUGGCAUGCUGCCAUCCUAGGAGAAUGAAUUAAUAAUAAUAAUAAUAUUGUAUUUAUACCCCUCACAUCUGGCUGGGUUUCCCCAGCCACUCUGGGCGGCUCCCAACAGAAUAUUAAAAACAUGAUAAAACAUCAGUCAUUAAAAACUUCCCUGAACAGGGCUGCAUUCAGAUGUCUUCUGAAAGUCAGAUAGUUGUUUAUUUCCUUGACAUCUGAUGGGAGGGCGUUCCACAGGGCAGGCGCCACCACCGAGAAGGCCCUCUGCCUGGUUCCCUGUAAGCUCACUUCUCGCAGUGAGGGAAUCGCCAGAAGGUCCUCAGAGCUGGACCUCAGUGUCUGGGCUGAACAAUGGGGGUGGAGAUGCUCCUUCAGGUCUACUGGGCCUUUGAGGCCAUUUAGGGCUUUCAAGGUCAGCACCAACAAUUUGAAUUGUGCUCGGAAACGUACUGGGAGCCAAUGUAGGUCUUUCAAAACCGGUGUUAUACGGUCUUGGUGUCCGCUCUCAGUCACCAGUCUGGCUGCCGUAUUCUGAAUUAGUUGCAGUUUCUGGGUCACCUUCAAAGGUAGCUCCAUGUAGAAAGCAUUGCAGUAGUCCAAGCAGGAGAUAACCAGAGCACGCACCACUCUGGCGAGACAGUCCACAGGCAGGGAGGGUCUCAUCCUGCGUACCAGAUGGAGCUGGUAGACAGCUGCUCUGGACACAGAACUGACCUGCGCCUCCGUGGACAGCUGUGAGUCCAAAAUGACUCCCAGGCUGCGCACCUGCUCCUUCGAAAGGACAAUUUCCUUCUUCCCAUAGAUGCAGGGUUCGCAGCGCGGAUUCCUGCAAGCUUAAUCGAAGAUCUGCCCUGCCUUUGCCUUGUCUUGUAUAUCUCCUCUCUCACUGCGCCCGACAACAGAGGCAUCGCCGCCUGUUCUAAAAAUGCCACUCGGAUGCUGAUGAGGAAUAUCAUUAGCAUAAUUUUAAGCUGAGCACAUCACUUGGCUUAUGAAAAUAUUUUGGCAGCUGUCCUACCUUAUUUUAGAUGAGUGGCGGAAGGGAGGGUCGGAUGCAAGCCGCCGUCAGAUGUGCCUUGCAUGGCAAUGACCUCUUUCCUUUGGCGAUAAAGAUGUUCAGGAGAGCGACUUGUGUUCCAGGCGUUUUGCCAGCGCACCUUCCUUGCAUCCAAUUCUUGGCUCUGUCCUUCACCUCCCAGGGACCUGGCCAGGAUAAAUGUGCCCCAGGAUUCGCUUUUGCUGUUCAGAACUCCUCGUGAUAUUAAUAUUAUAAAUCUCUCUCUCUCUCUCUCUCUCUCUCUCUCUCAUUUUGUUUCCCCCCUAAGCAGAUUUCACAAUCAAAUCUUGCCAUUUUGUUAACACUUCAUUUAGGAUUUUGAGUAGACUAAAAAAUAAAAAAGUCAAUUCUUUGUUUUUAUUUUUUUGCAGGGUAUUUUUUCCUCCUUAGCUGACUUCAAAUGCUCUGCAAAUAAAGAUUCAGGAGGCUGAAAACCUUGUGCAGGCAAUUGAGAACACACUUCACUACAAUAGUUAGCUGAUUUCUGAUUUUAACUUUUAUAUAUAUAUAUAUAUAUAUGGAUUUCAUUGUACAGUUUUCCCACAUGAACAUUUUUCGAGUGUGUGGGAAUAUUCAGUUUUUAAUACUUCGGUUUUUGCAUCAAACCUAGGGUUGGGAACAGCCAGCUAAGAACACUGUUUGAGUGCUUUCUCCAGCUGGCAAAAGGUUGCGGUGGGCGAUUGGAGGCAGCUAUUCGCCUAGCGUUAAAAGCGACUCGCCAGAGGCGAGCUGCAAGUGUUGUUUGUUGCCUGCGGCUUCCUGCUGCUGGACUUUGCCUCCUGUGCAAAUGCGUAGAAAGCAAACGGAAGUUGUUGAGUUUGCGGUGGAAAACAAAGCUGAAGGCAGCUGUUCUCAGGGCACUUUCUCUGCAGAGCAGGAUAUGAAGGAAGGAAGCGCUUGAGAGUCAGCAUUCUGAACUGCAAAUUCGGGUUUUUUUCUGGUACUUUUGCUUCUUCCUGCUCCUUGAACUUCCUUCCUUUCGACACCCCACCCGCCAGCUCCUUCCCUUUCCCACCUUAAAGGUAAAGGGACCCCUGACCAUUAGGUCCAGUCGUGGCCGACUCUGGGGUUGCGGCGCUCAUCUUGCUUUAUUGGCCGAGGGAGCCGGCGUACAGCUUCCUGGUACCUAUUUAUCUACUUGCACUUUGACGUGCUUUCGAACUGCUAGGUUGGCAGGAGCAGGGACCGAGCAACUGGAGCUCACCCUGUUGCGGGGAUUCGAACCGCCGACCUUCUGAUCAGCAAGUCCUAGGCUCUGUGGUUUAACCCACAGCGCCACCCGUGUCCCUUUCCCACCUUAGGUGGCUUUAAAAAAAUAUCAGCUUGAAUCAUAAAAUGUAGAUGACCCAAAGGUAAGGUUACUAGAUUUAUAUCCCAAUGAAACCAGGGACACUUUUCAGCUUCUAUGGAUCUUGUAUAGGGACUGAUUUAUAAAUCCAAGAACUGUCCCCAGGAAACUGGGACGUCUGGUAACCUUACCCAAAGGGUCAUCUCAUCUAAACUCUGAAAUUUACAGUAUACCUGAAGGAGCGUCUCCAUCCCCAUCGGUCUGCCCAGACACAGAAGUCCAGCUCCAAGGGCCUUCUGGCGGUUCCCUCACUGCGAGAAGUGAGGUUACAGGGAACCAGGCAGAGGGCCUUUUCGUUUGUGGCACCUGCCCUGUGGAACGCCCUCCCGCCAGAUGUCAAGGAAAUAAACAACUAUCUGACUUUCAGAAGACAUCUGAAGGCAGCCCUGUUUAGGGAAGUUUUUAAUGUUUGAUCUUUUUCUGUGUUUUUAAUAUCCUGCUGGAAGCUGCCCUGAGUGGCUGGGGAAACUCAGCCAGAUGGGCGGGGUAUAAAUAAUAAUUUAUAAUGAUGAUGAUGAUGUGGAUAAUCGGGGUUUCUUAUUUGGGAAAAUUGUAGCAGAGUGCCCCCAGAGCACGCGCAGAGUGCCUUUUGUGUAUUUCUUCCUUGCAGAAUCCAGCGCUACCUUUUCUCCCUUCCAUCCUUCCUGCCUUGGGCUUAACUCUUUGAACGCUGUGCCUCUCAAAGACUUGGAGAGCCUCUGUUCCUGGUGCGGGCUUUUCUCCCAGGAAAUCUACAUCCUUUUAUUUUUAUUUUUGGAGACAGCUUGCAGUACGCUUGUUGCCUUGGAAGCUUCAGGGAUUCACCCUGCUUCCUGAUACCGAAACCCCUGGGGUUAGAGCUUUAGAUCCUGUGCAGCAAAGGGAUUUGUCGAGUGUUUCUCACGUUGAACAAAAAGUACAUCUGUUACAUUUCCCCUGCUUGGAAGAUUUCCCCCUUUUAUCUUGGGGAAUCAAAAUUCAAAAUGCAAACAAGGGCAGAGAUUCUUCUUGAAAAAUUUUCAGCAGGCCCAUUGGAGGCAGAAUCAAAGCAGUGGAGAUGCCUGUUCCAUUAAUUUCCCUCCCCAAACAAUAAUUGGGGCUGCUGCAAGAACAUUUGGUUCUUUUCCUGGUAUUUUGGUUCUAAGUUUGAUGGCUGCAAUGUUCCUGCGCUCCUUGAGGACUAGAAACUUAGCUGUGCGUUGUUUGAUUUUGAACCGAGGAGGCUGCAUUUCCAAUUUGUGCACUUUGGUUGAGCUGCAGUUCCGAAAUUGUGAAAGGUUGUUGUUGUUGUUGUUUAGUUGUUUAGUCGUGUCCGACUCUUCGUGACCCCCUGGACCAGAGCACGCCAGGCACUCCUGUCUUCCACUGCCUCCCGCAGUUUGGUCAGACUCAUGCUGGUAGCUUCGAGAACACUGUCCCACCAUCUGGUCCUCUGUCGUCCCCUCUCCUUGUGCCCUCCAUCUUUCCCAACAUCAGGGUCUUUUCCAGGGAAUCUUCUCUUCUCAUGAGGUGACCAAAGUCUUGGAGCCUCAGCUUCAGGAUCUGUCCUUCCAGUGAGCACUCAGGGCUGAUUUCCUUCAGAAUGGAUCGGUUUGAUCUUCUUGCAGUCCAUGGGACUCUCAAGAGUCUCCUCCAGCACCAGAAUUCAAAAGCAUCAGUUCUUCGGCGAUCAGCCUUCUUUAUGGUCCAGCUCUCACUUCCAUACAUCACUACUGGGAAAACCAUGGCUUUAACUAUACGGACCUUUGUUGGCAAAACCACCGUGUUGUUUGUUGCACCCUAAACCAAUCACCCCCAAUCUGUCACAUGGAAGAAAGAACAAAUUGUUUUCUCCUGCUCUGGAAGGUAGGAUGACCAUCCAAGCUGCUAAAAAACCUCCAACGAGUCCCCCACAUUCCGAGGGAGCCCCUUCCACUGUCAAACAGCUCUUACCAUCAGAAAAGUCUUCCUAAUGUUUAGCCGAGUUCUCAUUUCUUGUAAUUGGUUUGGGUCCUUCCUUCCAGAGCAUCAGCAGCAGCAAAGAAGCUUGCGCCAUAUUCCCUGUGAUAGCCUUUUUGAUAUUUGAAUAUGGCUGUCACAUCACCUCUCGGUCUUCUCUUCAGGGCAAACACACCCAAUUGUUAAUAAUAAUAAUAAUAAUAAUAAUAAUAAUAAUUUUUAUUUAUACCCCACCCUCCCCAGCCAAGGCCAGGCUCAGGGCAGCUAACAAGCAAUAAUAAAAACAAAUUGAAUGAAUACAACUUAAAAACAAAAUUAAAAUACAUUAAAACAUUGAAACCUCAUCGCAGGAGGAGAAAGGAAAAGAAAAAAAGAAAGAGGGGGAGGGAAUCAAAUUGGCUCCAAGCCAAAGGCCAGGUGGAACAACUCUGUCUUACAGGCCCUGCGGAAAGAAAUCAGAUCCUGCAGGGCCCCAUGAGACAGAGCGUUCCACCAUGCCGGGGCCAGUGUUGAAAAGGCCCUGGCUCUGGUUGAAGCUAAUCUAACUUCCUUAGGGCCCGGGACCUCUAGGGUCUUGCUAUUUAUGGACCUUGAGGCUCUCCGUGGGGCAUACUGGGAGAGGUGGUCCCGUAGGUACGAGGGUCCUAGGCCGUGAAGGGCUUUAAAGGUCAAAACCAUCACCUUAAAUCUGACCCUGUACUCCACCGGGAGCCAGUGCAGCUGGAAAAGCACUGGGUGAAUAUGCUCCCAUGGCAGAGACCCCGUGAGGAGCCUCGCUGCAGCAUUCUGCACCCUCUGGAGCUUCUGGGACAGCUUCAAGGGCAGCCCUGUGUAGAGCGAAUUACAGUAGUCAAGCCUGGAGGUGACCGUCGCAUGGAUCACUGUGGCAGAUCAGGGCGGGAAAGGUAAGGGACCGACUGCUUGAUGCGGCGAAGGUGGAAAAAUGUCGCCUUGGCUGUUGCUGUAACCUGCGCCUCCUUGGAAAGGGAGGCGUCAAGGAUUACACCCAAACUCUUAACGGAAGGCAAUGGCACUAAUUGGGCCCCCGCAAGAGAAGGGAGUUGGUCCCUCAUCCCCAUGCCAUCCCAACCCAGCCAUGGGACCUUGGGAACUUGUUGGGAUGCUGCCGGGAGUCGGGGGCAAUUGGCAGGCCCCCAGCUGGCUCCAGCCACCGGCCAGCAGCUGGGCGAUACUCCGAUUCUCAGAACAGCAUCAAAACUGUGACUCAACUUCUUUUGCCUUUUUUACGUGAAUGCGUGGAAAGGCAGCGCAGAGAAGACAAAGCCCCAGUUCUUGCUAUUAUUUACUCUGCUCUUCCCAAGCUAGUAAUUAGCCUCCUAUUGUACGAAAUCUCCCCGUGGUGUGCGUUUCUCUUGUUGUCGGAGGCAAUUGAGAAUGAAAUGAACGGAUAAAAUGGAGGCAAUUUAAUUCCAAAAACAGAAAGCAAUUUAACCCAUUUAAUUCCAAAAAAACCCUAGUGAGCUUCGUGGUUGAGCGGGGAUCCGAACCCUGGGCUCCUAGGCCCCACCCUGACACUCUAAAUCAGGCAUAGGCAAACUGGGCCCUCCGGAUGUUUUGGGACUACAAUUCCCAUCAUCCCUGACACUGGUCCUUCUAGCUAGGGAUCAUGGGAGUUGUAGGCCAAAAGCGUCUGGAGGGCCGAGGUUGAGGACGCCUGCUCUAACCACUACACCACCACUGCCUCUCAGAGAGCCAGGACUCCGGGUUCCUCAUCCCAGCUGUACUGCUUUUUGGGCUUUUGCACGACCUUCCUGCAUCCAGUUGAUGCAAUAAAGAUCUGGAAGCUGGUGUUUUGAAGGGCAGGGAGCUGAUUCAGAACUGUGCCAGGAGGCGGCUGCUUCCCCAUCCCUCUUCCUGGUAGCUUCGCAGAUGGGCCCAGUGAGAGAGAGUAGCUAAUCUAAGGAGAUUUUUGUGAUCAGACAGCUGUUUCCUGUCUGAGGGCUUCCAGAGCCUCGGCCUCAUACCAACUGCUCAGAAAAGACAGAAAGAAAACACACUGUGCCAACUUCCUGGCAGCAGGAGAGGGACUCAUUUAAAGGGAAUCAGCUCCAAUUGGGGGGUGGGCAGAGGCGGUUUUAGGGCAGCGCGAUUGGAUUGGCCAUACUGGGUGCCACCGUGCAGGGGACGCCACAGCAGUGUCCUGAAACGUAGCGUGAGAGGCCGGGGUUGCACAAGGUCUUCUCGCUGGCCCAAGUGGGACUAAUUUAGCCAGUGAUUUAGCCUGGUGAUCAUCUAAUGUUUAUUGGAUGGAUUUCCCCCAAACUGAUUUUUGAUUUUAUUGUUAUUUACGCUUUAUACCAUAUUUUAUGCUGUUUUUUGUAGCAUCAAUUAAGUGUUUUAAAUUUGUUGUUCGCCGCCCUGAGCCCGGUUUCCUGAACCAGGAAGGGCGGGGUAUAAAUAAAUUAUUAUUAUUAUUAUUAAAUUUGAAACGCCAAAUUCUGCCCCUGGGACCGACAGGGAGAGCCAGCAGCAGAGCUUAAGCAAAUUCGCUCUUUGCAAAGUCUAUUUCUGGGGAAGAGAAUGGACGCACUUGCUGACAUUUCCAUCAGUAAAAGGUAAAGGGCCCCCUGGACGGUUAAGUCCAGUCAAAGGUGACUCUGGGGUGCGGCGCUCAUCUCGCUUUCAGGCUGAGGGAGCCAGCAUUUAUCCGCAGACAGCUUUCUGGGUCAUGUGGCCAGCAGGACUAAGCUGCUUCUGGUGCAAUGGAACACUGCGAUGUAAGCCAGAGUGCACAGAAACGCUGUUUACCUUCCCGCCACAGCUAUGCCUAUUUAUCUACUUGCACUGGUGUGCUUUUGAACUGCUAGGUUGGCAGGAGCUGGGACAGAGCAAUGGGAGCUCACCCUGUUGCGCGGAUUCGAACCGCUGACCUUCUGAUCAGCAAGCCCAAGAAGCUCAGUGGUUUAGACCACAGCGCCACCUUUACUGUGUAUCUGAAUGUUAUGGACUUGUUGGACGCAGAGGAAUGGUGGGAGGAACCAGCUAGGGGACCCCCGAGGGAAGAAGGCGCAGAGCCCAGGGAGUGGUUGUGGGACCACAAUGGGUGGUCCGAAGGAGAGGACGGGGAGGAGGAGGCUGAAGAGGUAACAGGGUUUCGUGAGCGGGGAGAGUCUGUGACAGAGGAAGCCCAGAACUGGAGGCAGAAGCUGAAGCAGGAGGGUGGGAGGAAGGAGGCCAAGAGGCAGAGAGGAGUCAGGUGCGAAUUUAGUCACCGCCCUGUCUCCAUGCCAGAGUGUGGCAACUCCAGGGCAUGGGCAGAAAGUAGCCGAGUUGCGGUUGCAUGAAGUGCAACUCCUGUGCCGAGUCCCAAGAAAAAAACACACACACACAGGCAGCAGAAUUCAUGAGUGAUAGUUUACGGAGGUUUAAGAACUGGAUAUGGAACAACUGAUUGAUUCAGAAUUGGGAAAGGAGUACGACAAGGCUGUAUAUUGUCUCCCUGCUUAUUUAACUUAUAUGCAGAAUUCAUCAUGUGAAAGGCUGGGCUGGAUGAAUCCCAAGCCAGAAUUAAGAUUGCCGGAAGAAAUAUCAACAACCUCAGAUAUGCAGAUGACACAACCUUGAUGGCAGAAAGUGAGGAGGAAUUAAAGAACCUUUUAAUGAGGGUGAAAGAAGAGAGCGCAAAAUAUGGUCUGAAGCUCAACAUCAAAAAAACGAAGAUCAUGGCCACUGGUCCCAUCACCUCCUGGCAAAUAGAAGGGGAAGAAAUGGAGGCAGUGAGAGAUUUUACUUUCUUGGGCUCCAUGAUCACUGCAGAUGGUGACAGCAGUCACGAAAUUAAAAGACGCCUGCUUCUUGGGAGAAAAGCAAUGACAAACCUAGACAGAAUCUUAAAAAGCAGAGACAUCACCUUGCCAACAAAGAUCUGUAUAGUUGAAGCUAUAGUUUUCCCAGUAGUGAUGUAUGGAAGUGAGGGCUGGACCAUAAAGAAGGCUGAUCGCCGAAGAAUUGAUGCUUUUGAAUUCUGGUGCUGGAGGAGACUCUUGAGAGUCCCAUGGACUGCAAGAAGAUCAAACCUCUCCAUUCUGAAGGAAAUCAGCCCUGAGUGCUCACUGGAAGGACAGAUCCUGAAGCUGAGGCUCCAAGACUUUGGCCACCUCAUGAGAAGAGAAGACUCCCUGGGAAAGACCCUGAUGUUGGGAAAGAUGGAGGGCACAAGGAGAAGGGGACAACAGAGGACGAGAUGGUUGGACAGCGUUCUCGAAGCUACCAGCAUGAGUUUGACCAAACUGCAGGAGGCAGUGGAAGACAGGAGUGCCUGACGUGCUCUGGUCCCGGGGGGUCACGAAGAGUCGGACACGACUAAACGACUAAACAACAACAACAAAAGUGUAGAAAUGAUUACAAAGUCCAAGUUCUUACUGGAUCCCCAGUAAGGCUCAAAACUUCAGCUCAUGAGAGCUCAUCCAGUUGUAGAAAUGAAGAAUAGACAGGAUAGACUGUGUGUGCAGAAAGAUGCAGAGCUGCUCAGUGGCAGAAGAUAUAGUUCCCUUCUCUGUGCAUUGACCUCGAGUCCCGCAGACUAACCAGAAAAAAACGGCUGCAUGCAUGUUUUGAAAAAGUUCUGCAUCCGUAAAACUCACACUCCUUGACAAGGGAGGUGAACACUCAAGGGUGUCUUCCCCUCCUGCUGUGAGAAGCUCGCUUCCCUGCUGUCUCCCAGAACCAGAAGAGGCGUGAAAAGGGCAGAGGAGAGGUUGGCUGCAUGCAGGCGUAGUCUCUGAUUGCUUGGGGAGGAAACCCUGGAGAGGAGGGAUAUAAAUGCAAGAAAUAAACUCUCCCGCCUACCUGCUUAAGAAAGCUGGAGGGACCAGUCAGGUGAAGAUGUCAGCCACCCACCUGGCACCCAGAGAUCUCCACGUGGUUGCAAUUGGACCUGUGUGAGUUGCAAAGCGCACCUGGCGCCUGGGGAAUUUCUAAAACUGCUCAAAGGUUAAGCCGAACGAGUGCUAUAGAUGGCAUACCCUUUUGUGCGAGACCGAUUCCAUUCAUUUGGAAGAUGCCCGUUUUAAAAACCCGAGUAUGUAUGUUGCACCAGAGUUUAAAUGCUUUGACAUGCUUCUGAGGCGCAUCUAUGUUCUUCCUACGCUGAUCUUGCCGAGGUCAGUAAUCUGGAGUCUGAGCAGCGCUCGCCGCUCCCUGUAGUGGAAAGCUGGAAGGAGCCGCUAAACGUUUCCACUGUGGUGAUGUUUAUGUUCCUCCUUUGAAAAAUGAGUCCGGGAGCCAAAGGAAUCUGUCUCUCAACUCCCUCGCUGGAAAUGAGCAGUUUAAAAUGGGCAGCAGUCAUUUUUCUCGUGAAGCAUUUCAUAUUAAUCACUCCUUUAUUGCGGCGGCUGAACUAAUACUGUGUUGGUUCUAGCACAAGGGUUAAUCUGCCUGGUUUCUCAGCUAGCCCCCCGCCCCCAUUUUCUAGAUUUCAGAAGAAUGAGCUGCUAUUACUUGAGUUAAUGGGUGUAAUUUUAGUUCAGGGGCGUUCCCCUUUUCAAUGGUAGGCAGCGGUGAUGCCAAGUCCUGAUGCCUGUGUUUUCCCUUCGCUGUUGGAGGCAGAAUGUCUCCGUAUUCCAGUUUGGGGAAUCAUAAAUGGAGGGAACUGGGUCGUCUGGUUGGCCACUGUGAGAACAGGAUGCUGGGCUAGAUUUGGGGGUUAGACUAGAUGACCCCCGGGUACCCUUCCGUCUCUGCAAUUCAUUUCUCCCCCAAAAAAUGUUUAUUAAAUUUCAUACAGAAACAUAACUUUAACAUAACAGAAAAAGAAUAAUAAAAGAAAAAGAAAAAAGAAAAUAAAAGAAAUAAAGUAUUUCAAACCUCACAUAUACCACCACAUACAAUAAGUCUUAGUUAAUUAAUUAAAAUCCAACUUCAUAAACAUAUUACUUGACUUCCUCUAAUCUCUGCCAGCUGAAUUUCCUUGUAAAUAAAUGUAGCAGUUUCCAAUAUCAUUAUUCCACAUAACAAUAUUCCGGUCAUAAUCAAAUUUCCUAACUUUUCUUAUCAUACUUUUUCUUAUUUAUUUAUUCCUAGGCCUAAUUAGUUCUUUCAAGUGGUUACAAAUCUUUAAUAUUACAAUAUUUAUUCAAAUAGUCUUUAAAUUUCAUCCAAUCUUCUUGAUAUUCCUCUUCUUUCUGGUCGCGGAUUCUCCCGGUGAGAUCAGCCAGCUCCAUAAAGUCUAUCAUUUUCAUCUGCCAUUCUUCCGUCUCUGCAGUUCAGAUGCCAGGGGUCUUAUGAGGCAGGGAUGUGCAGGCAUCAUUGCGUGGGGUGAGAUUCUGCGGAGACACUUGAAAGGACCAGAAUGGGGCACUGAUUUCAACUUCCUGGGGAUCAGUCUCUCUCUCUCUCUCUCUCUCUCUCUCUCUCUCUCACACACACACACACACACACAUUUUAAAAAGCAAGUUUAUAGUCCUUAUGAAUGUGCAGGACUUCUUUUUGGCUGUACUUUUGGAAAUCUCUGAAGGAUCCAAACCAGCAUAUAGGGCGAUAAGGCUUCUUCUAAAAAAAGACCCCCUUUCACAUUGAUUGGGCAACUCUAGGGUGCUGGAGGCAGGAUCCUUGCUGCACAAAUAGUGACAGGAUUUGGCUGCCUUGACUGUUGCAGGAAUUUAUGUAUAGUUUUUUGGGGGGUUGCCCCUCCAGCAGAUAUCAUGCACAUGCAGCCCACUACCAAAAUCAGCACAAUCGCUUUUGCGACUUUUGUGAUUUGUCCCCACAAAACACUUCAUCACAGUUUCUUCCUAUCUAUUCAAAGGGCCUUUGCUGCACGAUACCAAAUGUAAGAAUUCCCUGAUAAAUGUAUCUCUGUACUGGCUCACUGGGAAAACUUCAGAAAUUCAUAUAGACAUGUGAGCUCAGCUACUCAGCAGCCCCUCUGCCUGAGGGAUAAUCCCUGGCAUCCUGAUACCUGAGUGCCAGACAGGUAGCCAUUCCAGAAAUAACAAACCCAGAUGAAGACAAAAGGGCGUGAUUAACUUGGCUGGGAAACAGGGAAAUGUAAAUAUCUCUUUUGUUACACUUGAUGGGUGUUUGGUGGAGGAGAACCAUGGGGCAGGGUCCAGGAUGCUCUGAUUACUGCCACCAGACCUCCCCUUCCAUGAUGUAAGCAUUAUGUAUUAGUGAUGUAGUUUUGGGGGGUGUAACAUGGGGAUUAGCAGCUAAUAAAAGUUUGGGUGCUCAUUUGUUCGGGGCUUCCAUCUUGUUCCACCUUGUGGCAGGUGGGAGUCUUGUCACGACAGUCUUCAAUAAAGACCAAGCCUACUGGCUGCUGUUUUGCUCUGGUACAGUGGUGCCUCGCAAGACGAAAUUAAUCCGUUCCGUGAGUCUCUCCGUCUUGUGGUUUUUUCGUCUUGCGAAGCACGGCUAUUAGCAGCUUAGGGGCUUAGCGGCUAUUAACGGCUUAGCGGCUUAGCGGCUAUUAACGGCUUAGCGGCUUAGCGGCUUUAAGAAAAAGGAAACAAACUCGCAAGAACUCGCAAGACGUUUCGUCUUGCGAAGCAAGCCCAUAGGGAAAUUUGUCUUGUGGAACAACUCAAAAAACGCAAAACCCUUUCGUCUAGCGAUUUUUUCGUCUUGCGAGGCAUUCGUCUUGCGGGGCACCACUGUAUUCCUGGCUGGUGUCCUUGUUUUUUGUCCAAGGGAGCCCUCAGAUUUCUCCGUUAACAUGACCCUGGACUGUGACCCCGGACCAAUACACCUCUGCUUAUCAUAAUUACCAUAUUUUUCGCUUUAUAGGACGCACCCGACCAUAAGACGCACCUUGUUUUAGAAGGGGAGAACAAGAAAAAAAAUUUCUCCCCCUCUCUGCUCAGUGCCCCUUCAGCGAAGCAGCAGGAGAAAUGAAGCCCCUUCCAUUUCUCCUCUCGCUUGGCUGAAGGGGCGCUACGCAGCUCUCCCUCUCUGCUGAAGCCAGGAGAGUCUUGCUCUUCCGGCUUCAGCAAAAGGAACCUGAAGCCUUCGGAGCGCAGCGGGAACUUGGGCUGUGCUCCGAAAGCUUCAGGCAGCUAUCCCUGAAGCCUGGAGAGCGAGAGGGGUUGGUGUGCACUGACCCCUCUUGCUCUUCAGGCUUCAGCCAAAGCAACGCGAAGCCUCCGGAGCACGGAGGGAGCCCUCCCUCCGCGCCUCGGAGGCUUCGUGUUGCUUUGGCUGAAGCCAAGGAGCCUGCAUUCGCUCCAUAGAACGCACACACAUUUCCCCUUCAUUUUUGGAGGGGGAAAAGUGCGUCUUAUAGAGCGAAAAAUACGGUAAUACUGGGAUGCAUUAACAAAUAGACCGGCCUAUUGAAAUGCAGCGGCUUGUGUUUGUAAGGAACAAGACCCUGCAAAAGGCACAUUUCUGAGCCCACCUGCCCCCCCAAACCCCCGAACGAGCUCUGGGUCUGCUUCUAAAUGCACGGGUUGUAUUUAAGAGUCCUAUAGGGUCUUGGCACUGGACGGUGCAUCUUGCAGGAUUGCAAUUAUAGCACGACCCUGAGCCUUGCCUUGUGUUUAUGGCUGCUAGGAAUGUCAAGAGAACCUGUUAACACUCCUGCCCCCCCCCCCCCGGCUUGUGACCUCAGUUGCACUAAUGGACUUCCGGCUUGCACCUGGCUGUCAUUAUUUCUGUUGCCCCUCCAGGAAUCCUUGGAAUAACAGUAAUAAAAGGAAGCACGCCGGGGCUAAAUUUAGGCUCCCGGCUGGCAGCAGCGAGCGGCUAGCGAGGCAUCGACCCUUUGCUAGGCUGAUCCAUCUCCCGCUGGUGCUAAUUGGAGUUAAGCGAGUGUGUCUGUGCAAGCUGGGCUCCCUCCUCUUCUGCUCAGAACGGAUCGGGGAUGAAGGAACAGGUUGGCUGCAGGGCUCUUCCAAGGCAAAAUUAUUCCGCGCUUCUCAGCUGCCUGCAAUGUACCGUAUUUUUCGCUCUAUAGGAUGCACCGGACCAUAGGAGGGGGAGAACAGGGGAAAUUUUUUUUUUUCUUGUUCUCCCCCUCUAAAACAAGGUGCGUUCAAGGUGCAUUCACCCAAAGCCUCCGGAGCACAGUGGGAGUUCCCGCUGCGCUCGGGAGGCUUCAGCCGGCUACCUUGGAAGCCUGGAGAGCGAGAGGCGUCGGUGCGCACUGACCUCUCUUGCUCUCCAGGCUUCAGUGAAGGCAACCCGAAGCCUCUGGAGCGCGGCGGGAGUUCCCUCUGGGCUCUGGAGGCUUCAGGUUCCUUUCGACCUGCUCUUUGGGGCUGGCGGGGGGAAGCGCUGCUUUCCCCCACUGCCAGCCCCAAAGAGCAGGUCAGGGAACAGUGCAAAGGCUGCGCGCAGCCUUGCCGCUGCCCCCCAAGCUUGUGGGGCUGGCGGUGGGGGGAAGUGUUGCUUUCCCCCACCGCCAGCCUCAAAGAUCCCUGAAGCCUUUGGAGCGCAGCGGGACCUUGCGCUGCGCUCCAAAGGCUUCGGGUUCCGUUCGCUGACCCAAAGCCUUUGGAGCACAGCACGAGUUCCCGCUGCUCUCCAAAGGCUUGAGGCUUCGGGGACAGCCUUUGUAGCCUCCGCAGGGCAGUGGGGUGAAGGCACCCCCCUGCCCUGCAAAGGCUUUGCGCAGCUAACCCCAAGCUCCGCAGUGCUCCGUCUCCCUGUUCUGGCUUUGGGCUUAGCCACGCAGCCUGCAUUUGCUCUAUAGGACGCACACACAUUUCCCCUUAAUUUUUGGAGGGGGAAAAGUGUGUCCUAUAGAGCGAAAAAUACGGUACAACCAAGGACGGCAUGGGGUGCUGUCCUCCUGAUCUCUGAGCAGGCUGCAAGCUGCGGUCGCCUGCUCUGGGUCCGGGCUCUGGGUGGAACAUAGGAGCCUGGGUCACACAACUGGUCCACCUAGUUUAGUGCUGCCUACACUGGUCGGCAGCGGCUCUCCAGGAUUACAGACGGGAGCCUCUCCUUGCCCUACGUGGAGAUGCGGGGGAUCGGAACUGGAACCCGCUGCGGGCAAGACAGGUGCUGCAGAACUACAAUUCCCAGAGUUCCCUGGGAAGAGGGGCUGGCUGUGCUUCAUGGGGGUUGGACUAGAUGACCGUUGGGGGUCCCAGUCCUACAUUUCUAGGACUGUUCAACCACUGGAAAUUGUAACUCUGUAAGGGGUCUCCUAAGUACUCUCUCAUCACUCUGAGCUUUUAACGUUUGAGGUUUUAUUAUGUUUUUAAAUGGGCUGGAAGCUGCCCAGAGUGGCAGGGGCAACGCAGCCAGGCGGGUGGAGAAUAAUAAUAAUAAUAUUAAUACUACAGUGGUACCUCGGGUUACAGACGCUUCGGGUUACAGACGCUUCGGGUUAUGAACUCCGCUAACCAGGAAGUGGUUGCUCCAGGUUAAGAACUUUGCCCCAGGAUAAAAACGGAAAUUGCGCGCCAGCGGCACAGCGGCAGCAGGGGGCCCCAUUAGCGAAAGCGCGCCUCAGGUUAAGAACCAUUUCAGGUUAAGAAUGGACCUCUGGAACGAAUUACGUUCUUAACCUGAGGUACCAGUGUAGUAGUAAUAAUAAUAUCCCAAAGAUUCUUUGAGGGGGGGGCGCGCCAUGACUGUUUAAAGUGGCAUGAUAUUGCUUUAAAUGUAAAAGGUAACAGGAAAAGGACCCCUGGAUGGUUAAGUCCAGUCAAAGGCAACAAUGGGGUUGCGGCACUCAUCUCGCUUUCAGGCCAAGGGAGCCGGCGUUUGUCCACAGACAGUUUUCUGGCUCAUGUGGCCUGCAGGACUAAACUGCUUCUGGUGCAACGGGACACCGUGACGGAAGCCUGAGCGCAAAGAAAUGCCGUUUACCUUCCUGCCAGAGCGGUACUUAUUUAUCUACUUGCACUGGUGUGCUUUCGAACUGCUAGGUUGGCAGGAGCUGGGACAGAGCAACGGGAGCUCACCCCGUCACGGGGAUUCGAACCGCCAAACUUCCGAUCGGCAAGCCCAAGAGGCUGAGUAUUUAGACCACAGCGCCACCCGCGUCCCUGCUUUAAGUGUGCAGUGCAGAUGGCACCUAGUUUUCUCUCUGUGUCUCUGUCUCUCUCUCUCUCUCUCUCUCUCUCACACACACAUACUCCCUCUUUCCUCUCAAUAAUAAUAAUAAUAAUAAUAAUAAUAAUAAUAAUAAUAAUUUAUUAUUUAUACCCCACCCAUCUGGCUGAGUUUCCCCAGCCACUCUGGGCAGCUUCCAAUCGAGUGUUAAAAACAAGACAGCAUUAAAUAUUAAAAACUUCUCUAAACAGGGCUGCCUUCAGAUGUCUUUUAAAGAGAAGAUAGCUGCUUAUUUCCUUCACAUCUGAAGGGAGGGCGUUUCACAGGGCGGGCGCCACUACCGAGAAGGCCCUCUGUCUGGUUCCCUGUAACCUCACUUCUCGCAAUGAGGAAUCCACCAGAAGGCCCUCGGUGCUGGAUCUCAGUGUCUGAGCUGAAUGAUGGGGGUGGAGACGCUCCUUCAGGUAUAACUGGCAGCUUUUGCUCUACCUUUCUCUCCAGCCCGCCCCCCCCCCCCCCGACUUGGUGGUCGCAGAUGGGCUCCACAGUCGGAUACCAGUAGCUUUCGUACAGGGAAAGGAUGUGGGGCUUUCCCAGCCAUCUUGCAAUUUAGGGAACUUAUUCACAGCGAUCAUCGCAGAGAGAAACUCCCAUAAUGGCUCGAGAGAGAUGCCCUCUGCUUUCCUACUGCCCUGCUCAGUUGCGUAGCAAAUGGGCCGUGUUAAUGUGCGGAGACCUCAUUCAGGGGAGCAAGAUUCAAUUUGGCUUCUAGCGCAAUAAAACAGGAUAGUGCCACAGGGGCUUUCACGUGUUCUCUUGCCACCAGAACAUCAGCGCAUGCAUGUAAAAGGCAAUAAAGGAGAUAAGGAACACGUGAGAGCAUGAACAUGCUUUGGCAAAGCAGGGAAAAUGGAAAUCUUCUGCCACUCUUAGGAUGCAGGCACACUGAACCAUUUGUAGCCCAAAGAUGUGUUUUUUCUCAGUCUUCAAAAAGGGACACAGCCUCCUUCAUGUGGUUGUGGACUUGCUUUCAUGGGGGGUUUCUAAGCUUAACGAUUUUGUGAUUCUAUGAAACUUUAUUGGGGCCUGCAGCUUACUGCUUUUAUCGAUUUGGUUUUUAUAAACCUCACUGUGGUUUUAUUGCAAAGAAUAAACCGAUAAAGCUACCGGUUAAGAGCCAGAAUUUAAAACUUUCCCCAAAUAAUGGAAAGCAACAGUAAGCUUUUAAAAAAGCGGAUUGAGACAUGUGUCUGAAGAGGCUUAGCUAAACAAGAAAGCUUUUAGCCAGCACCUAAAACUGAAGGCGCCUGCCUGGUGUCAAUAGGCAGGGAGUUCCAAAGGUUAAUUCCUGACAAGUGCGGAAUGAGGACGUUGUGUCCUUGAGCCUGCCGGCUUUUUAAAAACAUACAGUAUUUUUCACUCCAUAGGGCGCACCGGACCAUAGGGCACACCUAGUUUUUAGCGGGGGAAAUAAAGAUUUUUUUUUUAUUCCCCCCCCCAGCCCCAAAGAGCAAAGAAGCCAAGAUAGCGAGCAGGAUCCAUCCCGCUGGCUGUCUUGGCUUCCUCUUUAGCCACGCGCAACCUCCAGCCGGGAGAGGCUGCACGCAGCUUUGGCUGAAGCCAAGACAGCGAGCGGGAUGGAUCCCGCUCGCUGUCAUGGCUUCGUUUCUAGCCGCGGGGCUGGGGUGGGGUAAGCCCGAGCUUCCCCCGACCCCAGCCCCCAGAACAGGCACUCCUGCUGCGCUCUGAAGGCUUCCGGAUAGCUGCCUGAAGCCCGGGGAGUGAGAGGGGUCGGUGCACACUGACCCCUCUUGCUCUCCAGGCUUCAGCGAAAGCCUGCAUUCGCUCCACAGGACGCAUACACAUUUCCCCUUCAUUUUUGGAGGGGGAAAAGUGCGUCCUAUAGAGCGAAAAAUACAGUAAGAAGAACAUGCUGGAUCAGAUAAUCUAGUCCAGCAUCCUGUUGUUGCCGGGGGCAACCAGGUGUCUGUGGGAAACUCGCAGGCAGGAUUCGAACACAAGAGGCCUCUCCCCUGCUGUGGUUUCCAGGAACUGAGAUUUAGGAGCAUUCCUGCCUCUGACCGUGGAGGCAGAGAAUAGCUGUCGUAACAGCCAUUGCUAGCCGUCUCCUCCAUGAAUUUCUCUCAUCUUUGCAGCAGAACCUUCCGUUUCCCGACUGGGAACCACUGGGUAUUUCGGCCGUAAAAUUAAAGCAGGAACCCUUUUAAUUUCUUUGUGAUCCCUUACCCUCCCAGGGUGGCACUUGAGUGCCUCUGCAUUGUGACAUUUCCCCAUAGUCAGGCCUGGCCACUGAUAUUAAUUGCAGCCCUGGGUUUGGCUAUACAUAGAACGCGCUGCUUAUUUUGGGUGGCGAAAGGCAAAAAGCCGCCCUCUGGCUCUCCCGGCAGCCAGGCAUUUAAAUAACACAGAGUCACCCGCUUGGGGUCCUGCGCGGGGCAGCCGUCACUUCAGAUCUGCUCUGCGGUGAGCUAGGGUGCUCAUUUGUGCACAGAAGGGCUGUGGUUUCCCCCCACCACCCCCAUCAUGGGAGGACCUGAAUGCUGGUGUCAGUUUUGCAAGCUCUAAGCAUAUCCGGCAGCCUUCCUGCCAAAGUCGAAACCUUAAUUUUUGCUCGUUCUGGGAGAAGUCAAAGAGAGCUGGGAGGAUGGCAGGGUAUGGGGAGAGAGCAGAGGUUUAUUAUUAUUACAGUGGUACCUCAGGUUAAGUACUUAAUUCGUUCCGGAGGUCCGUUCUUAACCUGAAACUGUUCUUAACCUGAAGCACCACUUUAGCUCAUGGGGCCUCACGCCGCCGUGCCACCAGAGCCCGAUUUCUGUUCUCAUCCUGAAGCAAAGUUCUUAACCUGAAGCACUAUUUCCGGGUUAGCGGAGUCUGUAACCUGAAGCGUAUGUAACCUGAAGCAUAUGUAACCCGAGGUACUACUGUGUUAGUUACAGGUAGGAAGCCAUGUUGGUCUGCCGUAGUCGGAACAAAAUAAAAAAAAUCCUUCCAGUUGCACCUUAAAGGUAAAGGGAUCCCUGACCAUUAGGUCCAGUCAUGGCCAACUCUGGGGUUGCGACGCUCAUCUCGCUUUAUUGGCUGAGGGAGCCGGCGUACAGCUUCCGGGUCGUGUGGCCAACAUGACUAAGCCGCUUCUGGCGAACCAGAGCACGGAAACGCCAUUAACCUUCUCACUUGAGCGGUACCUAUUUAUCUACUUGCACUUUGACGUGCUUUUGAACUGCUAGGUUGGCAGGAGUUAGGGACCGAACAAGGGGAGCUCACCCCGUCGCGGGGAUUCGAACCCCCAACCUUCUGAUUGGCAAGUCCUAGGCUCAGUGGUUUAACCCACAGCGCCACCCGCAUCCCAUUGAAAUAAGACCUCCUUAAAGCAGGAAUCAAGGGGAAAGCCAGGCUAGUCCAGCUUCCCUUUUGGUAUUCUUGCAGAUCCUCCCUCCUGCACCUGUGAUUUGAAUUCCCUCGGCGCCGUCUCCAUCCUCUAGUGGCGCAGGAGGGCAUUCAUCUUGCGCUGUGUCUCCUGCUCCUCGGUUGACAUGCGCCCCACUACCUUCCUGGUUCUGCUUCAGCGAUGCGCCUGCCUCCAAGCGUCAAACAGAACAAACAAGCCGUCUCUCUAAUAAGCCCGAACUCUUCCGUCAAAGUUUGGCCUGUCCUCCUUUGCCCUUGCCCGCUCGUUUUCCCUGUCCUUCAGAAAUCCAUCUCAGCAAGCAAAUCCUUUCUCCCUGUGUGUCUUUUAAAGAAGCAAGUCUUCGCUGCAGGAAAACUCUGGCUUCAAGCAUCUCAGAGCCUUUUGGAGCAAGGAACAGUGUCAGAGGGGUGAAGCGGAUGAUGCCUUCGUUGGGAACAGUGUGUGCCAGAACAGCUUCUUCUUCUUCUUUGGUGAUCCCUCAUAGCCGAGUAAGAUUGUCUUCCAUAAAUACGGUAUUAACAAUGAGUCCGUAAGUGACUGUGGAGGCCAAUUCUGGAUCCACACGUCCUUCCACAGUAGGGGACAUAGGUUUCCAGGCGGGAGUUGAUCACGAUGUGGAUUUGCCAAGUAUGCCUUCCUCUUAGCACGUUUCUCCCUUGCGUCCUGAGUUCGAGUGUCUUCAAACCCCUGACACCUUUGGUAAAGGCUGUUCUCCAAUUGGAACGUUCACAGGCCAAUGUUUCCCAGUUGUCGGUGUUUAUACUUCAUUUUUUUUAGAUUUGCCCUGCAAGGGUCUUUAAACCUCUUUUGUGGACCACAAUCAUUACACUUUCCAUUUCUUUUAGUUCAGAAUAGAGUACAGUCGUACCUCGGGUUACAGGCACUUCAGGUUACAGAUGCUUCAGGUUACAGACUCCACUAACCCAGAAAUCUUACCUCGGGUUAAGAACUUUGCUUCAGGAUGAGAAUAGAAAUCGUGCUCCGGUGGCAGCAGGAGGCCCCAUUAGCUAAAGUGGUGCUUUAGGUUAAGAACAGUUUCAGGUUAAGAAUGGACCUCCAGAACAAAUUAAAUUCUUAACCCGAGGUACCACUGUAUUUGCUUUGGAAGACAGAACAGCAGAAGCAAACAAGAUUCUGGGCCACAGAGUGUCCUGAGGCUGCUAGGUUUAGAUAUCUGGAGUGGUGCUGUUGCCAAUUGCCAUUGUCGUUUCUGACAAUGCUUGAAUAUGCCCCCAAGAAGCAUUCCAUGCCUAUGCAAUGUAAAUUCUGCAGGCAAAUAUUAGGCAGGUUUGUAUAUGGUGCACUUGCAUUUGGAAUGCUGUGUACGGUUCUCAUGGAAUCGUAGAUUUGGAAGGGGUCCGAGGGUCAUCUAGUCCAACCCCCUGAAUGCAGGAAUCUCAGCUAGAUAAUACACAUUUAGCCGGGAAAAAGAGGAGACUGAGAAGAGCAGAGCAUAGCCAUCAGCGAAUCUGUCAAUGAAUUUGUCUGUCCCUCUUUCAAAGCAUCCAGGUUGGCAGCCAUCGCUUCCUCAUGUGGCAGAGAGUUCCAUAAUCUAACUAUGUGCUGUGUGAAGACGUAUUUUCUUUUCUCAGUGCAACAUUUUCUGAAAGCGAGGACAUGCCUAGUACUCAAUGAGACAGUGGCCUCAUUAGGCUGAAACAAAAUUAUAUCCUGGUUUGCUGUGUUCAGAUAUCAGCACUGUUUUACAGGAUUAUCUUGUUCAAUUUAGUUAAAUCCCAUGAGAAGACCUUUUACAUUCCUUAGCGUUAAUCUGAUGCCGACAGGUGUUCCGGAAGGGAGAUUUGCCUGCUUAUGUUUUUGUGGUGAGGGAGAAACUGAGGAUUAUUGUACGCUUAUCUUUUAAACGGCCCAGCUUGCGCAGGAGACUGCUUUAUUGUGCUGGUCCGGGGGGGGGGGGGUUUACUGUGCGGCGUGGUCUAAGUCCGGUCCUAGGUAGAGGGUAAGGAGGCUGUCCGUCAGGGGCGAAGCGAGGGGCGAAGCGAGGAGUCGGGCUAGGUCAGGAACUCAGGAGAACAGGACAGGGUGCUGGCAGGAACAGGUUACCACCGAUGUUGCUCCCGCAACCUGGGACUGGGCGGGCUGGCCUUUAUCUCCUCCGAGGCGGCCCUGGUCCACAGGUGUCUCGCCUCUCCUGGCCUGGAGGCGAGCACUCCUCCUGCAGGAACUUAGUUCCCUCUGCCUCUCUGCCCUGAGCCUCUGCAGCUCAGGAGAGGCUGGAGGGUGACCGGACCCAGAGGCAACCUCAGCUUCCCCUGACGGGGCUGAGAGUGGAGCACCUGCAGUCAAUGGGUCCUCCAUCACCUCAGGAGCCAGAGCAGACUCAGCUGGUGCCUGCACCUGAGGGUCCAGCACAGGUGAGGACCCUUCAGGCUCAUGCCCCAGCCCCGGCUCAGCUGGUUCUGGAGGCAGGGAAUCCUGUGCAGGCUGGGAUUCCUCAGGUUCAGUCUCUGAAUCAGAUUCCCAGGCCAUCACACUUACGCAGAGUCAACCCCCUGGUCUAUCUGGAUCCAUAUCGGCUGCAGCAGCACUCCAGAGUUUCAGACAUCUUGGUUAAAAGUAUAUAUAUCCCCCAGUUGUUGGGAAAUGAAGAAAACUAACCAGGUUUCAAAAGAUUGGCAUUAUGUUUACAAAGAUGGUAAUACGCUUGUGAAUUGCUGUUGUUAUAAUAUAUAUGGAAAGUCAAUUACCUGGGAAUUAAUUGCAACCCCAGGCCUGAGGUCUUAAUUACAACAUAACGUUUAGCAAAUUGCCUCAAAAUGUCCUAGACACUAGGCUGAGUGGUUGAGCUCUGCAAACAUUGGAGCCUUUGGCUUGUGAUGCUAAAAUACUCUUUAAGAAGUAAAAAAUGUUUGUUUUCCUGUUAGCGUCCUCCAGUUCUUGCCAGUGCCUAAAAUUUUAUUUGUCUGUCGUAUUUGGGCUUCCCAUCCUGGAUAGAGCAUUGAAAGUAGUUUAUCCUCUCAAAACCAUGUGCAUAUAUUCGAAACAAAACCAUUAAAAAAAAAACCCUUCGGUAACAAAAUCCAUUUAUUUUGUUAAGAUUUUGCUAACACCCCUGCGUUGUGUGACUUCACCACCCGAAAAAGCAGGGAAGGGCUGAGCUCAGGCAGACCUUACUCAGUAGAGAAUUCUGUAACUGUGAAACCGCAACUGAAAACGCCCUUCUCUGUUUCCCUCAUUGGUUUUAAUCAGUGGACCUUGGGUCAGAGGCAUCCCUGCUCAAUCAACAAAGCAAUAUUUGCGGCCAGUAUUAGCUUCGCCAAGUUAGCACAUUUUAUUUCUGUUCCGCCUUGAGGAUGCUUUAGUGAGAGCCUCCUUGUUUACGAAGCUAUUGUACUGCCGACCUUACUUGUAUGCUUGUGAAAAAUGGACCACUUAUAAACGGCAUCUCCAACUCCUCAAAAGAUUCGGUGUCUCCAAAAUUUUUUACACAUCACUUGGGAAGACAGGCAAACUAAUGCCAGUGUACUGGAAGAAGCAAAGAUCACCAGUGUCGAAGCAAUGAUUCUUCAACAUCCUCUUCAUUGGACUGGUCAUGUUGUUUGCAUGCCUGAUUGUCGUCUUCCAAAGCAACUACAGUGGUACCUUGGUUUAUGAACUUAAUCCAUUCCAGAAGUCUGUUCUUAAACCGAAACCAUUCUUAAACUGAGGCGUGCUUUCCCUAAUGAGGCCUCCCACCACCUCUGCCCUUCCACCGUUUGGAUUCCGUUCUUAGACCGAGGUAAAGUUGUCAAACCAAGACACUAUUUCUGGUUUUGCGGAGUUUGUAAACCAAAUCGUUCUUAAACCGGACUGUUCUUAAACCAAGGCACCACUGUACUCUAUUCCAAACUUAAAAAUGGAAAGCGUAAUGCUGGCGAUCAACAAAGGAGGCUUAAAGACGCUCGCAUGGCAAAUCUAAAUAAAAUUACUAUAAACACUGACAACUGGGAAACACUGGCCUGCGAGCGCUCCAGUUGGAGAACAGCCUUUGUACCAAAGGUGUCAUGGGGUUUGAAGAUGCUCGAACUCAGGACACAAGGCAGAAACGUGCUAAGAGGAAGGCACACUUGGCAAACCCUCACCGUGAUCAACUCCUGCUGAGAAACCAAUGUCCCCACUGUGGAAGGACGUAUGGAUCCAGAAUUGGCCUCCACAGUCACUUACAGACUUACUGUUAACACCGUGUUCAUGGAAGUCACUUUUACUCGGCUACGAGGGAAUGUCAAAGAAGAUUCCUGCCUGCCUUGUUCUUUACUUGUUCCGGAAAGCAAAGAAUACGAAUGGGCAGAAAAUUGGCUCAUAUUGUGCCAUAAUUUGAACCUAUCUAAGUCUCAUUUAGGGGACGUGGGUGGCGCUGUGGUUUAAACCACUGAGCCUAGGACUUGCCAAUCAGAAGGUUGGCGGUUUGAAUCCCCAUGACGGGGUGAGCUCCCGUUGCUUGGUCCCUGCUCCCACCAACCUAGCAGUUCGAAAGCACGUCAAAGUGCAAGGAGAUAAAUAGGUACCGCUCCGGCAGGAAGGUAAACGGCGUUCCCGUGCGCUGCUCUGGUUCGCCAGAAGCGGCUUAGCCAUGCUGGCCACAUGACCCUGAAGCUGUACGCCGGCUCCCUUGGCCAAUAAAGCGAGAUGAGUGCCGCAACCCCAGAGUCGGCCACGACUGGACCUAAUGGUCAGGGGUCCCUUUAUCUUUACCUUUAAGUCUCAUUUCCUGAAACAACAGAGAUAGCUCAGUCCGUUAGAGUGUGGUACUGAUAAUGCCAAGGUUGGGGGUUUGAUUCUCGUAAGAGACAGUUGCAUAUUCCUACAUUUCCAGGGAUUGGACUACAUGAUCAUUGGUGUCCCUUCCAGUUUUAUGAUUCUGUGACCCAAAGUGCAGCCAUCCUUUGAGACUUUCACUUCUCCAAAUUUUGCGGCACAGUUUUCCAACCUAGUAAAUGUGCAGGGGGAAAAGGCACGUUAUUUUGGGCGAGUGUCCCUAGGAAUGCAUAUGUUUGUAAAAGGAGCAUGCAAAAAGGCGUUAUGCUACAGAAGAUUGCUCUGCAGAAAUGGGCGUAUUAGAUAAGGCAGUGUAUGAUAAUUGGUACCUUUGCAGAAAUGCAACAAUGUGUGUGCAUAUUAAGAGAAGCGAAUCUUUUGUGAGGACUAUAUAUAUAUAUAUAUAUAUAUAUAGGGCUUGCAAACUGGUGCAGGAAUGUGGCAGACGGAAUUUAAGAUGGGGGAGAAAUGAGAAACUGAAACGGACAAAUUCUUCCCUCCCCAGGAGAGGAAUGUGGGAGCUCAUCGCAAAGCAUUGCUCUGCCAGUGUCGAUUUUCUAAAUGUGCUCGAAAAGAAUUCUUUGACAUCAAACAGACUUUGUUGGCUGAGUGGGAGGGCAUGCCAGGAUAUGAUGACUAAUGGGAUCUAGAUUAAGCUGUCAUGUCAGUUUCUCUGGAACGAAAGGAAAGAUGCAGAGGUGAUAAAGCCCGAAAGUAGUAAAAAUCCGUUCCUUUGUAAACGCGAGCUUAAAGUUCACGAAAUCACCGCUUGGGAGUUAAUGGCAUUGCCUUCAAAGUGGCGAUAGCGAUGGGUUUUGAGUAUAAUGCCACCUUUGUAUCUGUUCUUCUUUGGCACUCUCUCGAAACACCCUGGCAGGUGUGUGUAUUCCAGCAACUCACACUUUCCACUUAGGACUCUUAAACACACAUUAGUCAUGUACUUAGCAUUUCAUUAUCCCACACAGGAGUGAGAUUCUCAUUCCUUCUUGUACACACACACACACACACACACACACACACGGAGUUGAGCAGCUGGCUAACACUGUCUUGUGUUGCCCCCUGUUCCUGCCAGCUGCCCCCGGCCCCCAGGUUGCCGAGGGCAAAUAAAAGAAAGCACUUCUUCACGCAGCAGAGAGUUAAACUGUGGAACUCACUGUCACAUGAGGCAGCGAUGGCCGCCACCAACCUAGAUGGCUUUGUAAUGUUGCCGUUGUUGGCACUGCGCUGCUUCCGUAGUCAGAGGUGGCAUGGUUUUGAAUCAGCCAUUGUGAGAAGAAGAUGCUGGACUCGAUGAGCCAUUGGCCUGAUCCACUAAGCUCUUCUUUAUGUUCUUACGUGUUACAGAAUGUUUAGGAGUGGUGAAUGCUCUGGUUAUCUCCCGCUUGGACUACUGCAAUGCGCUCUAUGUAGGGCUACCUUUGAAGGUGACCUGGUAACUACAACUAAUCCAGAAUGCGGCAGCCAGACUGGUGACUGGGAGCAGCUGCCGAGACCACAUAACACCAGUCUUGAAAGACCUAUACUGGCUCCCAGGAUGUUUCCGAGCACAAUUCAAAGUGUUGGUGCUGAACUUGAAAGCCCUAAACGGCCUCGGUCCAGUAUACCUGAAGGAGCAUCUCCACCCCCAUCGUUCAGCCCGGACACUGAGGUCCAGCUCUGAGGGCCUUCUGGUGGUUCCCUCAUUGCGAGAAGCAAAGUUACAGGGAACCAGGCAGAGGGCCUUCUUGGUAGUGGCGCCUGCCCUGUGGAAUGCCCUCCCUUCAGAUGUCAAAGAAAUAAACAACUACCUGACAUUCAGAAGGCAUCUGAAGGCAACUUCAGGGAAGUUUUUAAUGUGUGACAUUUUAGUGUAUUUUUGGUCUUUGUUGGAAGCUGCCUAGAGUGGCUGGGGAAACCCAGCCAGAUGGGCGGGGUACAAAUAAUAAUUUUUAUUUAUUUAUUUAUUAUUAUUAUUAUUAUUAUUAUUAUUAUUAACAUUCAGCCAUGUCUGUCAGCUCCUAAGUCAGCGUUAAAGGAAGCCACCAGGAAUUGAACCCCUGGUACCUGCGACGGGCCCGACGCCUCAGUUACCGCUCGUGCCAACUUGCCUGCUCUCUCUUACCUAUGUUGCCCCCAUCUCACUGAACAGCCCUUAAAACAAAUGCUAACUAUCCCAGAGAAUCUCAUGGGGGAUCUUUGUGUGGGGGAUAACCGAUAAGUUGGGGUCUCAAGCUGGCAUUCUUCAAAUAAACAGUAACGAUUUAUUUUUAAAACAAGGUACAGUCAUACCUUGGGUUACAGAUGCUUCAGGUUGCGUUUUUUCGGGUUAUGGACCACCAAAACCCGGAAGUACUGGAAUGGGUUACUUCCGGGUUUCGGCGGUCAUGCAUGUGCAGAAGCGCUAAAUCGCACUUUGCGCAUGUGCAGAAGCGCUAAAUCGCAACCCGCGUGUGCACAGAUGCGCUGCUGUGGGUUGCGAACGCUGCGGGUUGCGAACGUGCAUCCCGCACGGAUCACUUUCGCAACCCAAGCGUCCAUUGUAGUAAAAUACAAGCGGAGAAGCUCAGGUUACUUCAGAAUUGAUACGCUAGUUUAAUUUAAUUCGUUUCACAGAGCUUUCGGCUUUUUAGUUUGGUUCCUUUCUGAGGCGGUACUUUCCUUCAGGUACCCACCCCUUUAACAAAUCCAGCUCCUGAGGUAACUUUCCGUAAUAGUCUUAAGGGCUCACCACACGCCCCUUCCUUCACUGGGUUUGUGUGUGUGUCCCUGUCCCCUUUUAAAAGUCAGAAUCUGGCAGGCUGAUUGAUUUUAUUGAAAUGUCAAUGAGAUUAGGCAAUCAAUAGAAGAAUAGCAUUAAACGGCAGUUGUAUCAAUAUCUGCGUAUUCCGUAGCAGAGAUUGUGCUUAUGAAAUCUGCGCCUGACCUUUACAGUAAUAUGUGUGUGGAAAGCAAUUUCAGAAUUCCAGUGUGCCAUGACGAAAAGGAUGUUGGAUAUGCGACUUCGGGCUGAAAUUUCUGCUUGGAAAAAUUGGAACCUCCUGCUUAGUCUUCCUCACAGGGCCGUUGUGAAGAUAAAGCCACUCCCGACAUAAGGAGGGGGGGGUUGCGGGCUCACGCCCCAUCUACAACCUCGCGGGGCUAGCUCAGCCCCGCGGGACUUGGGAAUCCCGGGGAUGAUCUCUUACGACAUCAGCCAAUCGGCUGGCGACAGGGGCGGGGUUAGGUCAGGUCAUUUAAGGUCGGGGCAGCCCGUGCUUGCCCCUUUCUUUUCCUUCAGCCAGCUGAGGUUUCCCACCCACCCGCCCUUUAGGUUUUCAUUUGGACUUUGCUAUGGGCUUCGGCUGGUCGCCGCAAGGGGCCUGGUAGGAGUUUUUCCAUUUGGCUAAUUGGCUGUAUUUUGGAAGCCACUUGGUUUUUUCGCCUAUCUCGUAGCAAAACGUCACAACACCUUGGUUUGGCGGUUAGGCAUUGGCAGGGGUAUUAUUAUGCAAAUGAGUCGGGGGGGAGGAACGCCAUCACCUCCCCCAAAGUUGAAGGGUAGUCCGAUAAAGGACUCCGGGGGGCGUCGCCUUGUCCGAAACCUACGGAGGUAACCCCUCAGGGAGCGCCUAGGGAUGUGCAUCUCAGGGGCUCCCCCUGUUGGUGCUUAAGCCUUCCUGGUCUUAUACCAGUUAGUCUGAUAGCCCCAAUGCCUAAAGCCAAUACCGCUCUUACCUGUAAUCAAUAAAGUAGUGGCCAUUUUUCGCCCAUUAACCUAAAUUCUUGUGUCCGGUGUCUUUAUUUAUUCCAACUGUGGGAGGGGGCGGGAAUCGCCACGCAAGUGAAUACUAACUUUCAGGGCUGCUAUUCAAGCAACAAAGGACCUCUCCUAAUUUAUAGUUUUGGGCUCUGCGUUGAGGUCAAAUGUUUUCCGUUUGCUGCCGGCUUUCGGAUGCACCGGGUUUGUAAAUUCACUGUUAAUCUAUUCUGCUAAGCCCUUUGGACAGUUCGGUAAGACAUUUUAAUGAAGUAAAAGCUGGACUAACACUGUAUCAUUUUUUUUGAGCUGUGGUAACCGGAACUGUAUUGAGUUGGAACAUUUAUUCUGGCCGUAAAACUGUUGCUGUUACAUUGGCUUCAGAGAUACGGCUCUCUAAUUUAAAGUUGCGCAGAAUAAAUUUUAGCCGGGGGCCUCUGCCAUAGCUAUGCCUCUGACACACAUAUAUCAUUUCUCUCGUUAAUCUUGUCCGCCUUUUAUGAAGCCACGUCUCACUGGGACGUUGAAUGACAUGGGAGAUACAUAAAAUAUUGUGGGGGAAGCCACAGAUUGGCAGAGCAACCCAACCCCUUUCCAUCACAGCCGCUGAAGCAGAAGACGGAUGACAUAGUAGCCCCCAGAGGUCAGGAAAGCCAAAUGAGAUGCUGGCUUAUUAAAUGCAAAAAAAUGCUAAUGAUCUCCUUUAAAAAACAAAACAAAACCUUACUUGGUUUAUUUAUCGAAAUUGCUGUCACCCUUGUUUUGAAUGAAGCUCAAGGUUAUCUCUGAUUUUAUAUACUGUAUCGAGAGAGGGUGUAUGUUGCGUUAGGGGCUGGGUAGUACCUCUGGUGGGGACACACACGUCCUUCUCAGGGUCCUACUGGGACACGGGUGGCGCUGCGGGUUAAACCACAGAGCCUAGGACUUGCCGAUCAGAAGGUCGGCAGUUCGAAUCCCCGUUUCUUCUUCUAUUUGUCCCCUUGUCAGUUUCAGUUUAUUGGUUAAUUUUUCUAGUAGGGCUGUUUCCCAUACUAUUUGGUACCAUUGGUCCAUGCUCACUCCUGACAGGUCUCUCCAGUGUCUGGCUAUGAUGCUUCUGGCUGCUGAAAGUAGGUGGGUUAUGAGUUCUUUGUGGUGUAAGUGGGCAUUAUUAUCUUGGAAGAUAUUUAGUAAGGUCAAUUCUGGGGUGAUUUCUAAUACUUGCUUGGUUAUUUUAUUUAUUUCUUGUAUGGUUGUUGUCCAGAUUAGUUGGAUUUUGGGGCACUCCCACCACAUGUGGAGGUAUGUGCCUGUGGAGGUACACCCUCUCCAGCAUUUUGGUGAGGUUCCUGGGCGUCUUCAAGUUGUUUGUAUAACGGUGGUAUCUUCUCUUCUACCACAGUGGCUGUAGCUGUUGCUAUUUCCUUUGCCUCUUCGGCUGUCUUUCGUGUCGAGGUAGAUUCCUGUAGUAAUUUCUGAAUAGUUUCUGUAUUGGUAUUUUUUAUAUUAGUGGCCAUGUGAUAUUUUCAGCUUAUAAAUUUUAUUGUUUAAUGUUUUAACUUGUAUAUUAAGGUGCUUUUAUAGCUCUGUUUAGAGUAGGUAAUGUCUUGAUAAUAUACCUAAAUGUUUCAAGUUUUUUGUAUCAAUCCAGUAUAUUUUCUUUUAAUCGUUGAAUGAUUCUGUGUACAUUGCGGCAGCCUUUGGCUAUGUGCAAUAAAACUGACUGACUGAUAUCAGUAUAAAUCAGCCCAUGCAGAUUUUAUGCAAAUACCUGCUCUCUUUUGUCCUUUUUGUGGGGAUGGCACCUAAACACCCUUUACUAGCCCAGCCAGCCUCUAACAUUUCUUCUUUUCUUUUUGCCUCUGCAGUGGGAACGCCUCUGGUUCUUAAUCCUCACCUUCUCUUUCUUCCUGACCCUGAUCUGGUUUUACUUCUGGUGGGAAGCGCACAAUGACUACAAUGAGAUCAACUGGUGAGUAGGGAAAGGGAGCGUGCUUUAGCUCUUACCUUUAAGGGGGGAGGUUGGGAGCGGGACCCGGGCUCAGUAGGGGGACAAUGUGCCCUGUGUGCAGAAGGCCCCAGGUUCGUCUCCAGGUGAUAACUGAUGGCAGAGAGAUUUCUCUUUCACAGAACCAAAGAAUUGUAGCGUUGGAAGGGACCCCAGCGGCCAUCUAGUCCAGCCCCCAUUUUCCCAAACUGGUUGCAUUACAUUUUCAUUCAUUCGUGGAAUUUAUAUCCCACCCUUCCUCCCCAAACAGAUGUGCCAUUUAAAGCAUGUACAAAGGAAACAUUAUUUAAAUUUUUUUUUUAAAAAAACCCAAUUUCAAUUAAAAACAUCUAACACAAGUUACAGUUAAAACACGCUAAAGGUUAAAAAGCGUUCCUCCCUCCAAUGAUCUUAGGGUUUCCUGGAACAGGAUUCCUCAGCCACUGAAUGUCUGGGUCCACAGAAACUUCCCCCAGUUUCUCCUGGAGGUUAAUAACCAUAGAAUCAUAGAACUGUGGAGUCGAAAGGAACUACGAAGGUCAUUUAGUCCAGCCCCCUAUAAUGCAGGAAUCUUUCACCCAAAGUGGGACGCAAGCCUAUGGCCCUGAGGUUAAGAGCCUCAUGUUCUACCUACCGACCUACAGGAGACCAGUUCACCUCCCUAGGGGAGGGCAUUCCCUAACUGGGGAACCACCACCAAAAAGGCCCUGUUACGGGAUCAGCGUCAACUGAACCACCACCACCAAAAAACCUCACCUGGUGACCUGCUGGUUGUAUAAUAUAUUUAUUAAAUUUUCUGUUGUACAAUUUAAAAUCCUCAUUUUACAUCCUUAAGAGAUCAGUGAACUUCCCUUCUUCUCUUUCCGUGGUUCAUUUUACAUAUCAUAAAUCCCUGCAUAUUUUCCCAAAACUAUACUAUUCAGUAUUCCAUUAUCUCAUCCAUCAAAACUUUUUUUACACUGUUGAAUUUAUCUUAACACUGCCAGCGUUUCCAGCUGUAUACACUUAUUUCCCAUAUAUUCAAUAAACGUUUCCCAGUCUUUUCUAAACGUACAGUGAGGGGGAAAAGUAUUUGAUCCCCUGCUAAAUUUGCCCAUUUGCCCUCUGAUGAAGAAAUGUCCAGUCCAUAAUUUUAAUUAUAGGUUUAUUGUAGCUGUAGGAGACAGAAUAACAACAGAAAAACUCCCAGAAAUCCAGAAGACAAAAGUCAUAGAAUCAUAGAGUUGGAAGAGACCACAAGGGCCAUCGAGUCCAACCCCCUGCCAAGCAGGAAACACCAUCAGAGCACUCCUGACAUAUGGUUGUGAAGCCUCUGCUUAAAGACCUCCAAAGAAGGAGACUCCACCACACUCCUUGGCAGCAAAUUCCACUGUCGAACAGCUCUUACUGUCAGGAAGUUCUUCCUAAUGUUUAGGUGGAAUCUUCUUUCUUGUAGUUUGGAUCCAUUGCUCCAUGUCCACUUCUCUGGAGCAGCAGAAAACAACCUUUCUCCCUCCUCUAUGUGACAUCCUUUUAUAUCUUUGAACAUGGCUAUCAUAUCACCCCUUAACCUCCUCUUCUCCAGGCUAAACAUGCCCAGCUCCCUUAGCCGUUCCUCAUAAGGCAUCGUUUCCAGGCCUUUGACCAUUUUGGUUGCCCUCCUCUGGACACGUUCCAGUUUGUCAGUGUCCUUCUUGAACUGUGGUGCCCAGAACUGGACACAGUACUCCAGGUGAGGUCUGACCAGAGCAGAAUACAGUGGCACUAUUACUUCCCUUGAUCUAGAUGCUAUACUCCUAUUGAUGCAGCCCAGAAUUGCAUUGGCCUUUUUAGCUGCCGCAUCACACUGUUGGCUCAGGUCAAGUUUGUGGUCAACCAAGACUCCUAGAUCCUUUUCACAUGUACUGCUCUCAAGCCAGGUGUCACCCAUCUUGUAUUUGUGCCUCUCCCUUUUUUUGCCCAAGUGCAAUACUUUACAUUUCUCCCUGUUAAAAUUCAUCUUGUUUGUUUUGGCCUAGUUCUCUAAUCUGUCAAGGUCGUUUUGAAGUGUGAUCCUGUCCUCUGGGGUGUUAGCCACCCCUCCCAGUUUGGUGUCAUCUGCAAAUUUGAUCAGGAUGCCCUUGAGUCCAUCAUCCAAGUCGUUGAUAAAGAUGUUGAAUAAGACCGGGCCCAAGACAGAACCCUGUGGCACCCCACUAGUCACUCUUCUCCAGGAUGAAGAGGAACCAUUGAUGAGCACCCUUUGGGUUCGGUCAGUCAGCCAGUUACAAAUCCACUGAGUGGUAGCAUAGUCAAGACCGCAUUUUACCAGCUUCUUUACAAGAAUAUCAUGGGGCACCUUGUCAAAUGCCUUGCUGAAAUCAAGGUAGGCUACAUCCACUGCGUUCCCUUCAUCUACCAGGCUUGUAAUUCUGUCAAAAACGAGAUCAGGUUAGUCUGACAUGACUUAUUUUUCAGAAAUCCAUGCUGACUAUUGGUGAUCACAGCAUUCCUUUCUAGGUGCUCACAGACUGUUUGCUUAAUGAUCUGCUCCAGAAUCUUCCCUGGUAUUGAUGUCAGACUGACUGGGCGGUAAUUAUUUGGGUCCUCUCUUUUCCCCUUUUUGAAAAUAGGGACAACAUUUGCCCUCCUCCAGUCUGCCGGGACUUCGCCUGUUCUCCAGGAAUUCUCAAAGAUGACUGCCAGUGGUUCUGAGAUCACAUCUGCCAGUUCUUUUAAUACUCUUGGAUGCAGUUCAUCUGGCCCUGGAGACUUGAAUACAUCUAAACUAGCCAAGUAUUCUUGUACUAUCUCCUUAGUUAUUCUGGGCUGUGUUUCCUUUGCUGAAUCAUUUGCUCCAAAUUCUUCAGGUCGGGCAUUGUUUUCUUUAUCGGAGAAGACUGAGGCAAAGAAGGCAUUGAGGAGUUCAGCCCUUUCUGUGUGCCCUGUUUGCAUUUCACCAUCUUCUCCUCUGAGUGACCCCACUGUUUCUUUGUUCUUCCUUUUGCUACGAACAUACCCAUAAAAGCCUUUUUGUUGCUUUUAACCUCUCUAGCAAGCCUGAGUUCAUUCUGUGCUUUAGCUUUUCUGACUUUGUGUCUACACGUGCUGGCUAUUUGUUUGAAUUCCUCUUUGGUGGUUUCCCCCUUUUCCAUUUUUGUACACAUCCUUUUUAAUCUUAACUCAGUUAAAAGUUCUUUAGAUAGCCACCCUGGCUUCUUUAGGCACCUUCCAUGUUUCCAUCUCAUUGGUAUUGCCUGACGUUGUGCUUUUACUAUCUCCCUCUUAACAAACUCCCAGCCAUCAUGAACUCCCUUUCCUUUUAGUAUUACUGUCCAUGGGAUCUCACCCAGCACUUCCCUAAGUUUUAUGAAGUCAGCUUUCUUAAAGUCAAGAAAUUGAGUCCUAGUAUGCUUGGCUGCUCCUUUCUGCUGUAUAGUAAACUUCAGAAGAGCAUGAUCACUCGCGCCUAAUGAUCCUUCCACUUCUACCCCACUAACCAGGUCAUCAACAUUGGUUAGGACCAGAUCUAAAAUGGCUGUUCCUCUUGUUGCUUCUCCCACUUUCUGGACAAUGAAGUUGUCUGCAAGGCCAGUGAGGAAUCUGUUUGACCGUAUGCUCUUGGCUGAGUUUGACAUCCAACAAAUAUCCGGGUAAUUGAAGUCCCCCAUUACUACUAUCUCCCUUCCUUUUGCAUGCUUGGCCAUCUGUUCCAGGAAGGCAUCAUCUAUGUCCUCCGUUUGGCUUGGGGAUCUAUAGUAAACUCCCACAAUGAGGUCACUGUUAUUCUUCUCUCCCUUAAUUUUGACCCAAAUGCUCUUACUUUGGCUUUGAGGUUCUAAAUCUUGGAUCUCUUCACAGGUAUACACAUCCCUGACAUAUAACGCCACUCCUCCUCCUUUCUUGUCUGGUCUGUUUCUCUGAAAUAGAUUGUAUCCCCCAUUAUUACAUUCCAAUCGUGGGACUUAUCCCACCAGGUUUCAGUGAUGCCUAUUAUGUCAUAUUUAGUUUGCUGUACCAAGAGCUCAAGCUCAUCUUGUUUAUUUCCCAUGCUUUGCGCAUUAGUGUACAGACAUUGAAGUCCAUUAAUCAUUCCCCCGUGUCUCUUAUUUAAGGAUUUUUUCCUCCCACCACUAGGUCUGCGUGCUGUUUGCUCCAUUUGGUCUGACAUUUGGAUGAUCAUCUUCAUCAGUUGAUAGACUCCUACCUUCAGGAGCACUGUCUCCCUCCCCCACAUUAGUCAGUUUAAAGCGCUCCUGAUGAGGUUUCUGAGAUUUUUGGCAAAAACAUUCCUCCCAACCGUUGUGAGGUGCAGCCCAUCGCUUGCCAGAAGUCCAUCUUCAAGAAACUGCAGUCCGUGAUCUAAGAAUCCAAACUGUUCCUGUUUACACCAUUUGCGAAGCCAGCUGUUCACUUCCACUAUUUUUCCCUCUCUCCCUGGGCCACGUCGUUCAACUGGGAGGACAGAUGAGAUGACAAUUUGUGCAUUUAAUUGCUUCAUUUUCCUGGCCAGAGCCUCGUAGUCUCUUUUGAUCUUCUGGAGGCUAUUGCUUGCAGUGUCAUUGGUUCCCACAUGACCAAGAGGAAGGGGUCAAAGAUUGAUGUGCAUUAUAAUGAGUGAAAUAAGUAUUUGAUACCCUAUCAACCAGCCGGAUGUCAGGCUACCUGGUACAAUAUGUUCUUCUUGUUCUCUUAUUCUAUAUGUUAAGCCUGCGAGUUGCGCAUAUGCUGUCAACUUAAGUUGCCAUUCUUCUUUAGUUGGGACCUCGUUAGUUUUCCAUUUGGGGGCUAACAAAACACGGGCCGCAGUAGUAGCAUACAUAAAGAACCUUUUUUGACACCUGGGAAUUCUGAAUUAUCUGAAUUCUGAAUUAUCACCAACAGAAAGGACUUUGGUGGGGGUUUUUUUGAGGGGGGCAGGAAUUCUUUAAAACACCUUUUUCAAUUCAUUAUGGGUCAUUUCCCAAUACUCUUUUACCCUUUUACAAGUCCGUCACAUAUGAAAGAAUGUUCCUUCCAUCUCUUUGCAUCUCCAGCACCUAUCUGAUUCAGUCUUAUACGGUGGUACCUCAUGUUACAGACGUGAUCUGUUCUGUAGGCCCGUCUGUAACGUGAAAAGCCUGCAACUCGAAGCGCUGUGUCUGCACAGGCGCACUGUGCGAUUUGGCGCCUCUGCGCAUGCGGCAAAACCCGGAAGUAACCCAUUCCGAGUACUUCCAGGUUGCUGCGGGACGCAGGAAGAAAACACACAACCUGAAGCGGACGCAACCUGAGGUAUGACUGUACAUCUUAGCAAGCCUUUGUUGUUGUUGUUUAGUCGUUUAGUCGUGUCCGACUCUUCGUGACCCCCUGGACCGGAGCACGCCAGGCACUCCUGUCUUCCACUGCCUCCCACAGUUUGGUCAAACUCAUGCUGGUAGCUUCGACAACACUGUCCAACCAACUCGUCCUCUGUUGUCCCCUUCUCCUUGUGCCCUCCAUCUUUCCCAACAUCAGGAUCUUUACCAGGGAGUCUUCUCUUCUCAUGAAGUGGCCACAGUAUUGGAGCUUCAGCUUCAGGAUCUGUCCUUCCAGUGAGCACUCAGGGCUGAUUUCCUUCAGAAUGGAGAGGUUUGAUCUUCUUGCAGUCCAUGGGACUCUCAAGAGUCUCCUCCAGCACCAGAAUUCAAAAGCAUCCAUUCUUCGGCGAUCAGCCUUCUUUAUGGUCCAGCUCUCACUUCCAUACAUCACUACUGGGAAAACCAUGGCUUUAACUAUACAGACCUUUGUUGACAAGGUGAUGUCUCUGCUUUUUAAGAUGCUGUCUAGGCUUGUCAUUGCUUUUCUCCCAAGAAGCGGGCAUCUUUUAAUUUCGCGACUGCUGUCACCAUCUGCAGGGAUCAUGGAGCCCAAGAAAGUAAAAUCUCUCACUGCCUCCAUUUCUUCCCCUUCUAUUUGCCAGGAGGUGAUGGGACCAGUGGCCAUGAUCUUCGUUUUUUUGAUGUUGAGCUUCAGACCAUAUUUUGCGCUCUCCUCUUUCUCCCUCAAUAAAAGGUUCUUUAAUUCCUCCUCACUUUCUGCCAUCAAGGUUGUGUCAUCUGCAUAUCUGAGGUUGUUGAUAUUUCUUCUGGCAAUCUUAAUUCCGGCUUGGGAUUCAUCCACUCCAGCCUUUCACAUGAUGAAUUCUGCAUAUAAGUUAAAUAAGCAGGGAGACAGUAUAUAGCCUUGUCGUACUCCUUUCCUUAGCAAACCUACUUGGAGUGAAAUACCAUCUGUGAAUCAUUUUGCUGGUUCUAAGUGAGAAGACAAGUUGGGGCAGGAUGAGGGAAGAUUUAGGUCAGGAGUUGGGGAAACAGUGCUGCGUUCACCCUGAUGGACCAGCCUUCGUUUCCAUCAGGUUGUUGGCUUCUGUUUGAGCCAGCUGUAAACACAGCGGUUUGGAGGCCAGCACUCCCAAUAGUAUAAUGAUGCGAAUGAUAUUCUGUCAGGAGCCAUUGAUGUGAGAUGGAUCACAUGGACUUUGGUCAGGAGCACGUCAGGCUGUUGCCAGUUCUCCCAGGGGAUACGUUGGUGUAUGAGGGAUAUGCCUCGCAAGAGGAAAGCAUGUAUUUGGUCUGCUUAUCUGGCAUUUGCACCAAACGGUUCCCAUGGGCAUUUCGAGUGAGCUGCAGCCUCAACAAAUCUGGAAAACAGAGUACAUUUUUCAUAAUUUUAUUUUUUGUUGUGUGCAAAUGACUUGAGAUACCUAUGAGGUCCAUAAAUUACCAUAUAGCAUAUAUUCAACACAAAAAGCAACGCCAAUUUGUUGUUGACAAAGGACAGCUGGACAUAUAAAAGGUAAAGGUAAAGGGACCCCUGACCAUUAGGUCCAGUCGUUACUCUGGGGUUGUGGCGCUCAUCUCGCUUUAUUGGCCGAGGGAGCCAGCGUACAGCUUCCGGGUCAUGUGGCCAGCAGGACUAAGCCGCUUCUGGCGAACCAGAGCAGUGCAUGGAAACGCCGUUUACCUUCCCGCCGGAGCGGUACCUAUUUAUCUACUUGCACUUUGCCAUGCUUUUGAACUGCUAGGUUGGCAGGAGCAGGGACCGAGCAACGGGAGCUCACCCCGCUGCGGGGAUUCGAACCGCCGACCUUCUGAUCGGCAAGCCCUAGGCUCUGUGGUUUAACCCACAGCGCCACCCGCGUCCUCAGCUGGACUUAUAACGGGCCCCAUUACCUUCAGUAGCUAUGGGGCUUUUCCCACCUGCCUCCCCCUUGCAUUCGCUCCAUAAGACGCACACACAUGUCCCCUUACUUUUUAGGAGGGAAAAAGUGUGUCUUCUGGAGCGAAAAAUACGGUAAUUCUUCUUAAUUGUAUUUCACUAUUGAUAUACUUCUUUUUUGUAUUUCAGUUCAACAAUUACUUUGAUAAAAUACGUAUUUUGUUAUGUGCAAAUGGCUUGAGAUAUCGAUGAGGUCCAUAAAUUACCAUAUGGCAUAUAUUCAACACAAAAAACAGCCACCAUUUGUUGUUGACAAAGGACGGCUGGACAUAUAAAGCGCCCCAUGACCUUCAGUAGCUUAGGGCCUCAUCAAACCUAAAUCCGGCCCUGGGCAUCUUGCAUAGGAUCUGACAUCCUGUGUUUUUUUUUAAUAGCUUGCAUGCCUGCUUCUGCCAAAUUCUUUAAGGAAGUAUUCUUAGUGGCUGGCUCUCGAUUGUGGAAUUUCCUUUCCUGAGCUCUUGCCAGGAUCCAGAACUGACUGCUGUAAUCCCACUUCAGGGAACCUCUCCCUUCUGGGGCUUUUGCCAAUAUGAAUUUGGUUUACUGUGGGAGACCCUUUUUCUUCCCCAGCCGAGACCCUCACUGUGUCUUGGCCAGCCCUGGGAUGCAAAGAGGGAAGGGUUGCGUUCCAUUAAUGGGUGUGGCGAGUGCAGAACGGACCACCGUGCAGUACGUGCAAGACAUGCGUUGUAAGAUGGUUUUAAUCAUUUUCAAAUGUUCAAAACAUGUUUUUAUUCUUAUUUUUCAUUGCUCCGUUUUCUCACCGAGGUGCUUUUCGACCUGGGCUUCUUUAGAAGGAAAGAAGGGAGAUACAUACAAAUAAUGAAAACAUGUAAUAAUGGCAUUUUUAAGCAGAUGGCACUUCCGUCAUGGAAGCUUGAGUUGAGAUUCCUUUUAUUGCAGGGGGUUGGACUAGAUGACCCCUGGGUCCCUUCCAACUCUUGGAGUCUCUGAUUGUAUUAUUCAAAUCAAUCGAUAAAAAUAUGUAAAAAUUGGAGAAAUCGAGAGAGAUAUAGCCGCACCAGCAGCAUAUCUCUUCUUUCUCGAAUCCAAAAAUGCAAGAAGGGCUUUUACACUCGCCAGAAUCUCGGCUCUGCCCUAGCCGGUCCUGGAAGGAUCCUUUAAAAAAGUCUCUGAAGCUCAGAGACUUUGCGCUUUUUCAUUGGGGGAGAUAGGAAGCCCAGAGCACUUGUUCUUUAGAUGUCCCUUUUAUGAAGAGGCGCGUAGUGAGACCAUUGAUCCCCUGCUGGUGAGGCUCGCUGGCCUCCCGGAAAAGCAAAAAUUUGACCUUUUCCGCUUAGGCAAAGAUCAUAAGACGACCUGGAUGGCCGCCAGAUUCUGUGUACAGAUCUUUAGGUGCAGACCAUCCCCCAACCCAAACUAGUUUGUUAAGAAAAUCCCCAAACUUGGUUCCAUGGGUGACUCUGCGUCAUCUCUCUGCAGUAGCUUAUCUUAAAGUUUAAGUGUCUAUACGCUUAUCGCAUUUAUAAAUUUUAAAUUUAUUGUUGUACAUUGUUUGAAAUGUUUGUUGCCCUUCUGGGAUUGUACCCCCCAAGUGUGUUUUAUAAGCUGGUCUCUGACCGUAAUAAAGUAUCUAUCUAUCAAUCUAUCUAUCUAUCUAAAAAUAUGUAAUAUACUCAUAUGUUUCCACACACACACACACUGCACCGUUAAACUAUGGAACUCCCUGUCACAGGGUCCACUGAUGGCCACCAACCUAGAUGGCUUUAAAAGAAGAUUGUAACUGAUCUGUAGAAAGUACUCUAUGCCUUGGGGUUGGAUGCUUCAGCCCAAGAUUCCAGCAUUGCAGGGGGUUGGACUAGAUGACCCUUGGGUCCUUUCCAAUGCUAGGAUUCUGUGAAAACAGGAACAUAAGUACCAUUGUUAACUAUGGAAAUCCUUUAAUUACAACAACUUUGGAGUCUUGGAGCCUCAGUUUCAGGAUCUGUCCUUCCAGUGAGCACUCAGGGCUGAUUUCCUUCAGAAUGGAGAGGUUUGAUCUUCUUGCAGUCCAUGGGACUCUCAAGAGUCUCCUCCAGCACCACAAUUCAAAAGCAUCCAUUCUUCGGCGAUCAGCCUUCUUGAUGGUCCAGCUCUCACUUCCAUACAUCACUACUGGGAAAACCAGAGCUUUAACUCUACGGACCUUUGUCGGCAAGGUGAUGUCUCUGCUUUUUAAGAUGCUGUCUAGGUUUGUCAUUGCUUUUCUCCCAAGAAGCAGUGAUCAUGGAACCCAAGAAAGUACAAUCUCUCACUGUCUCCAUUUCUUCCCCUCCUGAAUUAACUUUACCCAACUUGCUCUUCAGGGGUUCAUUUUGAUCCUUGCACAGAGGCUCACUGUCUUCUCCUCUCUCUCUUUAAUUAACUUUGGGUUUAGCGAGCUUUAUUAGGAAGUGUGUCUCUAUUUAAAUGCAAAUUUUGACAUUUUUGUCUGGGAUGGGAUGGAGUCAGCGCUUGUGGCAGAGAUUUAUGGGGACAGCUCGGGGGUGUCGCUGCCAGAUCAGUGUGGUUCUCAAACUUUUUUUAACAGGGCCACACUUUCAGAAUUAAAAAUUGCCCUGUGCCACACACUGAAUUUCUUAUUGAUAAGAAAUACGUUGGAAAACAGCAAGGUCUCUCAGCAGUGCUUCAUUUACAGCACAGAACACAGCAACUUUAUGAUACGAGAGCCAGUGUGGCGUAAUGGUUUAGAAUGUCUGACUAGGACUUGGGAGAGCAGGGUUCGAAUCCCCACUCAGCCACAAAGCAAACCUUGGGCCAGUGGGCAUCUCUUAGCAUCCUCAUCUACCCAGAGCCAGAUUUACAUACAGUGGUACCUCGGGUUACAUAUGCUUCAGGUUACAGACUCUGCUAACCCAGAAAUAUUACCUUGGGUUAAGAACUUUGCUUCAGGAUGAGAACAAAAAUUGUGCUCCAGCAGUGCAGCGGCAGCAGGAGGCCCCAUUAGUUAAAGUGGUGCUUCAGGUUAAGAACAGACCUCCAGAACAAAUUAAGUACUUAACCCGAGGUACCACUAUAUAAGCUAAACAAGCUAUAGCUUAGGGCCCCAAUCUCUUGGGCCCCCCCCCCAAAAAAAAUAAAGGGGAAAAAAACCUAGAUAUACAUUUCUGAAACAUAAGAUAAAAAAACAAAUGAAAUAAAACCUACAUACAGCAACAGUGUUUUGUUUUGUGUAGGCUCCUGUGAUGUAAGUCAUGGGCCCCGCCUGCUAGCCUGCUCCCUAAAAUAUCACUGGUUCACUCAUUUCUAUAUAUAGGGUGCCCACAAUCUGCAUGUGCAAAUGGCUUUAGAUACCUAUUAGGUCCAUAAAUUACAUAUUGCAGUGGUCAGCAAACUUUUUCAGCCUUAGGGCGGUCCACCGUCCCUCAGACCUUGUGGGGGCCGGACUAUAUUUUUUUGGGAGGGAUGAACGAAUUCCUAUGCCCCACAAAUAAUCCAGAGAUGCAUUUAUAAAAGGACGCAUUCUACUCAUGUAAAAACACACUGAUUCCCGGACUGUCCGCGGGCCAGAGGUAAAAGGCAAAUGGGCCACAUCCAGCCCAGGGGCCUUAGUUUGCCUAUCCCUGCCAUAUACUGUAUUUUUCGCUCUAUAGGACGCACCUUGUUUUAGAGGGGGAGAACAAGGAGGAAAAAUUAUCCCCCUCUCUGCCCAGCGCCCCUUCAACGAAGCGGCAGGAGGCACUGCGCAGAGAGGGGGAGAUUCCCCCCUUGUUCUCCCCCUCUAAACAAGGUGCCGUUCAAGAUGCGUUCAGUCGCCUUCAGGCAGCUACCUUGGAAGCCGACCCCUCUCGCUCUCCAGGCUUCAGUGAAGGCAACCCGAAGCCUCCGGAGCGCAGCAGGAGUUCCCGCUGCGCUCCGGAGGCUUCACGUUCCUUUCGACCUGCUCUUUGGGGCUGGCAGGGGGAAGCCCACCGCCAGCCUCAAAGAGCAGGUCGGGGAGCAGCGGAAAGGCGCGCAGCCUUCCCGCUGCUCCGCGAGCUUCGCGGUGCUGCCGGGGAAGCCCGGGUUACCCCCCCCAGCCCCAAAGAGCAAAGAAGCCAAGACAGCGAGCGGGAUGCAUCCCGCUCGCUGUCUUGGCUUUUGCCAUAGCCGCGCGCAACCUCUCCAGCCGGGAGAGGCUGCGCACGGCUAUGGCAAUGCCCCCACCUCCCGCAAAAGCCCACAGGAGCUGCACACCCUUUAAGGAGCGUGCAGCUCCUGCGGGCUUUUCUACGAGGAGGGAGAAGGGACUGACUAGCCGCAUCAGUCCCUUCUCCUUCCUGAGGAAAAGCCCACAAGAGCCGCGCAGAGAUUGUGUGCGGUUCUUGGGGGCUUUUCCUGCCUGCCUCCCCCCUGCAUUCGCUCCAUAAGACGCACACACAUUUCCCCUUACUUUUUAGGAGGGGGAAAGUGCGUCUUAUGGAGCGAAAAAUACAGUAGCAUAUAUUCAGCACAAAAAACAGUGACCGUUUGUUGUUGACACAGGACAGCUGGACAUACAAAAGGUCCUGUUACCUUCAGUAGCUUAGGGCCUCGUCAAACCUAAAUCCAGCCCGGGACCUACCUCACAGGGUUGUUGUGGGAAUGAAAUGGGGAGCAGGAGAACCCAUUUCCCUUGGGAGGUAAAGGUGGCUUAUAAAUGUACUAAAUAAAUAAACCACGGAACCAGAUCAUGUCCAAAAGGACCUGCAGGUUGGUGGUUGUGCAUCAAUUGGACGCUCACAAAAUAGUCGCCACCUGUAUUGAUUGCCUUCAAGUCUUUCCGCUAUGCUUGGCACCCUCUUCCUGCCACAACAGUGUGAUACUUUACAGAGCAUCAGUGAUACCCAUUGUGCCUGCCUCUGAUUCUACUUCUCUUGUUUUCUCUUUUGAUCCUUUAGGUUUUUAUAUAAUAGAAUGGGAUAUUGGAGCGAUUGGUCCGUUCCAAUCCUUGUUUCAACGGCAGCUGGUUUCACGUACAUCACAGCAUUAUUGGUAAGUUUACUUUUUAAAUUUUUUUAAAAAAUACUUUUCAAAUUUGUACAUUUCACCGAUUUUACAGUCAUUUUGACAUUUAUAAAGCUUGAUUUCCUUCCCCCUCUUUCUGCGGUUGCUUCAAUUUAUUUUUUAAUAUCUUCUGCAUAUGCCAAUUAACUUAAUUUGCUCAUUUAUUCAUCUUCUUUAAAUAUAUGCUCUUGUGAAACAGCAGGUUGUUACAAUAAUCGUGCCAGUGUUUUUUGUUUACAAUUUAUCUGUAAAUAUUCAAUAAGAAAUCAAGAUAAACUUUUUUGUAAACAACUUUUGUAAAAGUUUGAGAACCUCUGGGCAAGACUGACCAAUUGCCUUCCCUUGGUGGAAGGAAGUUUCCUGGAUUCCUAAUCAGUUCUCUCUCUCUCUCUCUCUCUCUCUCUCUCUCUCUCUCCUUUCCAACUUGCUUCCCUUUUAGAUUUUAGCACUAUGUCACAUAGCAGUAGGACAGCAAAUGAACCUACACUGGAUCCACAAGGUAAGGCACCUUUCGAUAUAGAGUACUGUGGGGGGGAAAAUUGGGUUGGCUUUUGCAGCCCAAUUCUCCGGUGUCCCCUAAGUCCGUUAAUCGGUCGGAGAAAAAUGAGUGGAAGCAGGAACCAGUAGAAGGAAAGAAAGGCAGAUCUUCAGUUGCAUGGCAAGACCCCAAGCCCACCCCAUCUCUAGAUAAUGAAACAUACGGACACCAAUAUUUUGGGCUGAUGGGAUAAAUAAGGCCACAACUUUAUUGGCUACAGAUGUGAGCAGUACUGGCUUAGGCAUUGGAACUGAACCGACUAUAUCUGACUCCUGCCCGUCAUGCAGGUAGUAUUAUAAGGGUCAACCACUAGUAAAGGGAGCCCUUUUGAUGUACAUCAGGGGUCGGCAACCUAAGGCCCAUGGGCCACAAGCGGCCCACAGCUGAUUGGCAAGCAAUGGAGAGGGGGAUAAGGGACUCUAGCGAUAAAGGAAGCUGCCUGGGAGGGGGGAGGUAAAGACAGCGAACUUGCAAGGAGAGGAGACAGGAAUACUAAAACAAGUAAUGAGGAGAGAAGUUAGAAGAAAAGGAGGAGCAAAAAAACUGCUCCAGCUAAGGAAAAGACACUAAGGCAAACAAGAGGGAAGGGGGUGUUGAAUGGAAGCAGCUGAUCUGCAAGCGAUCGGGAGGGAGAUAAGGGAGGCUGUCUGGGAGGAGGGAGGUAAAAGCACAUGGAUCCUCAGGAUUUUUGCAUUGGGUCACCCCAAAUUCACCAUCAGAUCACAUAGCAUGUCCAUGGCUACAGCCUGCACCUCAAAAAAUCACACAUCCACUGUUUCAUGGGGCCGCAAUUACGCAAAAACAUGGUUACAAAGCAGGGAUCCACAGGGAUCCUCAGGAUUUUUGCAUUGGGCUACCCCAAACUCACCGUCAAAUCAUGUAUCAUGUCUGUGGCCACAGCACGAACUACAAAAAUCAUACAUCCAAUGUUUCGUUCAGAAUAUAUUUUUUUCUUGCUUUUCUCCUCUAAAAAGUAGACGCGUCUUAUGGUCAGGUGUGCCUUAUGGAGCGAAAAAUACGGUACUCUGGUUGGCCUCUGUUGUUUUCUCCUACCAAUAGGGAACCCACUUAAGGACUCUAUACGGGCUCCGGAAUACCCCAUAAGGGAAAGGGAGCAGUUUUUCUUACAACAGCUGUGAGGGUUGCUGUGUUGGAGCGUGUGGCGUGGCUUAAAAGUGCUCUGCGACUCUUAGGUUGAAGAAAGUUGGGUGGGCAGAACUCUGCAAACACACAGUCACUUUUUUGCACUGAUCCUGUUAGUUUCACAGGAGAAAUUUGAAUCCUACAAUGUCUUCUGCUGCCUUUGGUCUUCCUUUGUCCCUACACGCCCUGGCCCCGUCUGGCUCAUUCUUUCUUGCUUCCGAUUCAUGCCUCUCCGAAUGAAACCGCGUUGGCUUCACAAUAGGAACCCGGGUCGCGGCGGUAGAUGAGAUAAAGGAACAGCCCGGCUAUUGCUGCCUUUUAGUCUUAUGAGUGAUUUUGGGGGGGAGGCAGCAGGAGAGAGAUUCUCCAGUACGUUUGCUGCGCUUCGCCCUUCCAGCGAUUGCAAUCUACGGCGAAGUGAAUCUCAUUACGUUACGCCCGUCACAGUGAAAUGUGUUAUUAGUGCUUUGCCAUUCAAGCUCCUUUUGAGACCCUCUACAUCGGUCAGUUCCGGGGAUUAAUCUAAAUCCCUUUUUUAAGAAAAGGAAAGAGAAGGUGAGAGACAAUCCCAUCAGCCUGUAUUUCCUCCUCAAAGAAGAAAAACCCAGCGAAAUGGAGCGCUUUCCGCUUCAAACUUAACAGGAUUUUGUCUCUGCUCGCUUAGUGAAAACCAUAAUAUUUGCAGAGCUGGAAGGGACCUGAGGGUCAUCCAGCCCAACCCCUCAGUUUAAAGCUACGGUUUAAUUGUCAAAAGCAGGUGUUUGUGAAGUUGAGGGCGGGCUGGCCUUCCACGCUGGCUCGACUCCUUUCUCGGAGACAAAGAGUGCCCGAGCUUUGAUUAGCGCUUCCUCGCAGUGCCAGAGGGAAAGAAAUAUAAUGAAAUCUCUGUCCUUUCCUUGCCUUGCAGAUUGGGUUGAUAACCACCUUGAUAACGAUCGUUGUCACCAUGUGCUCUAUAGCCCAGCUAUGGGAUGAUGAGUGGAGCAUGGUCGCCAUAUCCUUGCAGGUAAGUGUCAUGGCAGAAGGCAGGGGCCAACCAUAGUUCUUCCGCCUUCUCUAAAUAGCCCUCCGGAUCAGGGCCGGAUUUAGGUUUGAUGAGGCCCUAAGCUGCUGAAGGUAACAGGGCCCUUUAUAUGUCCAGCCGUCCUUUGUCAACAACAAAUGGUCGCUGUUUUUUGUGUUGAAUAUAUGCUAUAUGGUAAUUUGUGGACCUAAUAGGUAUCUAAAGCCAUUUGCACAUAACAAAAUACAUAUUUUAUCAAAGUAAUUGUUGAACUGAAAUACAAUUAAGAAGAAGUAUAUUAAUAGUGAAAUACAAUUAAGAAGAAGUAUAUUAAUAGUGAAAUAAUUAUUACGCUCUACCUUAAAAUGACUUUUUUAUUUAUAACAAACUUAAUGAUGCAAACACAUUGGCAUUUGGCAAUAACAAUAGUUCCUUUAGAAACACAUUUUACAAAGACCCAUAAUCUAGACUCUAGAAACUUGCUAUAACAUGAAAUAAUAAUAGGUGUAAAUAUAGGAAUCAAACUACAUUAUAAAUAGCAGAAUGUAGGCACCCUGUAUAUAGAAAGGAGCAAACCAGUGAUAUUUUCGGGAGCAGGCUAGCAGGCAGGGCCCAUUGCUUACAUCCUAGGAGCCUACACAACACAAACCACUGUUGCUGCAUGUAGGUUUUAUUUUAUUUGUUUUUUAUCUUAUAUUUUGGAAAUGUACAUCCAGUUUGUUUUUCCCUUUAAUUUUUUUGGGGCCUCUCAAGAGAGUGGGGCCCUAAGCUAUAGCUUGUUUAGCUUACACAGUCAUACCUCGGGCUACAGACGCUUCAGGUUGUGUUUUUUUAGGUUGCGGACCCACCGAAACCUGGAAGUACCGGAAUGGGUUACUUCCGGGUUUUGGGGGUGGCGCAUGUGCAGAAGCACUAAAUCUGAAUCCUAUUGUUCUAGGACCAAUCAGACUGCUGCAGUUUGGAUCCUAUUCAACUCAGUACAUAACAGGGGUGGAGAUGCUCCUUCAGGUAUACUGGACCGAGGCCGUUUAGGGCUUUCAAGGUCAGCACCAACACUUUGAAUUGUGCUCGGAAACGUACUGAGAGCCAAUGCAGAUCUCUCAGGACCGGUGUUGUGUGGUCUCGGCAGCCACUCACAGUCACCAGUCUAGCUGCCGCAUUCUGGAUUAGUUGUAGUUUCCGGGUCACCUUCAAAGGUAGCCCCAUGUAGAGCGCAUUGCAGUAGUCCAAGCGGGAGAUAACUAGAGCAUGCACCACUCUGGUGAGACAGUCUGUGGGCAGGGAGGGUCUCAUCCUGCGUACCAGAUGGAGCUGGUAAACAGCUGCCCUGGACACAGAACUGACCUGCGCCUCCGUGGACAGCUGUGAGUCCAGAAUGACUCCCAGGCUGUGCACCUGGUCCUUCAGGGGCACAGUUACCCCAUGCAGGACCAGGGAGUCCUCCACACCUGCCCGCCUCCUGUCCCCCAAAAAUAGUACUUCUGUCUUGUCAGGAUUCAACCUCAGUCUGUUAACCGCCAUCCAUGAAUGAUCUAUUUUAGGCUUCCCCAAGUGGGUGGCCCUCCGACUGUUCAGGACUACAACUGCCAUCAUCAGCCCCUCCCAGUGGGAGUCACAGUCCAAAACAGCUGGUUAGAGGAGCCUCAACUGAUUAGAUGGCUUUUUGUGGCACUCCUGUGGUUGAGCAACAGGGACCCUGUACAUACAGAUGGAUUGUAUCCAGUCUAAUCCCCUUCAAUGCAGGAACUGCAGCUAAAUCGCAUUAUGUUUUUGUUUUUUUAAAUAAUAUUUAUUAAAGUUGCAAAGAAGAAAAAAAAAGAAAAAUCACAUUAGUAAAGAAAAAAUUAACAAUAAAAAGAAAAAAUACAGAGUAAAAAAAGAAAAAACAAUUAAAAACAAUUUCAUCUUUUCCUCACUUCUUUUACGUUUACUUGUUUCCCGGACCUCCUCUUACCUCCCUCUUUUGUAUUCUAAUUAAAUAUGUUAAUCCAACAAUUCCUUUCCCUCCUUUUUAAUCCUAAUCUUUAAUCUUGAUAUAUUGUAACUUUAAAUUUUACAUUUUACAUAUUAAAAACCAAUUUUUCCAUAUUCUUUUGUGCCUGUACAGCUAGAAACCACUUAACUUCAAUUCAACAUCAUUCUAACAUUCAUUAAUUUUGCAAUAUUUCUGUAAAUAGUCUUUGAAUUUCUUCCAAUCUUCUUCCACCGACUCUUCUCCCUGGUCUCGGAUUCUGCCAGUCAUUUCCGCCAAUUCCAUGUAGUCCAUCAUUUUCAUCUGCCAUUCCUCCAGUGUGGGUAGAUCUUGUGUCUUCCAAUACUUUGCAAUGAGUAUUCUUGCUGCUGUUGUAGCAUACAUAAAGAAAGUUCUGUCCUUUUUUAACACCGAUUGGCCGACUAUGCCCAGGAGAAAGGCUUCUGGUUUCUUCAAGAAGGUAUAUUUAAAUACCUUUUUUAGUUCACGCAUUAUGAUUCCUGCAUGACUUUUCCUACUGCUUUCAUUGGCUAUAUAGCAGGGAUGUCCAACAGGUCGAUCGCGAUUUGCUGGUAGAUCCCUGCAAGGUUUUGGUAGUGAGUGACCUUACCCCUUUAACCCCCCCCCCCAAAAAACGGAGCUCAACAUCUUUGAGCUGCACCCCUAAAAAAUGGGGGUAGAUCACUAGAUCCCUGCCAGUUUUUAAUUCUGAAAGUAGAUUGCAGUCUCUGGAGAGCUGGCCACCCCUACUAUAUAGCAAAGGUAUUUGUGUACUUCACCGUUCCCUGCUCUCUUUUUCCUAGGCAACGGCACCUUUUCUGCACAUAGGAGCCCUUGCGGCUGUCACCGCCCUGUCUUGGUUGGUGUCUGGGCAGUUUGCAAGAGCCGAAAGAGCCAGUGAGUAGUUGCUUGUUUUUUUCUUGUCACUGAGGGCAAGAUUUGUGUGUCAUUGCUGUGUGUUGGGUGGAGGGGGCUGAACCCAGAGUUUGAACUCCGGUUGGUGAAUCCUGGUUAAAGUUAACCAUGGCUUACUGUUCUCCUUCCUGCAGGCAUGAACUUCAACAUGGUUAGCAUUAAGACGGGAUGGGGUGGAGCUUAACUUGAGGUUUGAACCCUGGUUGAUGAAUCCUGGUUAAAGCUAACCAUAGUCUACUGUUCUCCUUCCUGCAGGCAUGAAUUUCACCAUGGUUAGCUUUGAGGAAUGGGGUGGGGCUUAAAUUGGAGCUUGGACCUUGGUUGGUGAAUCCUGGUUUAAGCUAACCACAGUUUGCUGUUCUCCUUCCUGCAGACAUGAACUUCACCAUGGUUAGCAUUAAGAUGGGAUGGGGUGGGGCUUAACUUGGAGCUUGAACCCUGGUUGGCAGAUCCUGGUUAAAGCUAACCAUAGUUCAUAGUGCUCCUUAUUGCAGAAGUGGCUACACCGUGAUUAGCACUGAGACAGAAUGUGAGAAUUUGCAUUUAUGGAGGGAAGGAAAGUCUGGGAGCCUGCAGCUUGCACCCAGCUGGCUAGCAAUUGUGGUUUGAUAGGAGAAAGCAAAGUGCAAUCCCAGGUCAGGACAUGACAUGACCUGCUCACACAGAGAUUCGAGCAAAGUGGGAGUACCCAGAGUGUGUGCAUUGGCACGUUGCAUAAGCCAAGUUUUAUGGCUUAGUUCAAACAUGACAUUCUUGUUUAUUUUAUCAUAGCUUUCCCUCCAUUGUUGUGAAGCUAAAUUCAGUGCUUUUGUAAGACAAACACAGACCGGAAUGGUCCUUCAAAAUACCACUCAGCAGGUGGAGUCUUUGCAUGGCAUGGCUCCCUAGCACACCUGUACACCUGUAUUUACCUGUGUGUUUAGGGAUGAGAAUUGUCUGCCUUCCACUCAGACAGUCAGACAGUGCUCCCCCCCCCCAAAAAAAAAUGUUUAGGGUGCUCUCAUUUGGACUAAAGAAAACCACUAUUUUAUAGUUCAAAUUGGGGAAAAUAAAUACAGUAAAAGGACAAAAGUGAAAUCAGCCCUGAGUGCUCACUGGAAGGACAGAUCCUGAAACUGAGGCUCCAAGACUCCAAAGUUGUUGUAAUUAAAGGAAAAGCAAUGACAAAUCUAGACAGUGUCUUAAAAAGCAGAGACAUCACCUUGCCGACAAAGGUCCGAAUAGUAAAAGCUAUGGUUUUCCCAGUAGUGAUGUAUGGAAGUGAGAGCUGGACCAUAUAGAAGGCUGAUUGCCAAAGAAUUGAUGCUUUUGAAUUAUGGUGCUGGAGGAGACUCUUGAGAGUCCCAUGGACUGCAAGAAGAUCAAACCUCUCCAUUCUGAAGGAAAUUAGCCCUGAGUGCUCACUGAUCCUGAAGCUGAGGCUCCAAUACUUUGGCCACCUCAUGAGAAGAGAAGACUCCCUGGAAAAGACCCUGAUGUUGGGAAAGAUGGAGGGCACAAGGAGAAGGGGACGACAGAGGACGAGAUGGUUGGACAGUGUUCUCGAAGCUACCAGCAUGAGUUUGACCAAACUGCGGGAGGCAGUGGAAGACAAGAGUGCCUGGCGUGCUCUGGUCCAGGGGGUCACGAAGAGUCGGACAUGACUAAACGACUAAACAACAACAACAACAAAGAUCCACAAAAUAUUUAGGGGUAUGCAUACCCCUGUGUCCCACCCGCAGAAAAAAAGCCGUGCACUCAGAUAUCUGACUUCUAAUGGUCCUUGCGAGGAGGGAGGCUGAACCUCGGAGAAUGCAUUAAUGAUUUUUGACAAGUCAAUUCCCUAAAUGGGCUGUGUGGGUGAUACUAUUCUGAGAGAAUGAGAGAGAGAGAAGUGAUUUGGUUGAUUUGAUUGAUUCUAUUUCUAUGCUGCUUUUCAUUCAAAUGCAUCUCAAAGCAGCGUACAAACAAUAAAUAACACUAAGAGAACAGAACAUCAGAUAUCCCAGAACAGAUAGCUCAGUUAGUAGAGCAUAGCUCAACAUCAAAAAAACGAAGAUCAUGGCCACUGGUCCCAUCACCUCCUGGCAAAUAGAAGGGGAAGAAAUGGAGGCAGUGAGAGAUUUUACUUUCUUGGGCUCCAUGAUCACUGCAGAUGGUGACAUCAGUCACAAAAUUAAAAGACGCCUGCUUCUUGGGAGAAAAGCAAUGACAAAUCUAGACAGUGUCUUAAAAAGCAGAGACAUCACCUUGCCGACAAAGGUCCGUAUAGUAAAAGCUAUGGUUUUCCCAGUAGUGAUGUAUGGAAGUGAGAGCUGGACCAUAAAGAAGGCUGAUUGCCAAAGAAUUUAUGCUUUUGAAUUAUGGUGCUGGAGCCAUGGACUGCAAGAAGAUCAAACCGAUCCAUUCCGAAGGAAAUCAGCCCUGAGUGCUCACUGGAAGGACAGAUCCUGAAGCUGAGGCUCCAAUACUUUGGCCACCUCAUCAGAAGAGAAGACUCCCUGGAAAAGACCCUGAUGUUGGGAAAGAUGGAGGGCACAAGGAGAAGGGGACGACAGAGGACGAGAUGGUUGGACAGUGUUCUCGAAGCUACCAGCAUGAGUUUGACCAAACUGCGGGAGGCAGUGGAAGACAGGAGUGCCUGGCGUGCUCUGGUCCAUGGGGUCACGAAGAGUCGGACAUGACUAAACAACUAAACAACAACAACAACAAGAAGACUCUUGACCUCAGGGUGAUGCGUUCGAGACCCACGGUGGGCUAAAGAUUCCCAGAAGUUGGAUUAAAUGACCCUCAUGGUCCCUUCCAUCUCUACAAAUCUGUGAUUCUAUGCCAUGCAGCAUAAGUCGUAUAAAAUAAUUAAUCAAUAAAACCACUACAGUUUGUAGAACGUUAUUAAUGAAAAUACGCUAAACAUCGCAGCCACAGCAAAAUUCAUGCUAUAUGAUGAACAGAUCAAUACGGCAUUUACAAUCUAUAAGACAAUAUUAACAGCAUUAGCAAAAUAGCAACUAAGAAAAAUAAGCCAAGUGAGUGGAAGAGUCAGCAAAGUGUUUCUGGUUCUUAUGGAGCUGGAAAAGUGUUUGUUCUGCAUAGGCACAGCCUCAGGGUACAGACACGCAACAGACGUUUUGGACUGUGUUGGUUGUACAGUGGCAACUUGGUUCUCAAACGCCUUGGUACUCAAACAACUUGGAACUCAAACACUGCAAACCUGGAAGUAAGUGUUCCGGUUUGUGAACCUUUUUCAGAAGCCGAACGUGCUCCAUUUUGAGUGCCAUGCUUCCGUUUUGAGUGUUACGCUGAGGUCUUUCUGUUUUUGCUAUUUAUUUUGCAUUUUUCUUUUUGCAACUCUUUCUGUUUUGUUUUUGUGACUGUGUGGAACCCAGUUCAGCUCCUGAUUGAUCGACUGAUUGUGUGACAGCAGUACGUUGUUUAUUGCUUUCAUUUUAUGGGUCAACGGUCUCAUUAGAUAGUGAAAUCCAGGUUAAAUUGCUGUUUUAGGGGUUGUUCUUUAAAGUCUGGAACGGAUUAAUCCGUUUUGCAUUACUCUCUAUGGGAAAGCGUGCCUUGGUUUCGGAACAGACUUCCGGAACGGAUUAAGUUUGAGAACCAAGGAACCACUGUAGUAUUCCGAAAUAGCUGGAGGGCACCAGAAUGGGGAAGGCUGCUCUGUGAACUUCCUGAAUGUCUUGGGAACAGCCUCUCCUCCCUCCUUUUCCUGGAUCCCUGUUCACCAUCUCUCCUCUCUCUCUCUCUCUCUCUCUCUCUCUCUGUCUCUCUGUCUCUCAUCUGUUUGCCUCUUCCUGUAGCCUCCCAGUUGCUGACAUUUGGAGCCUACUUUGCAGUGGUCCUGGCCCUGUACCUCAUCCCCCUCACGGUCUAUUCCCCUUGCAUCAUGGAGAAGAAGGACCUGGGGCCCAAGCCUGCCAUUAUUGGACACCGGGGAGCGCCAAUGGUAGGUGCUUCUUCUUAUGACUCCCCCCCCCCCGGUCAUCUAUUUUUUUUAAAAAAUAUAAAUUACCGUAUUUUUUGCUCUAUAAGACUCACUUUUUCCCUCCUAAAAAGUAAGGGGAAAUGUGUGUGCGUCUUAUGGAGCGAAUGCAGGCUGCACAGCUAUCCCAGAAGCCAGAACAGCAUGAGGGAUUGCUGCUUUCACUGCGCAGCGAUCCCUCUUGCUGUUCUGGCUUCUGAGAUUCAGAAUAUUUUUUCUCUUGUUUUCCUCCUCCAAAAACUAGGUGCGCGUUGUGGUCUGGUGCGUCUUAUAGAGCGAAAAAUACAGUAGUCUCCACCCCCAUCGUUCUACCCGGACACUGAGGUCCAGCGCCGAGGGCAUUCUUCAUUCUGGAGUUGGACCUCAGCUGAACAAUGGGAGUGGAGAUGCUCCUUCGUUGGAGAUGAUUCUGAAUGCCAGUUGCAGGAGAGGAGAGGAGAGUUGCUCACAAGCGCCGGUGCGUCUCCUGCCAGCAUCAGUCAAGCGGUUCAGUAAAGGAAGGCAAAAUGUGUUUGCCUGGGCUCUCUUCGACAGCUGGAACAUAGUGAUAGAAGAGCUUCUCUCAAACACAUAUCACCUCCUAGUCUUACAAAAAAUAAACCUUUUUUUUAAAUAAAUGUCUGGUCUUGCUUCUGGAAUCCUUCCUCCUAGCCAAGUGUGUUUACUUUUGAACCUCGUCGUCGUUUUAAUGCCCUCUGCCCAAGGCUUUCUGUUAAGAGCAGCUAAUUCGCACACUAAUACUUGUUGAUCUUUGGCUCAGAGUGAACAUAUGUUCCGCAAAGAGGAAUUUGUUUUGGCAGCUGUUGCUGUGCCAGGAAGGAGUCGACGGCCUAAUUAAAAAUCUAAAGAUGUCUCAUUCCCCAGAAUAGAGGGUGGUUGUGCUGGAGAGAGAGGUUUUUCUUCCACCUUGAAGGUAAAGAUGAAAAAGGCUCAAAAGUAAACGAGGGGACAUGAAUCUGGCGUAAUAGUAUCGCCCCCUUUAGGAUCCAAAAAUCUUCAUUCGUUAGGUCAAGAUGUCUUUUGCAGAGAGAAGGCAAAAUAAAAGCUGAGAGCCAGGAUAAGAGAGGCAGCUUCUAGGCAGUGAUUGCAGCUUUGAUAAAUUCUAAUAAUAAUACUAAUAUGAAUCAAACAGGUAACAGCAAAUUUGUUGUCGUUUAGUCGUGUCCGACUCUUCGUGACCCCCUGGACCGGAGCACGCCAGGCACUCCUGUCUUCCGCUGCCUCCCGCAGUUUGGUCAAACUCAUGCUGGUAGCUUCGACAAGACUGUCCAACCAACUCGUCCUCUGUCGUCCCCUUCUCCUUGUGCCCUCCAUCUUUCCCAACAUCAGGAUCUUUUCCAGGGAGUCUUCUCUUCUCAUGAGGUGGCCACAGUAUUGGAGCCUCAGCUUCAGGAUCUGUCCUUCCAGUGAGCACUCAGGGCUAAUUUCCUUCAGAAUGGAGAGGUUUGAUCUUCUUGCAGUCCAUGGGACUCUCAAGAGUCUCCUCCAGCACCAGAAUUCAAAAGCAUCAAUUCUUUGGCAAUCAGCCUUCUAUAUGGUCCAGCUCUCACUUCCAUACAUCACUACUGGGAAAACCAUAGCUUUUACUAUACGGACCUUUGUCGGCAAGGUGAUGUCUCUGCUUUUUAAGACACUGUCUAGAUUUGUCAUUGCUUUUCUCCCAAGAAGCAGGCAUCUUUUAAUUUUGUGACUGCUGUCACCAUCUGCAGUGAUCAUGGAGCCUAAGAAAGUAAAAUCUCUCACUGCCUCCAUUUCUUUCCCUUCUAUUUGCCAGGAGGUGAUGGGACCAGUGGCCGUGAUCUUCGUUUUUUUGAUGUUGAGCUUCAGACCAUAUUUUGCGCUCUCCUCUUUCACCCUCAUUAAAAGGUUCUUUAAUUCCUCCUCACUUUCUGCCAUCAAGGUUGUGUCAUCUGUAUAUCUGAGGUUGUUGAUAUUUCUUCGGGCAAUCUUAAUUCCGCCUAGGGAUUCAUCCAGCCCAGCCUUUUGCAGUGAUUGUAGCUUUGAUAAAUAACAACAACAACAACAACAAUAACAACAACAAUAAUAAUAUGAAUCAAACAGGUAACAGCAAAUUUAGGAUGUGCAAUUAAAAGUGGAUCAGGUGCACUUGCAGGGAAAUAAUAUUUCCUUUGGUCUUUCCUGAAUCUUCCAACCUUCAGCUUCGUUGGAUUUCACCGAGUUAAAAUCCUAGAGUUGGAAGGGACCCUAAGGGUCAUCUAGUCCAACCCUCUGCAAUGCAGGAAUCUUUAGCCCAACGUGGGGCUUGAACCCACAACCCGGAGAUUCAGAGCCUCGUGUUCUCUACCGACUGAGCUGUCUGUUACGAGGGCAAGAGGAAAAAUCCUUUUCUCUACCUCCGCGCAUAAUUUCCAUCCCAUCUCCUCUUCCUCCUCUUUCUCUAGAGGAAUUACAGUUUCUGGGACUGAAAUGGGUGUUAAUUCAUAAGUUCUUCUUCAGCGUAGCCGCGCUUCUUCUCAGCAGGUUGUAAGGAAAGUCUCUGCCGCCCCUCUGAUCCGUAAUUUAACAGACAGUUUGGUCUUCCUUUUAAACAUUGCAAAUCUCUUCCUUCCGGAAUCGAGGUUUUUAAGAGCUCUUUUAAACCAGAAAGGACAAUCCCCAGGUUUCAAAGCCUUUCUCAUCCUUUGUUUUAUCUUUUUUGUAGAAGCCUCUUCCUCUGCAGUGGAUUAAAAGGCUCAUUUCCUGCUUAGGCAAGUCGCUCCUAUUUUAGCUUCUUCCCCAAUUUGACCUUUAGAUCGGAUUUUGUAUUUUUUUCAAAAUAAAAAAAGUCCAAUAUUAAAUGUCACUCUUGAAUCUUUUAACGUGAGGGGAAGCAAGUUGGAAACAUCAUUGUUCCAGAGAUGUAUUUUUCCUGUGGGUCAUAACUAGCAGGUUCACGAUUAUUAUUAUUAUUAUUAUUAUUAUUAUUAUUAUUACACCUACUUAAUACAAUGCUUCAAACUGACAAAUGCUAUUGCGCCCUCCUGAAAGGUGAAUGCCAAUACAAUCUGAGGGUAUUUCUUCUUUUUCUUCUUUGGCGAUCCCUCGUAGCUGAGUAAGAUUGUCUUCCAUAAACAUGGUUCUAACAGGGAGUCCGUAAGUGACUGUGGAGGCCAAUUCUGGAUCCACAUGUCCUUCCACAGUGGGGACAUAGGUUUCCAGGCGGGAGUUGAUCAUGGUGAGUGUGCCCAGUGUGCCUUCCUCUUAGCACAUUUCUCCCUUGCGUCCUGAAUUCAAGCGUCUUCAAAGCCCACAACACCUUUGCUAAAGGCUGUUCUCAAAUUGGAGCGCUCGCAGGCCAGAGUUUCCCAAUUGUUGGUGUUUAUACUGUAAUUUUUGAGAGACUCCUGAAACCUCUUUUGCAUGACGCUUUCCAUUUCAGAGUAGAGUAGUUGCUUUGGAAGACGGUCAUCAGGCAUCCGCACAACAUGACCAGUCCAACGAAGUACAGUGGUACCUCAGGUUACAUACGCUUCAGGUUACAGACUCCGCUAACCCAGAAAUAGUACCUCGGGUUAAGAACUUUGCUUCAGGAUGAGAACAGAAAUCGUGCUCCGGCGGCGCGGCAGCGGUGGGAGGCCCCAUUAGCUAAAGUGGUGCUUCAGGUUAAGAACAGUUUCAGCUUAUGAACGGACCUCCAGAACAAAUUAAGUACUUAACCCAAGGUACCACUGUAUUAUCAGAUAAGAUAAGGUUACAGUGGUGCCCCGCAAGACGAAUGCCUCGCAAGACGGAAAACCCGCUAGACGAAAGGGUUUUCCGUUUUGGAGGUGCUUCGCAAAACGAAUUUCCUAUGUGCUUGCUUCGCAAGACGAAAAUGUCUUGCGAGGUCCUGCGGGGGUUUUUUCCUCCCCCCCCCCUUUUUCCCAAGCCGCUAAACCGCUUAUCAGCUGAUGGCUAAGCCGCUUAACAGCUGAUCGCUAAGCCGCUUAUCAGCUGAUCGUUAAGUCGCUUAUCAGCUGAUCUUUAAGCCGCUUAACAGCUGAUCGCUAAGCCGCUUAUCAGCUGAUCUGCUAAGCCCGCUAAGCCACUAAUACUGUAGCGCUAAUCCGCUAAACCGCUAAUGGGCUUGCUUCGCAAGACGAAAAAACCCGCAAGACGAAGAGACUCGCGGAACGGAUUCUUUUCGUCUUGCGAGGCACCACUGUACCAGAUUUUUUUUCAAUGAAUCCAUGGACAUACAUACAUACAUACUACACGUUCGGGACAUUGAUGCUGCAGCGAUGGCGGUGGCAGAGGGGAAGCUGCCGCCUUGACCUCAACCGCCACAUUUCCCCUUCUCUGAGGAGGGCUGAGAGCGGUGGCGGCGAGGCUCGGACAGCGCGAUGCCCCCCUUCCCAUUGGAGCAGCCCCAAUCCCAUUCCUACUUGCGUGCAAGCAGGAGGGGCUGGGGAUCCCAGAGCUGGGAAGGGAGGCUUCCCCUUGCCUAACAACUGAGAGAUCCCUGCCCCCUCCUGCUUGCACGCAAGCUCUGAUAGGCAGCGUGAAGCUUCCCUUCACAGCUGAGAGAUCCCCGCCCCGCUUGCACGGAAGUAGGAGUUAGGAGGCUGCUCCGAUAGGCAGCAUGAAGCCUCCCUUCACAGCUUAGUUGCUGGGGUCAGGGAAGGCGGAGGCAGCCCGGAAGCUGCAUCUUCGAGCCCCUGCACCACCAUCACAUGGGGACUUCCGAGCAGCUCCUGAAGCCAGCCAGAGCCAACUGCUCUGGGCUGCUGAGACUGCCGCUGCUGCGUUUCCCGGGGACAUUAGAUGAAAUCCGGGGACAUUCAUUUGUCCGGGAACUUAUUCGCAAAUCUGGGGACUGUCCCUGGGAAACAGAGACGUCUGGUAACCCUAUGCUGCCAAAUGCCAGGGGAAACCGAAAUGCCUUUUCUCGGCACCUAAAUGUUGGUGCCAAGGGUCAUCUGUCUGUGGAGAGCAGUCCACAGUCGUGGAGCCACCACCCAGAAGACCCUGUCCUGUGUUGUCACUCUCCACGCUUCCCAUGAAAGCGGAUACACAGAGAUGGGUCUCCGAUGAUGGGUGCAGGGUCUGGGUAGGUUCCUGCACAGAGUCUCAAAGGUAUUGACGUCCCAAGUCUCAUCGCGCUUCAUAUAUUUAGACCUGCACUUCAAAUUGAGCCUGGAAAUUAAUCUCUAGCUGGGACAGGAUAGGAUUUUACCUGAUCGGACCUCCUGCUUCUAGUCCACAGACCGGCUCCAGAAUUCUGCAGCAGCUGCCGUUUUUCAGCCAAUUGAUUGCCAUUUUAUUAACUGGUAAUAAUAAAGAUAAUGGUAAUAAUACUACCUAAUAAUUACUUAUUUUUAUCUAAACAAUUUAUCUACUGCUCAACUGCAGUCGUCUGUAGGCAGCGGAAAACAAAUGCAAUGUGGAAAAAUUAGCUGGGAGCCAGUGUGGUGUAGUGGUUAAGAGCAGUGGACUCGUAAUCUGGUGAACCGGGUUUGAUUCCCUGCUCCUCCACAUGCAGCUGCUGGGUGACCUUGGGCCAGUCACACUUCUCUGAAGUCUCUCAGCCCCACUCACCUCACAGAGUGUUUGUUGUGGGGGAGGAAGGGAAAGGAGAAUGUUAGCCGCUUUGAGACUCGUUAGGGUAGUGAUAAAGCGGGAUAUCAAAUCCAAACUACUCUUCUUCUUCUUCUUCUUCUUCUUCUUCUUCUUCUUCUUCUAAAGUCAGACUUCAAUGAUGUUAAUCAUUGAUUCCUGUUAAUCAUUUGUUCAUCCCCCUACUUCACUGUAAUUUCUGCAUCGCUUUCCUAACAGCAAAAAGUUCAUUUUUUAAAAUAAAAACAAGCAGGUUUAUUGUAUGAGUCCACAGAGCACUUUAAUUUUGCAGACCUCUGUUUCCUUCCGCAAAAGAGUAUCCGUCUUGGGGGCAUCCACAGCAUUCCCGCAAAGCACCCUUUUAUAGAAAUAUUUGUGCCAUGUUCUUGAGGGUUCCAUUAAUAUGUUUUUUUUUUCUGGUGGCCUCCAUCUGUUUCCAGCGGCAAAACACCCAACGGACUCUGCCCCAUCUUUUGAUCUCCUCAAAUUAAUCUCUUCAGUAUUAUAGAGAUUCUCAUUUGGCAGCCCCGAUCCCUUUCUGUGCCCGAUGCUAUUUUAAACAUGUUUGGAUAGUCGAUGCUGGCAUUUUAACUGACUGCUCUAUCUCUUGUACGCUGUCCGGUUUGGCAGCUUGCUUAGAUGAAUAAAUGAUAUUGUUUGUUCAUCUUUUCCUCCUUCCCAGAUGGCACCUGAAAACACUCUGAUGUCCUUCCAGAAAGCGGUGGAGCAGAAACUCUACGGAGUACAGGCAGAUGUGGUCAUAAGGCAAGUGCCUCUCUCUGCUCUCAGGUGCAGAGUUGAAUUGUAGAGUUGGAAGGGAUACCAGGGGUCAUCUCGUCUGACCCCUUGCAAAGCAGGAAUCUCAGCUAAGGAAUCCCUUGCCACGCUAGUUUCUUUUGCAAGUUUCCUGCCCUUAUUUACAUUUCUGGGCUCGGAGGUGUGCAAUUUGCCAUAUUUGUCCAGGCCGAGUGGGCAAGUGAGGAUGCUUUUAAGCACGGGGUUGUGGAAUCGGGGAACUGGUACCUUUUUCCGAGCACAAUUCAAAGUGUUGGUGCUGAUCUUGAAAGCCCUAAAUGGCCUUGGCCCAGUAGACCUGAAGGAGCGUCUCCACACCCGUCAUUCAGCCCAGACACUGAGGUCCAGCUCUGAGGGCCUUCUGGCGGUUCCCUCACUGCGAGAACCCACGUUACAGGGAACCAGACAGAGGGCCUUCUCGGUAGUGGCACCUGCCCUGUGGAACGCCCUCCCACCAGAUGUCAAAGAGAAAAACAACUACCAGACUUUUGGAAGACAUCUCAAGGCAGCCCUGUUUAGGGAAGCUUUUAAUGUCUGAUGCAUUACUGUAUUUUAAUAUUUUGUUGGAAGCCGCCCAGAGUGGCUGGGGAAGCCCAGCCAGAUGGGUGGGGUAUAAAUAAUAAAUUAUUUUACUGGAUAACCCUCGAGUGUCCCUUACAGCUCCGUGAGUCUACAUGGAACAGUGGAGGUCUUCUGCAUCGGUUGAGCGCUGCCUUGCAAAUGUAAAGGGAGACUCUUUUUCUCUUUCCGUUGCACAGCUACGACGGGGUGCCUUUCCUCAUGCAUGACAAGACGCUACGGAGGACGACGGAUGUGGAGGCCGUCUUCCCAGAGAGGGCCUACACACAUUCUUCCAUGUUCAACUGGACAGACCUGGAGAUGCUGAACGCCGGCGAAUGGUUCCUCAAGGUAUGUAGCCGAGUCUGGAGGGUGGGUUGGGUCUCCCCUGCCCUUGCUUGCUUGCUUUAUUCAAUCAAUCAAUCAAUCAAUCAAUCAAUCAAUCAAUGGUGGUUGAAGCGUUAGAGGGCAAGGCUCUGCUUCCCAAACUGGCCUUUCCAAACCAGCCUGGUUGUCUCCUUCUACACGAUGGAUGCUUUUGAGAACAGAACGAAGCACCCCAUUAAUCAGCUUGAAAGACAGAGAGUGAUCUUGAAAACGCCCUUGCGUCUUGGAGGAAGGUUUCCCCUUCAUCCCUUCUCCUCUUUCUCCUCCUCGCUUUCAAGAAAGCUCGUGAUGUGCAAAGCAUUUUUUUGCUGCCUCCCAAGAUUCUUUACAAGAUGUUUUGUCAGGGGGGCUGAGGGAAAAGAAAAGUUUGCAGAAACGAGUUAACGUGUCUCGUUGGUUUUCCGGAACGGGCUUUUACGUUGUGCGAAAGCUCAAAUGAAAUCCAGAAAUCGACGGCCAGGGAAUAAGCUGCCGCGCGGAUGUAGCCUAAAAGAUGGCUUCCUCAAAAAAUAAAAAUGUUGGCUUUGAAAGCGAUAACGUUGAACACUGGUCUCUCUGUUUGCUCCCCCUUCCCUCAGAACGAUCCCUUCUGGAGCGCCCAGUCGCUCUCCAGUUCCGACUUUGUCAGAUCCGCCAACCAGUCCGUCUGCAAGCUGGCCGACAUGCUGGAGGUCGUCAAGGGCAAUGCCACCGUCCUCUUAAACUUCCAGAGCUUGCCCCGGGACCACCCUUACUACAGCGCUUUCAUCAACAUCACCCUGGAAACCGUCCUCGACUCGGGCAUCCCUCAGCAGGCUGUGAGUUCCACGUCACUUUUGUAGGUAGAUGCUUAAUAAUGUUUGUGGGGGCUUCUGCUUCGGUCGGAGAAGCAGAAACUAGAGGUGGGCUUGGGAGAGGCUCAUGGGCAAAAGAAGCUUUUUCCUGGGGGUGUCGCUGUAGCUUUCCGGAGGAUGAGCGAGAAACAUGCCACGAAACCUGCCCUCUGCCCCCCACAAAAGGCACCUUGCUCAUCGCCGCUUGCUUCCGUCCUGAGUAUUGCAGGGGGUGGACGGACUAGAUGUUCCUCAGGGAUCCCUCCUGAUUCUAUGAACUUCCUUGUUGAUGUGCCUUGCCUUCUCAUUGGCUGCAUGGUCCUAGCCAAUCGGGAGCAAAUGGCGACUUCAUUGAGGGUGAAUGAAGAUUUUCCUUGCCCUCCCUGGGAAUGGCCUGGUUGCUGGGGAUUCAUAAUAAUAAUAAUAAUAAUAAUAAUAAUAAAUUUAUUUAUACCCUGCCCAUCUGGCCGGGCCUCCCCAGCCACUCUGGGUGGCUUCCAGCGGGAUAUUAAAAACACGAUAAAAGAUCAAACAUUAAAAGCUCCCUGAACAGGGCUGCCUUCAGAUGUCUUCUAAAAGUCAGGUACAGUGGUACCUCAGGUUACAGACGCUUCAGGUUACAGACUCCGCUAACCCAGAAAUAGUACCUCGGGUUAAGAACUUUACCUCAGGAUGAGAACAGAAAUUGCGUGGCAGCAGCGGGAGGCCCCAUUAGCUAAAGUGGUGCUUCAGUUUAAGAACAGUUUCAGGUUCAGAAUGGACCACUGGAAUGAAUUAAGUUCUUAACCCGAGGUAUACCACUAUAGUUGUUUAUUUCCUUGACAUCUGGUGGGAGGGCGGUCCACAGUUUGUUGUUGGUGCCAUUGUCAAAUCAUUCCAGAGAUGUGUCUCCUGCUGAGAUCUUCCCUCAUCCUGGAGCAGCCGUCUUCUGAGUGACAGCCCUCCACUGAUUAUAGUGUCCCUCCUCUUUACCUUAUAUGAAUACAGUUCAAGACACAAACCAUUUCGUGAAGGUCCAUUCAAUGUGGGACAUCUCUUCCUGAUCUCUUCAACCUGGGAUAUCCGGUCAGCUGGGAGGCAUCUGCCUAGAGCAGUGGGUUGGGCGGUGAGAUUUCCAUGUGCCCUUAGAUCCUGGGGUUGUGGUCUAAACUACUGAGCCUCUUGGGCUUGCCGAUUGGAAGGUCGGCUGUUCGAAUCCCCGUGAUGGGGUGAGUUCCCGUUGCUCGGUCCCUGCUCCUGCCAACCUAGCAGUUCAAAAGCACGUCAAAGUGCAAGUAGAUAAAUAGGCACCACUGUGGCGGGAAGGUAAAUAGCAUUUCCGUGCGCUCUGGUUUCCAUCAUGGUGUCUGGUUGUGCCAGAAGCGGUUUAGCCCUGCUGGCCACAUGACCCGGAAAAGUGUCUGCGGACAAACGCCAGCUCCUUUGGCCUGAAAAAUGAGAUGAGUACCGCCAGUGCCAGAUUUACAUAGAAGCUAAACAAUUUAUAGCUUAGGGCCCCACUCUCUUGGGGGCCCCCCAAAAAAUUUAAAGGAAAAAAACCUGGAUGUACAUUUCCAUAAUAUAAGAUAAAAAUCAAAUCAAAUAAAACCUACAUACCGCAACAGUGUUUUGUGUUGUGUUGGCUCCUAUUAGGUCCAUAAAUCAUCAUAUAUAGCAUAUAUUCCACACAAAAAACAGCAACCAUUUGUUGUUGACAUAGGACAGCUGGAGAUAUAAAGGGCCCCAUUUCCUUCAGUAGCUCAGGGCCUCAUCAAACCUAAAUCCGGCCCUGAGUACCGCAACCCCAUAGUUGCAUUUGACUGGACUUAACUGUUCAAGGGACGCGGGUGGCACUGUGGUCUAAACCACAGAGCCUAGGGCUUGCCGAUCAGAAGGUUGGCGGUUCGAAUCUCCGCGACGGGAUGAGCUCCCGUUGCUCGGUCCCUGCUCCUGCCAACCUAGCAGUUCGAAAGCACGUCAAAGUGCAAGUAGAUAAAUAGGUACCGCUCCGGCGGGAAGGUAAAUGGUGUUUCCGUGCGCUGCUCUGGUUCUCCAGAAGCGGCUUAGUCAUGCUGGCCACAUGACCCGGAAGCUGUACGUCGGCUCCCUCGGCCAAUAAAGCGAGGUGAGCGCCGCAAACCCAGAGUCGGCCACGACUGGACCUAAUGGUCAGGGGUCCCUUUAACUUUAACUGUCCAGGGUUCCUUUGCCUUUACCUUUUACCAAACAGCCUUUCCAGUUAAGGGUGUGAGAGUUUUGUUGUUGUUGCUUGCUGCGUUCAAUCUUGAAGCUUCUCACACACCCACAUAUGGAGCAAUUAACUUGGGGGACGACUCCACAUUUAGUUUAGUUUCCAUCUGUUCUUUCUAAGAACACCGGCAGCCAGUUUCCAAUCUGACGUGCAUCUUGCUCCACCGGGUCCUCGUUCAAGGAGGCUGCCUGCUUCUAUCCUGUCAGCCUUUUCUCUUCAUCCACCCCCAAAAAUAACCUUUUGGAGGCAGUGUUUGUGCUUCUAGCUUGGUUUAAUGCUGCCUGUUGAGGACGCAGAUUCUGUCCACAACGGCAUCUUAUUCUUUUGUUACAUUGCAUUACAUUAGAUUGGCUUCUCUCCAGGGAGCUCAAGGUGGUGUAUGUAGCUCUCCUGAUUUUAUCCUUACAACAACCCUGUGAAGUAGGUUAGGCAGAGAGGGAGCGUGCUGGGCACCGGGCGUCCCAAUCUGCCAAUUUGGAAGGGUAUAAACUCAGCCAGAGAGGUGGGUCCCACAAAACGAAAUCCCUUCACUGCCAAAGGACAGAGGAGGCGAAACCUCUGGAUCUGGCUAUAAUUGUACAGCGAAGGCUAAACCACAGAGCCUAGGACUUGCUGAUCAGAAGGUCGGCUGUUUGAAUCCCCGCGACGGGGUGAGCUCCAGUUGCUCGGUCCCUGCUCCUGCCAACCUAGCAGUUUGAAAGCACGUCAAAGUGCAAGUAGAUAAAUUGGUACCGCUCCAGCGGGAAGGUAAACGGCGUUUCCGUGCGCUGCUCUAGUUUGCCAGAAGCGGCUUAGUCAUGCUGGCCACGUGAUCCGGAAGCUGUACGCUGGCUCCCUCGGCCAAUACAGCGAGAUGAGCGCCGCAACCCCAGAGUCGUCCGCGACUGGACCUAAUGGUCAGGGGUCCCUUUACCUUUACCUAUUUGCACUGAGUAGGAAACCACACUCAAGGCUGCUGUGACCGGAUACGCAAUGGUAUGUUUACAUAACGCAGAAAUGUUCCAGAAUUUUUAAGUGAAAUAUUUGCACCAAUUUUAAGCCGUGGUUUUGAGAAAUUGUUUUUGCUCCUUGAGCGAGGAGUGUGAUCUUUUGAAAAGCAAUGCCAACCGUCGAAAAGCUUUUGCAGCCUUGACCUUUUGGUAAUGGCUGCUCUUUUCUAACGCUAGAAAAGUGCAACCUGUGCUGCUGAUAUAAGUAGUACGACUCAUGCAACACGCUGGCGACUCAUAGACACAGAAUAAUUACCAAAAUAAUUAUACAUUCUUUACCAAUCUUCUGAGAAAAAUACAAAACCUUGUGCAAAGCCACAGAAACUUGCGAACUGUCCAGUCUAAGAUGAACUUAUAAUGUCUGAUUUCAAUAGAUUUUUCAAAUGCUCUUUUCUAACGGCGACUGCUACCGGGUUCUUUUGUUUUCUGCCCAAUCAGGUGAUGUGGUUGCCCGACUCAGACCGCCAACUGGUCCAAGAGGUUGCCCCAGGUUUCCAGCAGACCUCUGGCGUCAAGGCUGGGGCUCAGCCUUUGAGGGACAGAGGCUUUCAGAAGCUGAACCUGCGCUACACCAAAGUCACCAGGGACGAUAUCAGGUCUGCUGUGGGCUUUCGCUCUUCCACAUGCCUUUGGUUUUGUUCUCAUAAGCAUCUUUAUGUUUCUGGACUGUACCACCUUCGGCCCGAGGGAAGCUUCCAUGACAGCAGGUUUCUCCCAUUUUUUAAAAAAAGAGAAACGAAAACUGACUUGCUUCUAGAAAAGUGGCGUGCCAGGGAAGGUAAUGUCUAGAUUUGGCUUCUCCCUGAUGCGCUGGCUUUCUGCGGUCAGGGAAGGCUGCAAUCUACAUGAAUUAUGACCAGGGGUGGGGUGCUAGUGUUACACACAGUUCAUCGUUCGUCCCACCAAAAUAUCUAGGGAAAUCAGGAGGGAUUUUGCAACAUAAUGAAAUUGUAGAAUAAAUUCCUCAAGGCAAGAUGCUUUGCAGGAGGUUGAACUUUGGGUACCUUCCAGAUCUACAGUUCUAUGAUUUUGUGACUCCUGCAAGCUUUCCUCAGUAAAGCAGAUUGCAGAAUUGACCUUCUUGUUAGCAGAGACAACGACGGCCCUGAACAGAGCUAGCGGCGGAGGAAAAGGCCUUUUGACAGGGGUGCCUAAUGAUGACUAAAGGCCUGCGGAGACAAUUGCAUGCCUGGAACGUAAUGGAUGGCUUUGUGAGGCUGCCUCUAAUAUCCUCUCUGGGCCCUUUGAGAGACAAGCUCCAAACCACUUGCCACACUCCUUAUCUCUCCACAGCCGCUGCUGUUACCAUGGAGCUGUGAAGAAGUCCAAGGUCCCGGUUUUUAUUUCAGAAAUUACUUUGUGCGCAAAAAAAACAGCCCAUUAAUAGACUUUGAUCCGUCCGUCUUAUCUUUGGACGGACGUUGGCCGGGACACUUUCCGAGAACAACGCGUGGUUGUGGUUUGCCAAUUGGGGAACAGCCUGGAAUAAUAUUUUGGGGAUGUAAAUCUGGAGCAAGUGAAGGCGUUUGUUUUGCAGCUGGAUGAGAAACGUUUGCUUCUCAGCCUCGUGGUGUUUGCUUGUUUGUUCCCUCUGGGGGUUGAACCAACAUUUGCGGGGGCUGCUGUGACCCUCAAAAACCCACAGUGCAUGAGAGACACUUUGCUCUUCCUGCUCAAAUCAACUCUGCACGGGCUCAGUGUCUCUUGUAUUGAACAAAAUAAAAAAAAAAUCCUUCCAGUAGCACCUUAGAGACCAACUAAGUAUGUUAUUGGUAUGAGCUUUCAUGUGCAUGCACACUUCUUCAGAUAAGUGCACACUUCUUCAGAUAAGUGUGCAUGCACUUCUCUUGAAGAUAUAAUAAUAAUUUAUUAUUUGUACCCCGCCCAUCUGGCUGGGCUUCCCCAGCCGCAGUUUCCAACAAAGAUUAAAAAUACAUUAAAAUGUCACACAUGAAAAACUUCCCUGAACAGGGCUGCCUUCAGAUGUCUUCUGAAUGUCAGGUAGUUGUUUAUCUCUUUGACAUCUGAUGGGAGGGUGUUCCACAGGGCGGGUGCCACCACUGAGAAGGCCCUCUGCCUGGUUACCUGUAGCUUUGCUUCUUGCAGUGAGGGAACUGCCAGAAGGCCCUUGGCACUGGGCCUCAGUGUCCGGGCAGAACAAUGGGGGUGGAGAUGCUCCUUCAGGUCUACUGGGCCUUUGAGGCCGUUUAGGGCUUUCAAGGUCAGCAGCAACACUUUGACUUGUGCUCGGAAACAUACUGGGAGUCAGUGUAGGUCUUUCAGGACCGGUGUUAUGUGGUCUUGGCGGCCACUCCCAGUCACCAGUCUAGCUGCCGCAUUCUGGAUUAGUUGUAGUUUAGAUAUCCCUCAGGCCAGCAGGUAUAUUCAGAAGCAGGUACCAGAUGCUGGCAACAGGCAGGGGAACGGCCUUCAUUGCUGCCUUGUGGUGUUCUCUUUCUCUAACCUUGGUGAUAUAGCUUGAAACCAAAAUUUGAUUCCCCCCAGCCCUAACCGAGGCUUUGGGAAGGAAGCAUGAGAGCUCUUGCAGGCUUUUAGAGCCUUCCCUCCUCCUUCCUAAAUCCCAGUAAGCAGUUGCCCAGCUUUGGGAAGGAAGAGGAGGACCCCGGGACCUUGUCAAAGCCCUCAUACGUCCUGUGGCGCUGUGGUUUAAACCACUGAGCCUCUUGGGCUUGCCAAUCAGAAGGUCGGCGGUUCGAAUCCCCGCGACGGGGUGAGCUCCCAUUGCUCUGUCCCAGCUCCUGCCAACCUAGCAGUUCAAAAGAACACCAGUGCAAAUAGAUAAAUAGGUACCACUGUGGUGGGAAGGUAAACGGCGUUUCCGUAUACUCUGGUUUCUGUUAUGGUGUUCCAUUGUGCCAGAAGCUGUUUAGUCCUGCUGGUCACAUGACCUGGAAAGCUGUCUGUAGACAAACGCCGGCUCCCUCGGCCUGAAAGCGAGAUGAGCGCCGCAACCCCAUAGUCUCCUUUGACUGGACUUAACCAUCCAGGGGACCUUUACCUUUUAUCUUUACCUGCCUCCUUCCCAAAGCUGGAGAAGCGCUUACCAGACUUUGAAAAGGUACCACCUCAGACAGUGGCGCUGCCCUAAAAUGGCCUCUGUUCUCCGAUGUGGUUCUCUGACGGCAGAAUCUGGGACCAGACAGAACCCAGUGCCCCAACGAGAUCCAGCAAAUGCCAUUUUGACGUUCUUCUGCGCUUUUUAAGGCCCGUCCUUCUCUCCGCUCUGCUCUCUCGACAGGGAAUACGCCGUGGCGAACUUGAGCGUUAAUCUGUUCGUGGUGAACGAGCCUUGGCUCUACUCAGUCCUGUGGUGCUCCGGGGUCCAGUCCGUCACCUCCGACAACUCUCGCGUCCUCAGCAGGCUGCGUUCCCCCGUCUGGAUGAUGGUAAGCAGGGCUUGGGCUUUGCGUCUGUUCGUUUCCAGGCGUAUGAAUGUCAGGAGGAGAAGCAGCCUGCUGGAACAGGCCUGCCGAGUUGUGGGCGUCCGAGGGAACAGAAUGCUACAAGGUCCAGGACUGAUAAAAGAAAGCCCUUUUUCACACAGCAUGGAGUUAAACUGUGGAACUCCCUGCCACAAGAGGCAGGGAUGGCCAUGAACUUGGGUGGCUUUGAAAGAGGAUCGGACAAAUUAAUGACAGAGGAAAUAUAAUAUAAUAUAAAAUAUAAUAUAAUAUAAUAAUAUAAUAUAAUAUAAUAUAAUAUAAUAUAAUAUAAUAAUAAUAUACAGUGGUACCUUGGGUUAAGAACUCAUCCUGGAGGUCUGUUCUUAACCUGAAACUGUUCUUAACCUGAGGUACCACUUUAGCUAAUGGGGCCUCCCGCUGCUGCCACGCAAUUUCUGUUCUCAUCCUGAGGUAAAGUUCUUAACCCGAGGUACUAUUUCUGGGUUAGCAGAAUCUGUAACUUGAAGCGUCUGUAACCUGAAGCAUCUGUAACCCGAGGUACCACUGUAAUAUGAUUAUUUAUACCCUGCCCAUGCAUUAAAACAUCAGUCAUUAAAAACUUCCCUAAACAGGGCUGCCUUCUGAUGUCUUCCUAAAUGUCAGAUAGUUGUUUAUUUCCUUGACAUCUGAUGGGAGGGCGUUCCACAGGGCAGGUGCCACCACUGAGAAGGCCCUCUGCCUGGUUCCCUGUAACUUGGCUUCUCAUAGCGAGGGAACCGCCAGACGGCCUUCGGCGCUGGACCUCAGUGUCCAGGCUGAACGAUGGAGGUGGAGACGCUCCUUCAGGUAUACUGGUCCGAGGCCGUUUAGGGCUUUCAAGGUCAGCACCAAGACUUUGAAUUGUGCUCGGAAAUGUGCUCGGGAGCCAAUGUAGGUCUUUCAGGACCGUGUUAUACGGUCUCAGCGGCCACUCCCAGUCACCCGUCUAGCUGCCGCAUUCUGGAUUAGUUGUAGUUUCCGGGUCACCUUCAAAGGUAGCCCCACAUAGAGCGCAUGGCAGUAGUCCAAGUGGGAGAUAGCUAGAGCAUGCACCACUCUGGCGAGACAGUCCGAAAUGGGCUCUUGGUGGCUUCUAACUGGGAUAGCUAGGCUCUGCCUCCACAGUCCGAGGCAGCGAUGCUUUUGCAGAUCCUUCCGCUGCCCAAAGAGGCCACAAAUACUUAUCAUUGUUUUUAUUAUUUAUUAAAUUUCAACACUGACCUCCGUCCAUAGAUCUCAGGGUGGUUCACAACACAGAAAUGCAAGUUUCAACCCCCCCCCCAAAUACACAUUGAAAACAAGAACGAAACCGAUACCUGCCUGCCACCCGCUUCAAACGUAGGGCCAAAAGCUCCAGUAAAAAGGAAAGGUUUUGCCUGGUGCCUUAAGCUAGACUAGAGAGCACCAGGUGAGCUUCCCUGGGGGAAGGGCAUUCCAUAAAUGGGGAGCCAACGUUGAAAAGGCCCCGCUCUCGUGUUGCCACCCGCUGGACCUCCCAUAGAGGGGCUCAGGGAGAAGGGCCUCAUAGGAUGAUUGCAGGGUGUGGGCUGCUUCUUAUGGGGAGGACCCAUAAGAGUCCUUGAGGUCUUGAGCCGCAUAAGUCUUUAUAGGUGAAAAUCAGCACUUUGAAUUGGGUCUCGAAACAUCAUAGACGAGGCUGUGGUUCAUACAGGGCUUACCUGGGGUUAUCUUCUCGCUCGGACACACAUGCACACAAUUAUACUUCUUAUUACUGAAAGAGAAAGGGGAUAAACCUCUACUCGGGUCAAAUCCAUUCGUUGAUUAAAGCGGAAAAGCAAAUUGACAGUGCCUGCAACUUCUGCUGCUGCAGCUACCAGUUUAGUGGCCCAGGGCGGCACCUAGUGGUCGCGAAAGUGCUUCUUCUUAAUUCAUGCACAGGCAUUUAUUUGAGCCCAGUCUUAUUGAUUGGUUCGGUAGAUUAAUAAACUAAAGCUUUGGGUCAGGGGUGGUUCUCUAAGGGCUGCCUUGACCUGUGGCCAAUACUCUGGCGCCUGAGUGUCAAAGUAGACAUGGUUGAAGUGUAAAACUGAGCAUGGUCCUUUUUUGAAAAAGCAAAUAUUGGGUAGGGGGUCAUGGAAACCUUUUGGCAACGCAGCAGGAAGCCUAGGGGAAUGAUCAUAUAUAUUGAUUGAUCAAUAGAUAUAGAUAUGGAAAUAUUUGGGGGGGACUUGAGGGCCGCAAUUUACUUUGGCUUCAUGGCGUCAGGCAGCCCAUAUAAGCCCUCAGUUAAAUUUUAAAAAGUUUCCUGUUUUAAAAAUGAAGUUUGAAGGAUCUUGGGAGCCACAGAAGACCUCUUGGGGUCUAGAUGCCAUGGCGUAAGCCCCCCUAUCCUUUUGUUUUAGAGCUGUGAAUUAAGGACAUGGUUUUCAAAGCUGCUUCACUCCUGGUGUUACUGUAAGAGAAGGAUUAAUAAUAAUAAUAAUAAUUUAUUUAUACCCCACCCAUCCGGUUGGGUUUCCCCAGCCACUCUGGGCAGCUCCCAACAGAUUAAAAACAGAAUAAAACAUCAAACAUUAAAAACUUCCCUAAGCAGAGCUGCCUUCAGAUGUCUUCUAAAAGUCAGAUAGUUGUUUAUUUCCUUGACAUCUGAUGGGAGGGCGUUCCACAGGGCGGCCACCACCAGUGAGAAGGCCCUCUGCCUGGUUCCCUCUAACUUCACUUAUCACAGGGAGGGAACCACCAGAAGGCCCUCAGCGCUGGACCUCAGUGUCCGGGCUUAACGAUGGAGGUGGAGACGCUCCUUCAGGUAUACUGGGUUGAGGCCGUUUAGGGUUUUCAAGGUCAACACCAACACUUGGAAUUGUGCCUGGAAACAUACUGGGAGCCAAUGUAGGUCUUUUGGUACCGGUGUUAUGUGGUCUCAGCGGCCGCUCCCAGUCACCAGUCUAGCUGCCGCAUUCUGGAUUAGUUGUAGUUUCCAGGUCACCUUCAAAGGUAGCCCCACAUAGAGCACAUUGUGGUAGUCCAAGCAGGAGAUAACUGUUGGCUUUUUGCAGUAUGGUAGCGCUGCAGAGAGCUUGCUGGGGAGACCAUGCAUUAAAAAGGGACUCAAAAAUAAUUUAAACAAGGUUUUAAUAAGAAAAACAAAAACUCCUUUUACACUAAAUACAUUAACAAACAAACAUGACCCAACCACCAACCCAUCCCCCAGGGUAAUGGGAGAGCUAGGUGCUGCUCCUUAUAUACUACACCCAAUUGCCAACACAGCUUAAUCAGUACAACUCGGCAGCACCUGCUAUGUUUCACAGCUGUAACGCUGGGUCUCGUUAUCUUGCUCUGGCCCUUGCUUUGGCCCCUUAAAGACAUACACAUCGGGUGGAACAGUGAUGAACCUUUACAUUUAAAGAAACCAUUCAACAUUUCCCCUGCGGUUCAUCAUUGUGGAACAAAAACAUAAAGCAUACUUUGUACAUGUUUUUCAUGUGUAACCUUUGGAAGUGCUUUAGUAAAAAUGUCUGCAAUUUGAUUGUCACCUGGAACAUAUUUAAAUACAACCAUUUCAUCAGCAAUUAGUUUCUUUACAAACUGUAAACGUAAUCUUAAGACUUUAGUGCGCUGCGUAUUGGUUUCUGAACAUAGGAUAGCGAGUCCACUCUGGGAAUCAAGGUAAACUUUUACUGGUAGUGUUACUUGCAUCUGUAGGUCUGCGAAUACUUGCAGAUACCAUUCUACAUCACGAGUGGCCUGAACGCAUGCACAUAAUUCACUCUCUGUUGUGGAGAGACAAAUAAUGUUUUGUGUCUGGGACUUCCAUUCAAAUGGACAACCGUUAUAACAAAACACCAUACCAGACACACCCCUGCAAUUAUUUUGUUCCACUGCAUGAGAUGCAUCACAGAAAAUUUCAAAACCUUUGUCAAUACAUGUUGUAAACUGCAACCUAUAAUGUUUGGUAUGUUUAAGGUACAUUACCACUCUCUUAAGAGCAGAGAAACAUUGUGUAGUGGGCUUUUCCACAAAUUUUGCCAGAAAGUGAAAGGCAUAAGUUAUAUCUGGUCUUGAGAUUCUUUGAAUGAAAUUUAGCUUGCCUAUAGCAGAACGAUACAAAGUUUUGUUAGGAAAUGGCUUAUCUUCACCUGUAAAAGUGAAACCACACACCAUGGGCGUUUCCUUCCCAUUUGCAUUUUCUAAACGUAGCAUUCCAACAAGAUCAUCAAUUUUUGCAGUUUGAUGAACCAGAAAAGAUCCAUUUUUGCCUUUCUCAAUUUGCAUGGAUAAGUAAUUUUUAGCUAUGCCUAAUUCCACCACAUCAAAUUUCUUCUGUAACUGUGUUACUACCUGUUCAUAUUCCUGUUUAGUUUUUGUAGAAAUUAACACGUCAUCUACAUACACACAUAUUUUUGCUACAGAGUUUGCCCUUUCCUUUAUAAACACACAAUUGUCUGCCUUUCCCUGUGAAAAACCAAUAUCCAGCAAUUCUUUUGCUAAAGUUUGGUGCCAGUUCCUUCCACUUUGGUGCAGACCAUAAAGGGAUUUAUUUAAUUUGCAUACCAAACCUUCAGCGGCGUCUAUGCCUUCAGGGACACGCAUAAAAAUUUGUUCUUUUAAAUCUGCAAACAAAUAUGCAGUUUUUAUAUCUAGGUGAUAAACAGAAUGUCCACGCUGUGAUGCAUCUUUUAACAAAAGCUUAACUGUUUCAUAUUUUACACUUGGUGAAUAACACAAAUCAUAAUCUUCGCCUGGAAUUUGUUGAAAACCCCUAGCAACUAAUCUAGCCUUGUACCUUACAACUUCAUUUUUGUCAUUCAUUUUAACUCUAUAAACCCAUUUUGAAUCAAUAAGUCUCAUAUCUGGGGUUUGUGGUACAAGAGACCAAGUGUUAUGCUCUUUUAAAGAAGCUAUUUCAGAGUUCAUAGCUUUAUACCAAUUUACAGCUUGGUGCUUAGGUAAAUUCUGAACAUCAUUGUAGCUUUUUGGCUCAAAAACUGCCUUAUUGGCAUACACAGUAUUAAAAUGUUCAUCUGCAAAACGUUGUGGCUUCUGUCUCUUUCUAUCUGAACGUCUUAGUCCGGAAGGAGAGUCAGACUCCUCAGACUUAAUGGGACUAUGUAAACUACUAGUUUCAGGUUGUAAAUCAUCAUUGUCAGACUGAAGAGAUGCCUGUUGGCUAAGCUCACGGUCAGAAAACUCAAGAGAAUCUAACCUCCCCUCGGGUGCCUGUGACUUUAAAUCAUCAAACAAAUUAUCAGAUUCAACAGGCUUUUCGUCUUUUCCCAUUAAUUCAGAAGCACCAUUUCCUGCUGCUGCUGCUUCUUCUUCUACCUCUUCUUCCUCAGUAUUAUCUAUACCGUUAGUAUCUUGGAAAAUAGCAACGCCAUUCCAAUUUACAGUUUGUAUCAUGCUUCUGGUAAUAUGAAAUUUGCCAGUUGCUGGUAUGUAAAUUCUGUACGCCCCUGCUGGUAGCCCAUUAAUUUUCCCUGGACACUACGUUCACCCAAUUUCUGCUUAGCGGGAUAAUGCAUUAUUACAUCUGAACCCCAAAUGCGUAGGUAUUUCAGAUUAGGGCGUUUUUAAACAGCUUCUCAUAGGGGUGACAUCUAAACCAGAAUGAUAACUGCGAUUCCUAACAUAACAAAAGGCAUUGAGCGCUUCAGCCCAAAAGUCUUUGGGCAGAUUAGCAUCGUGCAGAUAAGUUUUAACCCCUGCCUGCAGGUCACGCUGCACAACUUCAACAAGCCCAUUUUGCCAGGGACUUCGGGGCAAGAUAACUCAUGAGUAGUCCCCUGCGCUUCCAGGAAUUUCUCAAAAUCCUCAGAAACAAAUUCCCCGCCCGGUCAGAAAAAGGUUCUUAAUAGGUUUGAUAAAAUGUGUUUGUACCCAGUUGCCAAACACUUUGUACUUCUCAAAUGCUUGGGACUUCUCAGCUAUUGCAUAAGUCCAACAAUAUCUACUAUACUGGUCUAUCAGGGUAAGCCAGUACUUAGAACCUCCUAAGGAUGGUGGGAGUGGCCCAACUAAAUCACAAUGUACACGCUCAAAUGGCUCAGUUACUUUCCUAUCUGAGCACCUACCCUUGCGUGCAACCUUAAUCUUAUUCUUGCAACAGGAUAGACAUUGCAUAAAGAAUUUACAUGGUUUUAAGUUGAGGCCAUUAACAAUAUUCUUGGUCUUAAUUACAUCAGCAAAAUUCAAAUGUCCUAGAACUCUGUGCGCCUCAUGGACACACCCAGAAUGUGGCCUUACAUUCCUCAACCCCUGGCUUGACUGUGCUGCUCUGCAAUUUAUAGGCGAUUGGGAGUAGGUGCGAAAAUACAGUCUAUAUAAACCAUCAGAUUCCCGGGCAUACAAUAGACGUUUGUUCCCCUCGAAAAACUCACACAUUGACUUUAAGAAACGCACAGUUAUGCCUUGACGAGCAAAACACCUUACUGACAAUAAAUUGUCCACUGAUGGGCAGUAAAUGCAGUUCGCUAUAGUAAUGUUUAAAGAGUCAAGUUUAACAGUACCCCUGCCAAGCGACUGCAAGACUUGUGAAUUGGCUAAAUGUACAUUACCAAUUUCCUCUUCGAAAGAAAUAAACAAGCUUCGAUCGUUGCAAACGUGCUGAGAUGCUCCUGAGUCCACAAUAAAAGAAUUCCACUUGGCACCUUUAAUUCUUUUACGAUCUCUUGUGCUAGCGUGAAAAGCUCGCGGCUCGUUUCUGUCUUUACGGUACGAUGCCGGCUGCUGAGCUGACGACCGUGACUGACGAACAGAAACAGACUUGGGAGUACUUUGCUUUCUUUUGGAUCUGCAGUCCUUUGCAAAAUGUCCUUGCUUAUUGCAGAACCAACAACGCUUUGCAGCUUUAAAUGCAGUUGUAUCACCACAAGUUUGCAUAUGGCGUUCCUCAUUCUUUCUGGAAAUAGGAGUGCUUAUGGCACAAGCCUCCCUUCUGUCCAACUCGCCCAUUAAUCUUGCCGUUACCCCUUCCACAGUUAAUUGUGCUGGUGGAACGGCAGAUAUCUGGCUAGCUAUACCAUCAAAGUCCUCAUUAAGGGAACAAAGGAUGAUGAAAACAUACUGAAUAUCAGGUAUCUCCAUGUCCCUUCGAAUUAAUUCGCCGCGUAUUGCCUCCAGACGUCUCAAGUGUGCUGCCAAAUCACCACCAGGCCUCAACUUCGUCUGGUACAGCUGCUUGAAAAACGUCAAUGCAGACGCUGACUCUUUUCUAACAUGCACUGCUGCAAGACUGUCCCACAUUUCUUUGGCAGUUUUCUUAUUCCUUAUAUAGACUACUUGCUGGUCGCUGACUGCCAAAUUAAUUAUCGCCCUGGCUUUCGCAUCUCCUUUCGACCAAGCAUUAGUCACAGGGUCAGGAGGGUCAUCAGUUACAUAGGUCCAUACUUCUCUAGAGGUCAAAAGCGCCUCCACCCGAAAAGACCAUAAACUAUAGUUCUCAUCUGUCAGCUGUGGGAAGACCAGAGCCUUCUCAGCUUCAGGAACCCGGUCAACCAUUCUGGAACUCUUCCAGACCCACAGAACUACGCUAACAGGAGAAGGAGUUUUCAAACCUCAGAGUCCAAAAAUAUGCAGUCAUCCACUCAGCAGCUGGGCCCAUAACCAAAGAUGUUGGCUUUUUGCAGUAUGGUAGCGCUGCAGAGAGCUUGCUGGGGAGACCAUGCAUUAAAAAGGGACUCAAAAAUAAUUUAAACAAGGUUUUAAUAAGAAAAACAAAAACUCCUUUUACACUAAAUACAUUAACAAACAAACAUGACCCAACCACCAACCCAUCCCCCAGGGUAAUGGAAGAGCUAGGUGCUGCUCCUUAUAUACUACACCCAAUUGCCAACACAGCUUAAUCAGUACAACUCGGCAGCACCUGCUAUGUUUCACAGCUGUAACGCUGGGUCUCGUUAUCUUGCUCUGGCCCUUGCUUUGGCCCCUUAAAGACAUACACAUCGGGUGGAACAGUGAUGAACCUUUACAUUUAAAGAAACCAUUCAACAAUAACUAGAGCAUGCACCACUCUGGCAAGACAGUCCGCAGGCAGGGAGGGUCUCAUCCUGCAUACCAGAUGGAGCUGGUAGACAGCUGCCCUGGAUACAGAAUUGACCUGUGCCUCCAUGGACAGCUGUGAGUCCAGAAUGACUCCCAGGCUGCGCACCUGGUCCUUCAAAAGGACAGUUAAAACGAAAAGCCUGCCCUGGACGCAAAAGAAAGCUUUUCGUUUUAGCUGCCAGGUUGUUAAAGUUCCCUUACGCUUACAGGGGCCAGUUAGCCAAAUCCAGAUGAGUAUUGUAGUGGAAACAUUUGGAAGCCACCAGGGGGAAGAAGGAAGCUCUCCUAUGAGAGAGUUUUAUGCAUUUUUAAUUUUUGCCCCUAUUUAUGUUAUCGCACCCCCUUUGUACAUGUUUACAUUGCUGCCAUGCUGCCAUUAUCUUAUCUGUUUUCUUACAUCACCGAGAGAACGGGCUUCAUUGCCUGCUACUAAAUGUCUCAAAUAUAUCUGAAACCAGAACUCUGCAUCCCCACAUUGAGAGAGAGAAACUAUUAUUUUACUUAUUGCAUUAAGCCAACUGCAUCCUUGUCUCCUCUUUUUCCCUCUUCCAGUCUCCGGACGAAUACUAUCUCAUCUGGAUAACCGCCGACCUCGUUUCGUUCGUUGUAAUCGUAGGAGUUUUUAUAUUCCAGAAGUAAGUAGCUGGGGGCAGUGGUUUUGCAGUGUUCUUCGCCCCCUGCAAAAAACAACAACAAACCCAUGUCUGAAAAGGCCCCUUUAAGGGCAGUGGAAUAUUUUCAGCAACCCUUUAGAAGUUGACCCAGUUCCUACAACGCAGGAGCAAUGAGGCUGGCGCUCCUUUGAGCUGCCACCCUGUGCCACCCUAGUCCUGUAAGUAGAUCGAGUGCAAGCGUUGAAUGGGGAGAGACGUUGUAGCAGGGAGAAAUUCCUAGGCCCUUUUCUCCUGCUCAAUUCUUACAUCUCCAGGGUGGGAGGGCACAAAGGAAGUGGGCACCACGCCACAUUUGUAACCAAGACGCCACCCGAAAACGUUGAGGGAGGGAGUUGGCACGCACCACCUCUAAGAUGUUCUGUUUGGAAAGGCCCUCGUUUCUGAAUUUCCCCCACAUGUAGAAAGCUAGCACGUCAGGCUUCUUAGCCCACUCCCUGACACACUAGUUUUCUACAUGCGGGGAUUUAAAUUGUUAUUAUUUCACAUGCUGUCUGCACCAUCAUUGCUGAGGUGAUCCGGCAGGAGAGAAACCCCGUGCCUCUCUAAAUAAAUCUUUCGGGAUGGUCCGGCCUGGGUUCUGGAGUGAGAUUUAGACGGAGGUCAAGGGGUCCCCCAAAUUAGUUGUAGUGAAUUCACGGCUGAGCAAGGGUUUAGCUAGGGGGUCAUGAAUAACACAGGAUUUGUUAGCAUGGUGCCUGGCACUCUCUUGUUUUCCUACGUAAUUCUUGAGGCCUGGGAAGUCACAGUAAGCCUGUAAAAGAUGCUGUGUCGGAGUCCCGGGCAUGUAGUCAGAAAGAACUCACAGGAGAGAAAAUACAAAGCCAGGAUGAAGGCUCUGGUCAGCUGCUGGUUUACUUGGAGGUUGACUUCAGGAAGGCCCCAAAAAACAGCAGGCCGGCACCAAAAUCCGGGCACCUUAAAAUAGCCCACUGCCAGGUUGUGUUGCUGCAAAUUGCCCUUUCUCCACUUUCACAGCAGCGGGGCAGAUUUGGCCCGGCGGGCUUCUAGCUGCCUUCAAAUCCAGCGUAGAAGUAACAUCCUAAAGAUCCACAGAGUGAGGGGAAGGAGGAAACAUAGGCAAAAUUCUUAGAUGCUUUGAAAGAAGAGAGGGCAGCCAUUUUUCCACCCUCCCGUCUAGUAGGAGAAGAGAGAAUUGUUUUCCAGCUGCGAAUUCCAAGAGACGAUCUGAGGGCAGUUCGUUGACUAGAAUCCUCUCCCACAACCCCUUUUCGAGCAAAGUUUGGGCAAGCGAUAUCCACUCAGGGUGCCCUAGGUCAGGCGUGGGGAAGCCCCAUGGGUGUUUUUUGGACCCCAAGGUGGCCAGGGAUGAUGGGAGUUGUAGUCUAGCAACAUCUGAAGGGACGCAGGUAUCUGACACACUCUCACCUGGGGUUGGGGUAGAACGUCUUCUCCCAGUUUUUUGCAGCUAGUUGGACGAGGGGGAUUGGCCCAGAGACCCAAUGGGACGGAUUCUGAGUCUUCCACACCAGCAGUUAAAUCUCCUUUGCCCUGACUCUGUAUUGGUAGUUUUGCUCCCUGGGGAGGAAUGAUGGACUCGAAGGAGGUGCCCUAUUCCUCCUUGGUUUAUUUUUCUUACUGCUCUGACCUUGUUGCAUGUUCCUCCUCUCUCUCUCUCUCUCUCUCUUUCUCUCUCUUUCUUUUUCGCUCUCUCUGCUGCUGCAUUUUGGCAUCUUUACAGCUAUCAUAUAAUCAGGUAAUUUCUGAUGCCUUCUUCCUCAUCCCACCUUUGUUUUCCUUCCUUCCUUCCUUCCUUCCCACCUCCCUCAAAAAAAACUCCCAAAAAGCACCGCUGCAAAAUUGGGUUAAAAAGCAGGGCCGUUUCCAGAAGAAACCCUCUAGAAGUUAAAAGUAAAAAACCCCAAAAAACUACCCUCUGGCUCACAAAAUGUACUAAGCGGGGAUUUUCCUGCCCGCGGAACUGGGAUUUGAGUGCACUCGGCAGCCUCGGGUCCCUGACAAUGGCAACCCCUGAAAUGUGUCCUGUUUGUUUAUUUAAUGCAUGUAUAAAAAUAAUAGAGAGUUGGAAGAGACCCAUGGGGGUCAUCUAGUCCAACCCGCUGCAAUUCAGGACUCUCAGCUGAAGCAUCCAUGACAGAGUGGCAUCCAGCCUCUGCUUAAAAACCUCCAAGGAAGGAGAGACCACCCCCAUUUCCGAGGGAGGCCGUAUAUUCCACUUUUUUUCCUCCAAGGAUCUCAAGGUGGUUCCUCCCUUCUGCCUCCUCAUUUAACCCCAACAACGGCUCUGCGAGGUAGGUUAGGCUGAGAGGCAGUGACUGGCCCAAGGGAGCACCCAGCGAGCUUCCUCCUGGCUGAGUGGGGAUUCCUGGUCUGCCCCACAGAGGACCUUAAGGUCCAUAAAUAGCAACACCCUAGAGGUCCCUAAGGAAGUCAGAUUAGCCUCAACCAGAGCCAGGGCCUUUUCAUGCGCCUGCACCGUGAGCAGCUGAGGUUUUUCUUCUCGGCCGCAUGCUGUUGAAAUGGAGGCUGCCUCUAUGUCCUCGACCCAUUCUCAUUUUUCCAAUUGGCCCCUGAGGUCAUUUUUCUUCUCUUCUUGCGAGCAUUUGAAACCUGCCCCCCCACCCCAUUUUUGCAGCCAAGCCCCAAUUCCUCGUUUUCGUUGUUUACCCAAGCGUUCCGCCUUCACACAUUAUCUUCCAGCCACGUUUGGUUGUGUUACGGAGAACCAUUCUCAUCGGUCUGUCUCUGCCUUUCCCAUUUUUUAAAAAAACAAAAGAUUUCUUUUCAUUUUUUAAAGAUAUAGUUUCUGUGCAUUAUCAGUGUUUUCAUGGAAUAACCAAAGCUAUCGUAGGCGUGAGCGGGAUUCGAAUCCGCUGCCUCGGCUUUCCUCCGCUGUGCAUUCUGUAUUGGAAGACAGCCUGAAAGCGAUGUGUAGAUGACAUGACAUGAGCCAACAGUAUGACGCGGCAGCUAAAAAAGCCAAUGCAAUUCUGGGCUGCAUCAAUAGGAGUAUAGCAUCUAGAUCAAGGGAAGUAAUAGUGCCACUGUAUUCUGCUCUGGUCAGACCUCACCUGGAGUACUGUGUCCAGUUCUGGGCACCACAGUUCAAGAAGGACACUGACAAACUGGAACGUGUCCAGAGGAGGGCAACCAAAAUGGUCAAAGGCCUGGAAACGAUGCCUUAUGAGGAACGGCUAAGGGAGCUGGGCAUGUUUAGCCUGGAGAAGAGGAGGUUAAGGGGUGAUAUGAUAGCCAUGUUCAAAUAUAUAAAAGGAUGUCAUAUAGAGGAGGGAGAAAGGUUGUUUUCUGCUGCUCCAGAGAAGCGGACACGGAGCAAUGGAUCCAAACUACAAGAAAGAAGAUUCCACCUAAACAUUAGGAAGAACUUCCUGACAGUAAGAGCUGUUCAACAGUGGAAUUUGCUGCCAAGGAGUGUGGUGGAGUCUCCUUCUUUGGAGGUCUUUAAGCAGAGGCUUGACAACCAUAUGUCAGGAGUGCUCUGAUGGUGUUUCCUGCUUGGCAGGGGGUUGGACUCGAUGGCCCUUGUGGUCUCUUCCAACUCUAUGAUUCUAUGAUUCUAGAUCCGCCAUGUGGGAUCUUGCUUGGGGGAGCAAGGGGGAAGGUUGCAGGUUCUACUGGAUCCCUCCGGAAAGAGGCACACAUGAAAAUACGUCUGUGUGUUGUGCAUGUAUUACCUCUAGAUGGGUUCUGAACUUUCCGGGGUUCCCCCUUCCCACUUCUUCCCCUUUCUCUCUGCAAGGAACAGCUCUUCCAUGCGCUGAAGGCACACAGCGAGCGUAAAGCGCUUUUGUAGUUUGUACAAUUAUGCUUGGCUUGGAAAAAACAGAGAAAAGCUUUCCUCCCUCUCUCGAACUCGAGGCCCUCCGGCAAAGCUGAGCAUUCUGGAAACACAUGAAAGAAAGUGCUUCUUCCUACAGCACAGAUUUAAAACUGUGGGACUCACUUCCACAGCAGGCAUAAGAAGCGAUCAACCCACAUGGUUUUAAAAAGGAUUAGCCGAAUUCACAGAGGAGAGGGCUAUUACAGCAUUUUAAUAUUUUUUUGGAAGCUGCCCAGAGUGGCUGGGGAAGCCCAGCCACAUGGGCGGGGUAUAAAUAAUAAAUUAUUAUUAUUAUAUAUUAUUAUUAUUGGUGGCUGUGAUGGGAGACAGCGCUGUCUCUGCGGUCAGAGGCAGGAAUGCGCCUGAAUCUCAGCUGCUGGAAACCGCAGGUCAUUUAAAAAAAAGCAAACCUCAAAGUGGUUGCAAGAAUAUAAAGCCGUAAAAUCGAGAAAAAGGCACAGCCCUACUGUUAAAGGUAAAAUACUGAAUCAGAUUAAAAUCACCUUGGCUUCUUAAGAAUCUGGGUGUGCACGUCCGAACAAAAAUGUUUAUAGCAGGCGACGAAUAGAGUGCGGAAAAGAUGCCCGCUUGAUAUCUAUAGGCAGGGAGUUCCAAAGUUCACUAAACCGUUGAGUGCUCACCAAUGCAGAUCUGGUGUUUUGUGGUGCCUGCGGUUCUGCCAAUUCUGCUGUGGUGUAAAAGUAAAGGACCCCUGGAUGGUUAAGUCCAGUCAAAGGUGUCUAUGGGGUUGCGGCGCUCGUCUCGCUUUCAGGCCGAGGGAGCCAGCGUUUGUCCACAGACAGCUUUCUGGGCCAUGCGGCCAGCAUGACGAAACCACUUCCGGCAUAACGGGACGCCGUGACGGAAACCAGAGCGCACGGAAACACCAGUUACAUUCCCGCCACAGCGGUACCUAUUUAUCUACUUGCACCGGUGUGCUUUCCAACUGCUAGGUUGGCAGGAGCUGGGGCAGAACAACGGGAGCUCAUCCCGUCUCGGGGAUUUUAACCACCAACCUUCCAAUCGGCAAGCCCAAGAGGCUCAGUGGUUUAGACCACAGCAAUCCCAUAAGGCGAUCUCGUAGGUGGGGAGAGUUGUUCCUGCGCUCAAAUCCUGCUCCCCGGUUUCCCCAGACUUCUGGUCAGCCACUGGGAGAAGAGGCUGCAGGUCUCUUCUUCUUUGGCCUGGGAAACUUUAUAAGAAUAUAAUAAUAAUUUAUUAUUUGUACCCUGCCCAUCUGGCUGUGUUUCCCCAGCCACUCUGGGCGGCUUCCCACAAAGACCAAAAAUAUGCUAAAAUGUCAUACGUUAAAAACUUCCCUGAACAGGGCUGCCUUCAGAUGUCUUCUGAAUGUCAGGUACAGUGGUACCUCGGGUUACAUACGCUUCAGGUUACAGACUCCGCUAACCCAGAAAUAGUGCUUCAGGUUAAGAACUUUGCUUCAGGAUGAGAACAGAAAUCAUGCUCCGGCGGCACGGCAGCAGCAGGAGGCCCCAUUAGCUAAAGUGGUGCUUCAGGUUCAGAACAGUUUCAGGUUAAGAACGGACCUCCGGAACGAAUUAAGUACUUAACCCGAGGUACCACUGUAGUUAUUUAUCUCUUUGACUUUGCGGGAACAGCAGCGAUCGCAGGAAGUAAGAAGAAGCGCUUUGGCUGAUGUCAUCUUCCUCCGUCAUUCAUCCCGGCUGCUUCCGCAUACGUCUGUGCUUUUAUCAGCUCAGCGUCUCCUCCUCCUCCUCCUCCUUUCCUGACCCUCUCUCUUUCCUCCCCUUUUACGAAGAGCAACUCCCUUUGGCUUUUCGAGGGCUGCAUUUGAUGCGGGGGUGUGUGUGUGUGCGCGCGCGCAAUUGCCGUCUUUGCACAAGCAAGCCUGCGCUCCACGGCGAUGGUUUGGGGGCGGGGAGGGGAAAGGGCAUGUACGUUGGACCUAACCCCAGGUGCUUGUCAUCAUAAUGGGUUUCUGCUAAAUUUGGGGACUUGCGAGCCUUUUGUACCUCCCUGGGCGUGAUGGCGGCAGGCCAAACUUAUUCUGUGUUUUUAUUUUGUGAUGUUACGUUGUGAACCUCCCGGAGACCUGCGGGUAUAGGGCUCUCUACAAAUUUAAAAAUCAAAACAAAACACAAUAAAAUGUCGGGAGCAGGGUAUCUGUAACCUGCGGGUCUCCACAAAUAGUGGUACCUUGGUUCUCAAACUUCAUCUGUUCCAAAACCAAAGCGUUCCAAAACCAAGGCACGCUUUCCCAUAGAAAGCAAUGCAAAACGGAUUAAUCCGUUCCAGACUUUUAAAAACAACCCCUAAAACAGCAAUUGAACAUGGAUUUUACUAUCUCACGAGACCAUUGAUCCAUAAAAUGAAAUCACUAAUCAUGGUACUGUACUAUAAAAUAAAUAAGACAGUGUUGUAGAUGAUAAAAAUAAAAAUUAUUAUUUUUUCUCACCUGCACUGAUGAUAGUCGUUGUUUGGAUGGGGGGCUUUUAUCCAUUUGCGCAGUCACACAUUCAAUCAAUCAAUCAGUAGAUGAACUGGGUUCCACACAGUCACAAAAGCAAAUGAACCGAAAAAGCCUCAAAAGCAAAAGAAAUCGCAAAAACCGAAGUGCCAGACUUAAUUCAUUCCGAAAGUCCAUUUGACUUCUGAAAUGUUCGAAAAUCAAGGCGCAGCUUCUGAUUGGUGCAGGCGCCCUGGAAACAAUAGCUGACAACCGCAUCGGAUGUUCGGCUUCCGAAAAAUGUCCGAAAACCAGAAAACCUACUUCUGGGUUUUCUGUGUUUGAGAACCAAGGUACCACUGUACUACUGAACCUCAGCUCCCAUCAUUCCUGGCCAUGGGCUGAUGGGAAUUGUAGCUUGACGUCUAAAGGGCCACCGGUUACCUGCCCCUGAAGUAGGAAGACCCAGCUAGAUGGGCGGGGUACAAAUAAUAAAAUUAUUAUUAUUAUUAUUAUUAUUAUUAUUGGGAGUUGUAAAUGCAAAAUUGCUUGCAAGCUUCUCAUUCCAGAAGCACUGCGGCCCAUUCUCCCAGCAAGAGGGCCUUUUGGUUUCAGGGUCCCCUUGGGGUGGGGAUAGAAGCUGGGUGCACCUGGAGCAAAAUGCAGACUCCUCUGUUUUUGUAUUGAUUUGGCAGCAGACCUGAUGUUAGCACACAGGCCUGUUGAAAUCGCAUCCAUUGGUGGUCUUAGGUGGGUGAUUUAAAUGACCACUAGGAGGUGCAACGAAGACGAAAUUGGGGUGGUGCGUGGCUGCUUUGUUUGUGGUUUUGGUGUUUGUAUUUAAUCUUACAUAUGUAUUUGAUCUUGUGUGUGUGUGUGUGUGUGUGUGUGUGUGUAUUGGGGAGCACUUUUAAAAACUGCAGAUGACAAACAAAAGCUUAAGUGAGGCUCCCCCUUUAUAUAUGAUUUUAUUUUAUAAAUUUUAUUAAUUUGAUUUAAUGUGUGUGUGUGUGUGUGCGCGCGCGCUUGCACGCAGGCACACACACUAACAAUCUGAUCAAUCAAUCAAUCAGGGGCACCUUUUUUAGAUGGCUUAAUUUAAAAUAAAUAAAUAAAUGAAUGGUUUUUUUAAACAUCGCAGAUCCGCCCCAAGGUUUUUGCAAAGUCGCUGCUUUAAGUGGUAAUGUGAGAAGCCCAGGGCUCUCGCGCUUUGUGUCUAGACUCAAAAGAGACAGAAAUGAUUAACUGGAAAAUUCAGACUCGCUCCGACUCCUGUUCCCCUUGGUCGGAUUAAGUUGCCUGUGCCUGUUUCGUUUAGCAUCACCCCUCCCAAUAGACCUGAGAUCGAAUCCUGCUCAGCGUACCUUUUUUUUUUGCUUUGCUGGAGCGGGAAGGGUGUUGGUCCCUGAGCAGCUGCCUCCUUUUGCUAACCUCCAGCCCUUUCUCAUAUUUCCAUUGAAAGCAUGUUAAUAAAUAAUAAUAAUUUAUUAUUUAUACCCCGCCCUUCCUGGCUCAAAAAACCAGGCUCAGGGUGGCUAACAACAAAUUUAAAACACUUAAUUGAGGCAACAAAAAAACAGCAUUAAAUACAGUAUAAAACAUGAGUAACAAUAAAUUCAGAUUUGCGGCCCCCUCCCACUAACUCCCCCCCACUCCAAUUUGAGAGGAGCCCAGCCACUGAAUCUGUGCUCGGCUCAGCAGAAAAGGCCCGUUCUCAUGUUGCCACCCUCCGGACCCCUCGUGUUGGGGGCACAUGAAGAAGGACCCCAAAGGAUGAUUUCAGGGUCUGGGUCAGUUCCUAUGCAGAGAGGCGGUCCUUGAGGCAUGGCAGUCCUGUGCUCUUUAAGUGGGGGGAGUCCAUCAGUUUUGUUAGAUCAAUUAAACUAAAUAGCAUUAAUUGGUUUUUCAAUAAACGUGCCGUUAACGGUUGCUGUUUUGGAUUUCAUUGCGUUAUUAUCUUAUUUUUAUUGCAUUAUUAUUUAUCAGCUCCCUGCUUGUGGAAUGCUCACCCCAGGGAAGUUCGCCCAGUGCCUUCAUUACAUACCGUAUUUUUCGCUCCAUAAGACGCACUUUUUCCCUCCUAAAAAGUAAGGGGAAAUGUCUGUGUGUCUUAUGGAGCGAAUGCGUGGUCCCUGGAGCCGAAUUGCCCAGGGGCAAAAAGCAGGUCAUGCUUUUUUUUUUUUUUUUUUAGAAAGAGGGAAGGGAGUGUUGAAACAAAGCCGCUGAGCGGCUGAUCGGCAAGCGAUCGGAGGGAUAUAAGGGACUCUAGAGAUAAAGGAGGCUGCCUGGGAGGGGGGAGGUAAAAGCCCAUGAAUCCUCAGGAUUUUUGCAUUGGGUCACCCCAAAUUCACCAUCAGAUCAUAUAGCGUGUCCAUGGCUACAGCCUGCACCAAAAAAGUCACGCAGCCACUGUUUCGUGGGGCUGCAAUGGCGCAAAAAUGUGGUUACAAAGCACAGAUCCACAUGGAUCCUCAGGAUUUUUGCAUCGGGCUACCCCAAACUCACCGUCAAAUCACAUAUCAUGUCUGUGGCCACAUCAUGAACCGCAAAAAUCAUACAUCCACUGUUUCGUUCAGAAUAUUUUUUUUCUUGUUUUCCUCCUCUAAAAACUAGCUGCGUCUUACGGUCAGGGGUGUCUUAUGGAGCGAAAAAUACAGUAUUAUUUUUUUUAGGCGCCAGGCGAAAAUGUUUCUCUUCAACUAGGCCUUGGGCUGAUUCAUAUUAUGUAGCCUUUUAAACGUGUCUGUGAGAAGGUGGGGAGGCUAUUGUCUUUCUGUUUUUAUAAUUAUUUACUUGUUUUUAUUCUGUGUUUUAUUCUGUGAGCCGCCCCUGAGACGGUCAGGCCAGCUUGCAGAGUUUCAAAACAGAAGGAAAACGAGUUCUCUGUCGCUGUGCUAGGAGAAUAGCGCAGAGUUCCUUCCUCAUGAGUUUGAGAGCCCAUGGAUUGUGAGCUCCUUGCCUGGAAACCUGGUCAGGCGCAUGAAAAGUUCGGUUCCCGACAUUCUCCUUGUCCGUUUCAGGUGGCGAAUGGGCAGCAUCCACAGCUACAACCCCGAACAGAUCAUGCUCAGCGCUGCUGUCCGAAGGUCCAGCCGGGAUGUCAACAUCAUGAAGGAGAAACUCAUCUUCUCAGGUGAGGCAAUUCGAGGCUGGAUUCCACGUGGCUAUAACUUGAUCUGCGGCAGAGAAGUAACUUCCUGUGGGGAUGUCUUGCUAUUCUUCGGGUCUUCAAUUCGAAUCUCGCCACAAAUUCAUUGUCAUGCGGCUAAGGUUAAGUCUUUUUUAAACAUUACAGACCCAGCCCAAGGUUUUCCAGAGUUGCUGCUUUAAAUAGUAAUGUACUUUUGAAUAAAUAAGGUAUACUAUUCAUUGUAUCAAAUGGUAGAUUUCAGCGGAAGUCUCAUAAAGUUCAAUGAAAAAUGCAGAAGACCCAGUGGAUCAGUUCAUUCUCUAGUCAGUUCAUGCAUAAGGUCCAUACAUGUAUAAGUAUUUAUAGAUCAAUUUGAUUCCCUCCCCCCUCUUUCUUUUUUCCUUUCUCCUUCUGUGUUGGAACUCCUGUUUGGGGACUUCCCUGGCUUUUUUCUGGCCCAUGUAGGACCAGUCUGGAUAGUUAGCCUUGGCGAAGACUGACGUUUUUAUCCCCCCAAAAGUUUUUGAUUGAGUUUUCAAUGAAAUGAGGUUGCAUUUUAAUUUUUUUAUGUAUUUUAAUCUUGUUUUUUAAGCUGUAUUUCAAUCAAUUGUUUUUAUAUUUGGUGUUAGCCGCCCUGAGCCUGGUCUUGGCUGGGGAGGGCGGGGUAUAAAUAAUUCCUCCUCCUUCUUCUUCUUCUUCUUCUUCUUCUUCUUCUUCUUCGUCGUCGUCUCUAUUCCACCUGUCUCUUCAAAGAGUCCAAUAAUCUACACGAAGGGUUGUUACAGUUCCACACAAUCCUUUCACAGAGUCUAAGACAAUAUGUAAUAUGUAAUAUUACAGGAUAGUGGAUCUUAUAGCAUAGUAGUGGUUGCUAUAAGAUCCACUAUCCUGUAAUAUUACAUAUGAGCCUGUUCUAUUGAUGAAGCCUAGGAUGGCGAUACAAGGCUAAUAUUCUGGAAAUCCUUGUCUUAGACUCUGUGAAAGGAUUCUGUGGAACUGUAACAGCCCUUCAUGUGGAUUAUUGGCUUCAAUAGGGGGGAUUUGAACCCUGGUCUCCUAGGUCUUAGUCUGACACUCUAACCACUACACCGCACUGCCUCGCGUCAACCACAGCAUCUAUACAGAUCCUUCCCCCUCCGCCUUCUAACACCCCGCGCUUUCUCUUUCCUCCUCAGAGAUCAACAGCGGCAUCGAGACGACGGACGAGCUUUCUCUGUGCUCGGAGAACGGCUACGCCAACGAAGUCGUCACCCCCCUGGACCACCGAGAAGUGAAGCUUCGUAUCAACUGA